CGAAAAAACAACAAACGAGAGAUAACACGUCCGACGUAAGUACGUCGUUAUUACACGCGCAACAAGAACUCGACUAUGAUAUUAUUAUUAUUGUAACGAUGGUGUAGUUUAUAGUAAUUAGUUAAAAAAAAAAAAAAAUAAUACUAGAUAGUAAUAAUAAUAAUAAUAAAAAAAAAACAAUAACAAUAAUUACAAUACUAAUGAUAAUUGAUAAUAAAGUAGGUACAAAAAUCGUAAAAUAAAAAAUAAAUAAUUAUGCGCGAAACCGAAACGUCCGUCGUCUACGUCCUGUUUAAAUUUAAGUGUUGAAAUCCGAUCCGGGUACCUGUAUUCGUUUAUUUUUUUACUUUUUUUUUUUCUGUGCCUGUGUAUUUACAAAUGACACAACAUGUACUGCCAGCCAAACUGCAACAAUUCUACGUCCAAAUUGAAAGAUGGUGAGUCCAAUCGUUUAUUACAGUCAGGUCCUAUGUGUCGCUAUAAUAUAAUAUUAGUUAGGUAUUAACAAUUCAAAUAUAAUAAUAUGUGUAUGAGAUAGGUAUGUAGGUUAAAUCUUGGUUUCUAUGUAAACUGCAAUAAUUUGUUUGUCAACAUUCCAAUUUCUCUUCAAUUAUUAUUUUUUAUUUUUACAGGGAAUCAACACAGAAAUUGCAACCCUUUUUAAUAUUGUUUUUUUUUUCUGAUCCAAUAUGGAAUGUUUGAAAUAGAUACCUUCUUAUUAUGUAAAUUAAGCAACUUUUAUGUAGGACGUUUGUUCAAUUUUUAAUAUUCAAUUCAAUAAGCUAUAUUAUAUUUUAAUUGAGCAUUUACUUAUUAAAAUCUAUGUAGGUAGCCUAUUUUUUUUUCCAAUAGUUUCUACUGUACCGGGAUAGUUAGCAUUGGUUUCCCCAAAGUUACCUCUCUCUCUAUAUAAAUUAUUAAUUAAAUUUAAAUUUUGAAAGCAAACAUGGAUUUAUCUGAGUUCACUUAACUUAUGCCUAGGUAUCUAUUGAGGUAGAUAGUUACUUGCCUAAUGAAUAUAUUAGACAUUUUCAUUUUAUUUGUUUAUUAUAGAUGGCUUAUACCUAACCUAACUUAAUCUACUGCACAAUUUACCCAAAGUAUUUCAACAUUAUUACCCUGAUUAAUACUAAAUUUAGGUAGUGUCUAUAUAUUUAUUUUAUUUACAUACAUAAUUUUUUAAUUACUCUAUUCAAUAUUAUAAAAAUUGUAUCUUAUCGUCCACCUAAUUUAGUUAGUUGAUUCAUAUACUUGCACAUAUUUUUCAUAUUAAACUUAACUUAACUUAAUCUUAUAUGUAAAUAUUUUCUAUUUUAUAUUAUUUAUAUCGGUAUACAACUAUUUCUAUUCAAAUUUUAGGCGAUAAAAGAACUAGGUAUUUGUGAAAUAUUUUGUGUGGUGAUUAAUUUCUAAUUGGCAGAUAUCAUACUAUUUGUAAAUAAGUAAUAACUAAGUUUAUUAUUCUGUAAAUAAUACUUAGUACCUACCUAAGAUAUUUGGUAUAAUUUUAUCGCUGAUAUAUUAUUGCAAUUUAUUUAGAAAUCAAGUGAUAUAGGUAGGUAUAAAAUAUAUUAUGUUUGUUAAAUUGAUUAAUUCAGUAGGUAUAAAUAAUAUUAGUUUCAUGUUUUUAUGAUAGGUAAGUACCGUAAAUAAGUAGGGAGUUACCUACCAAGUAUCUACCUAAUAUUAAGAACUGUUAUUAUAUAAUAGUUUAAUACAUUUCAAGUUAAUCAAAUCUUAUAAAUUUUCAUCAAUAAGUUUACUUAUGAUGUAUGCUUUAAAUUUUUAAUUUACCAGAUCACUUUUUUUUUCAAAUUCAGUUUAUUUGUCAAAUAAUUAAUUUUAAAAAGUUAUCAUAGUUUGUAAAUGUGUUGAGAUUUAUAAUAUAGGUAUUUUUUUUAGGUAUUCCUAAGUAAAAUCCUUGAUAUUUAUUAAAUAUUAUUAAUGCAUCCCAUAUAAUAUAGAUAAAUACAUCUGUAAUUACAUUAGACUUUUAUCUAUGUUACACUUUUAUUAUUUAACUAGCAAAAGACAUGCUUGGUGGUUUUAUUAUUUAACCAGGUUACCGCGUAUAAUUUUAUUCAAUUAUGAUUUUAAAAAUUCAGUGUAUAUGUAGGUUCAUGUACUUGUAGAUUUUUAAAAUGGUUUUUCUUAGUACCUACCUAUACACAUAGGCAUAAUGAUUAGGUACUUUUUUUUUUUUAUUUGACAUGCAACGUUUUUUAGAAGGGAAGUUCAAUAGCCAUGAAAUUCUUCCGAAUAAAAUACAUUUUUAACACCUAAUAGGUAUUAAAUUAAUAUAAAUUUUAAAACUUUCGAUUUUUGAUCAAAUUUUUAAGUAUGUAGCUAUAGUUAUUAAUUUAAAUUUGAAGUUUUCAAAAGAUUUUCAUGAAUUAUUUAUAUCAGGUAAAUAAACAUUUCUAAAUUCUUAAUCCUUUUAAUUUUAACAAAAUUUGUUUUACUUUUUUUAGAUUCUAAAAAAAAAAAUAAAACAAAUCCUUUUAAAAUUUAAAAGAUAAUAAUUUUUGAAAUGCAUUAUGUGAAAUUGACAAUGUACCUAUUGUUUUAUUUCAAGUUUAAUUUUAUAAAACUAAUUGUUUACAUUGGACAUUUUAAAUUAUAGAACAAGCUUAAUUAUUUUUACCAUCUACCCAAUACAUAUAAUUUGAAAUUUAGAAAUGAUGUGUAUAAUUUUUUUAUUUUUUUAGGUACCUAACCGCUUAAGAUAUUGUAAUAACCCUGAAAAUGAUUAGUUGCAAUGUUUAUAAUGUAGUAUUAUUAUUUUUUAAAUGUUUAGUACUUUUGUAUGCUAUACAUACUUUUUUCUCGCUUUUUUCCUUUAUAAUACAAUAAUAAUAGACAUGUAUUUUUAAAUAGACAAUAUUCGUGUAGGUAUUUCAACUAAAUACAUUAAAUUAGUAUCCACUAAACAUCAUUAUUUUAAAAUAUAAAAAACACAUUUUUAGUUUCAUUUGUGUUAAGCUUCCUAUUAUUAUAAUUUAUUGUCUUUGCAUUUUAAACAUGAAUGUCAAAAUACAAUUAUUUGAAAAAAAAUGUGUUUCAUUAAUUUUAAAAAUGUAGGUACCUAACUUUAAAUUACGAUAAAAUCACUUGUUCAAAAAAAAGCUGUUUAUAUUAUGACUUAACUUUUAUUUAUAGGUACUAAUACUAUAGCACUAUAUCCUUUUUUAUUUGUAUUGACCGGGUCAAUAAACCAUUUUUAAAAUUUGGAUUAAUCCGAUUAUUAUUAUAUUGUCUCGUAUAAAACGUUGAAAGGCUUUACAUAUAAAGUCAUUAUCGAAACCUUUUAAGUUUAAAAUCGUAACAUUGAGUACAGUCGUGUACUGUAUUCAUAAUACUUUUUACGUCUUUGGAUUUGUUUGAAUAUUUUCUGAUUGAAAUGAACACUUGAGUUUUCAAACGGAGACCUUCACCGUUCUCCUCUAGCAGACCCCAGAUGAUAAUUUACGUUCAAAAAUAAUUAUUACACGUCUGAGAGAGGGUCUCCCGCUGAGCUUCUGGAUAAACGCAUACAUUAUGGUCGAUUGCCUCUCAAGGGUGUGAACAGUAAUUUAUUGCGCCCUCUUUAUAUUUCUGGAGUUUCUCCCCCUUAACCAAGGUUUUGUGGAGACUGAAUAUAUUGUUUCUUCGCACUGCGCUGUUAUAUUGCAAACAUCAUAUGAAAUAUCCACCUCCCGUCGUAUAGUAUAACAAUGACCUUCGGUCCGGUAAUAUUGGAUUUUAUUGCCUAGGGCCACUGGAAUUUUUUUCUAUUUAUUAAAUAAGUUUUGGCGAAUAAAAAAAGUCUAGAUGGUUUAAAAAAAAAAUAAUGCAAUUUUCGAACAAAACAAAGCGAAAACAUAACGCGUGUUUCACAUAAAAUAUAAUGUACGUACAAUGUCUGAAAAAACAUUCAUUCAGGGUGUUCCGUUUAACUUGAAACUUACGUUAAUUUUCUCUUAGAAUAAUAUUUGGAAUUAAUUAGUCUGUUCUUAAAAACGAGUAUACUAACUAUCAAAAAAACCUAAAAUUAAUUGUACAUUUUGUACUAAUGAUUUUACGUCUUAUGUUUUUUAGCUCUCGACUAAAAUUGACUUUGUAUCUUAAGAUCUGUUUAUAAAAUUGAUUUUGAUUUUUUCAAUUUGAUAUAAAAUUAAACAUUUUUGCUCCAUAUUAAUUGUAUUAUCUUCUUCAAUCUUAUUUAGAGCUAUUUAAGUCCAUCGAUGUUAUAUACAGAUUCUUCUAUAAUCUUCAUUGUCUGCCUAUUUUCCAGAGUUAUUCUGAACAAAUUUACUUGCUUGAGAUACUAAAUGAGCUCCGUUCUUCAAAGCAUCGAACCAUUUUAUUUUUUUUACCAAAUUUUUUUUUUUUGGUCUCCUCGGAGGUCUUUUACCUACUGGUUUUCACUCUAAUGUAUCCUUGGAUGUUAUACUGUGAUAUGGAAAUAUUUAGUACAUAAUCUAAUCAGAACUUUAUUCGUUUAGCGUAUCGUUAUCUAACAAGUUAUUUCAAUUCAGCAUUUGACCUUCUUUUAUAUUGUCUUAGUUGCUGUUUGUUCAUUUGUUUAAGAUUCAUGUUUUGUAACUUAUAUAUAAUGCCAGUUAAAUUUUUAAUACACUAAGUGUUUAGCAGCUGAAUUGAAUAGUUAUCUAAUAAUAUUAUAAUACUUUUAUCGUAAUAUUAUAAUAGGUAUAUUUAUUGUUAUGUAUAACUUAUCUCAAACACGCCCACUACUACGUCGGUUUCAUACACGGUGAAACAGUGAAUUUCCUACGUACCCACGAGAAAAUAUGGGUCCCCUUGUUUGUUUACACCGAUGUUUACACUUAUAGCAUGUUAUCUUCCUUUUUUUCAUUAGGUAUCAUAUUAUAAUGUUAUAUUAUUAUUGCAGAUUUUAGGCUUCUCAACAUAAGUUUAGAACACCUUAUAAUCCCGUUGUGUCCGCGGUGUUAUUGCUAUACGCUUACUGUUGUUGAUUUGGUCGAUAAUGCGCUGUGUUAUAUUAUUUGCAAUAUUAUUAUUAUUUUCAUUCAUUUAAGUAUACAUUUCUAACAUUAUUGUUAUAACUAUCAAUUAAAAUAUUAUGACUUUUAAAUAAAUUCAUAUUAGCCAUUAUUUAAAAAAAAAAAUUGGUACCGAAGUAUAAUUACUUUAAUAAUUUUAAUAAUGUCCCGUAAACAUUUUAUAAAUUAAGAUAUUUAAUUUAUAUAGGUUUUUGUACGUAAGCAUACUAUACUAGGAUUCCAAGUACUUUUAAAAUUGUAAACAUAAUUAUAGUUUAUUGUUUAAAAUAAUUCCGUUUAGAAACCGUGAACUUUGCACGAUCAUAGAAUGGGCUUUCCUAUUUGUUUUUUUUUUUUUAUGUAAGUCUGUUUUAAUAUUUCUACGUUUGAAGUAAUGUUGAUAGCGUUCUUUUUAAAAAUGAAUUCGUUCCCGUUCCUCCUCCUACUACAAAAAAAUAACUCGUUCCUGUUCCUCGUUUCUUAUUUAAAAAAGAACUUGUGCUUGUUUCUUGUUCCUUAUCAAAAAAAAAGAACGUUUAAAGGAAAUAUUUUCAUUUUUAAAGAAUAAGUUCUUUUUUUUAUUUUUUUUAUUUAUAUAUACCUACUGCAGUCUAAAGUAAUUUGUUUUAUAUUCUUAUUUUGAAAAUAUCACUAAUUAAUUUGCUUUGGAUAUCUACAUAUUUGACAUUAAAGAUUUUCAUGUGUUAUUCAUUAGUCAUUUUUUACUUGUUUUUACUUAAUUUCCAUGAAAAAUAAGUGAGUUAAUCAAGUCAACUAAAAUCGGAAACUAUUCUCACUUCUUGGAAUUGACAUAUUUAAAAUUCUAAUAAAUAAAAUAAUUUAUUUCCUACUUUCCUACCUUAAAGAAAUGAAAAUUAUAAAAAACAUAUUACUUGAAAAAUCCCUGGAUCCCGGUAGGACGGCGUGGCGACAUCAUUUUAAACAAUAUUAUCACCUGAAACAUCGUUUAUACUACGGUUAUCUAAAUAUACAACCGCGUGGUUUAUAUUAUUAUAUUAUGUAUCUUGUAUGUUAAUAAAAAAAUUGGAGAAACAAUGCAUUGUGCCAUUGUGGUAAUUUAUUGGUGACUGACGAAGUGAUACCAACACUAAAUAAUUUCUAGACAAUAUUAUCACUAAAAUAACAUUCCGUUUUUUUUUUCGUAAUAGAAGGAACGAACAUUUGUGUUCACGUUCCUCGUUCAUGUAUUUAAAAAAAAAAUUGCUGUCAAGCUUCGUUCCUAGGAAAGAAACGCGUUCCUAUAGGAAUGCGUUUUACACGAGAUUGAUGGAUGUUUUUUUUUUUUAUUAUUAAUUUUACGAAAUGUACAAACAUAUUAUUAUUCAGUAUUAAUUAAACCAAGUUACCUAUAAGUACUUAAGUAUUGUGAUUACGGUGUAAUCGUAAUCAUUUAUUUAUAUGAAAAAAAUAAGAUCGCGUUCGACGUAAAUGUACAACUAACAUAGUAGGUACACGUAGAAAUAAAUAUAAAUAUUUUCGAGAGUUGAUAAUACUAUUUCUCUGAUUAUUUUGUGGAGAAUAUUGAAAUCGUGAUUAUUAAAAAUAUUUAUAGAAUAUUAUGUUAAGAAUUUGUUUGUUUUCUUAUUUUAUACUUGAUCAAUUUAUGACAAUAAUAAUAAUAAUAAUAAUAAUAAUAAUAAUAAUAAUAAUAGUAAUCAUGAUUAAUCAAAGAGUAAAACUAUGUAUAUGAAUUAAAUAAAAAAAAAAAAAAUAAUAUACAUUAUAAAUUUAACAAAAGAACUUUAACCUCAUCUCGGUUUCGUAAUCAUGAAAGAAAUCAAAUUCUUUUAUCGUAUUGCUAGAGGAUAGAUAAAUCUAUUGAGUGGUGAAUUUAGCCCAUAAUUACAGAGGGGGGUCGGUGAUGUAUAGAACAAGGUAGCAGAGCGAAGAGAACACUGUGGCACAUUAAUUGCUAUCAACCCUAAAGCUUCAGGGCAAUCUAUUUUAUUAUUUAGGUGGUUAUAAAUCCAUAGUGCAUGAAUGCAUUUUCUUCUCUACUCUAAAUUUUUCAAUUUGAAUUCAUUAGUAAUGUCCUCUAAUCGCUCAUCUUGUCUGUCCAGUUUCCAUUGUAGGACACGUACAAAGGGUCUUUGAAUAAGUUCAAGUUUUAACUGUGUAAUAUAAUAUUAUAUAUAGUAACAAUAUUGUUUUAAUUGAUUGAAUGUGUUAUUGUCGCAUUAUCAUUCCACGGAUGUUUGACAGCUAUUUCGUAAUAUUUUUUUGUGUUUUCACAAUUCGUGGUAUUAGUUUCAUCAGUCACUGAAAUAAUCUCAAAUGCCGCGACGCAUCUUCUUAGUUUUGUAAUUCACUAGCGUUUCCGCGUAAGCAGUAUUUAUUUUUCGAUUUGUCUUUACUUUUUGCUUGAAGUCGAAGUUCAAUUUUACCGUCGCGAUAAUCGUUCGUUUGUCAAGAGUUCAUCUAAACGUCGUGUCGUCGGUGAGUAUCUGCAAUGACAUUUUAACGAGAUCAAAACGUCGUUUUUCGACAUUCUGUACUUGGUCAAAAAAAUAAUCCCUCUAAAUUCUCUAGAUCCGUCGGUGCGGCAGAGUUUGCUACUUAGUUGGUAUUAUUUUUUUUACGGAAUAAACGAGGAAUUUUACCACCGGUAACAUCAAAACUGUGUGUUAAUCUUUAAUAAUUAAAUGAAAAAAUAAGGUAAAUAUUUCGGGUAUUUAUCCAUCCGAAAUUUGUGUAAAUUUUUUAAAAUUUUCAUUUAAAAUUCAAAACUUUUAUACUUUACUAUAUUAUUCUUUCCGACCCUGAUUAAAAUUAAUACUAUUUACUAUUCUAUUUAGUAAUACUAUUUAAGUACUAUAUUUUGUUACACCCGGAUAUCUAAUAUUGAUUCGCGUGUAAAAUGUAAAUAUUGUUAGAGAGAGUUGUACAAAAUAAUUCAUAGUCGUAAGAUAUUUUCAGUUGUCUAAAAAUUGGGAAAACUAUUAAAAAAAAAAGAAGACAUUAUUUUAGUAAAAAAAUACCCGUAUUAUAUUAAAAUUACUCGUUCGUUGUUUCAAACUAGUAUAAUCUUGUAAAGAACUGCUUUUUUUUUAUAUUGUGAGUAUACAUAUUUAUAUUAUACAAGGCAAACUAUUAUUAUUAAAUAUGUAAGUAUAAAUUAACAAUAUUUUAUGAAAUACCUUAAUUAAAAUAUAAACAGAAUAAGGAACUAUUGUUAUGAAAACUACUUUAACGUAAAAAGGCGUUGGAGAAAAUUAAAAACGAAUUACCCGGAAUUAGAUUAUAAAUUCAAAAUUUGUUGAAGAACAAAAAAGUAAAAAACAUAAUUGAUAAAAUAUCAGCUUUUGUUUUACAUUAAAAUAUUUUAAUAUUAUUAUAAGCUUUAAUUAUAUUAUAAUAGACGCUUCGAUUUUUAAACGUCAAUUUGAUUUUAAAUUUUAUUCAAGGUUUGUAUGUUAAGUUUUUUUUUUAAUAAUAUUGAAUACGAAUUAUGUAGUAAUUUUUCUUAUGUACUUUUUGGUCCUUAUAUUGACAAAAGACGAUUAAUAAAAUAAUAUUUAAUCUUUUCAUAAAAUAAAUUAUCUUAAUCUACUAUUAAAAUGUAUCGACAAUUGCAAAAUAGUAUUCUUAUAGUGUGUUCUAAAUCCUAAUACUUUUUAGAAAAAACUUACUAUAUUUCUAAACUGGGGAAUAAAAACAAAAUUCGACCCAUUUCUAAUGGAGGGAUUGUUUGGAUAAUAUUACAGGUCAGGUACCGAAUAACACGGUUUAAGUAAAUGCAUUUUUUCAUGAAUCUUAUUUGAAGAGGUACUAAAAAAAAAUUAAAUCGCUAUUGGUCAAUUUUUCUACCCGAAAAGAUAAUAAAAAUUAACCCUUGAGAACAUGGAAACGCAAAAUUUGCAAACAUCGAUCUAACCUAUCUAAAAAAUUGAUUGAUUGUACAUUGUUGGAAACUUUUAAAAUUGAUUGGACUUCAUUUUGAAUAGAAGACCAAUUUGAAUAUAGGUAUUUAUUGAUUAUGAAGUAGGCUUUCGACAUUUUAUACCUAUCGAGUUCCAUCCCAUUCAGUCAUUUAGUUAUUAAAAUGCUAGAAACCAGCUAUAUGUUGUAGACUGGAUUUAAACUUGAGUACAUUUUUUUAUUAAAAUAAUUAAUUUUGAACAUGUCUCCUAAUGUUAUGUUUAUUCGAGUAUAAUAUUAUGGAUUUAUUUGGGUACUAUGUUAUUUAUUCAAUUUACUUAAAGCCUGAUUUACAAGAUAUUGGUACAUUAUUGUAAACGAAUUUAGUAUAUAAUUUUUAGGCAUAUUUAUUUAAAAUGUAUAUACAAUACAUAUAUGUAUAUUAUGCAUACUAGUUGUAUUACCCGGCUUUAUCCGUGUGCAGUUUUUUAAAAUACUUUUUGGUAAUUGAAAUUGGUAAUUAAUUUUUUGAAAAUUUUAAUAAUUUUCUUUUCAUUCAUAACAAUAUUGUUUAUGAAUUAUAUUGUUUAUCGUCAUUGAUUAAUUGAUACUGCCUAAUAACUUUAAUAUGACAAUAUUAUUGUAUGAUAGUAACUCAUGGAAAAAAGAAUCUUUGUCAUAUACCCUGACUGGUUAGAUAGUAUUUAAUAACUGAUUAAAUAUUGUAAUAUCCAUAUUUGCAAAAACUUCAAAAAAUCGUAGAAAAUAAAAGUCCAUAUUUUAAUAAAAGUUUCAAUCGCCAAAAAUGUCUAAAAAUCUAUAUUAUAAAAUGGUUAUUUUUAAUUUUUUAAUGUCCUCCUCCCCUUAAAAAAAAUAGUCAUACAUAAACUGUAGCGCAGGGGCAUACUUAUUAUUAAAACAUAUUGAAUAGAACAAAAGUUAUUGUAUUUGUUGAAUCCUCGUAGGACACCCUGUAUAUAUAUGUAUAUAUUAUAAAAUAUAUAUUAUAUACCUGCAUAAAUAUAAUUUACUAUGGAUAUUAACAUAAUAUAAGUUGGUAUGCCAUAAAUAACGGACCAACCAGCAACAAUAGUACAACAAUAGUUUCUGUUUUUCAGGUAAAUAAUUUAUUUAUGAUAAAAUAGGUAUUUAUACCAACGAAACUCAUUUUUCAUUAAUUUGGUCGUCAAUCUCAAUUUUUUUUUUUUCAUCUCGUAUUAGAUCUAUUGUUUAUUCGUAGUAGUAGUUCAUUGUUCUUUUUAGUGGUGUAUUUUUCAUUUUUCUAUACAAAAAUGUUUGGGAAAAAAUCUAGUUGGGUAGGUAGCUAUAAUUUAAAUGUAUGCCCUAAGUGUAUUUAACAUUUUCAGAAAGCUGUACGGAUUUACGGGAAUGAAUAUCUCCAUAGAUUUUUGACAGGUAAUAUGUAAAAUACAUUCACGGAUCAUUUACUUCCACGAGUUAUAAAUUAGUUGAAAAUAAUGAAAAAAUCAGGCAAAAAUCUGUUUGAUUAUAAAUAUUAUAUUGUUGAUAAUUUCGUUAUAUCUUAUUUAGUUAAUUCUAUGUGUUUAGGAUGCGGAGAUUACUGAGAGUUAUUGGGAUAAUUAAUUUUGUUGUUUGCCAGUGUAUUGAUAUCGUUGGACAAUCAUUUCUAUGCACAUUCGCAGCAGUGGCGUUCAAAAUAUAUUUAUUUUUUUUCUGCGAGGCUCAGUAAUUUGCUUUAUUGCAUCGCCGCUGCUAUCAAAAAAUCAGUAAUAAGUUGUUAUUGUUAAUUAUUAUACUUCAAACUCGCUGUUCCAUAUUAUUAUUGUGGCUCAACAAUAUUACGCCUCCUAUCACCCACAACUCAUAACCCGUCCUUUUUUUAUUUCUACGUUGUACUGUGAUAACGAUAUUAUGAUAUUAAAUGCCCGUUUCUGUCGUAAAGUACAUCGGGCGUGUAUAAUGUUUUUAUUGAUAGUAAAACGAAAUUAAAAUAUUUUGGCUUAAUUUGUAUUUCAUAACAAUACGAAUAGUACAACAACUCGUUAAAUAGUGUUAUUAUUGAUUUAAAUUUUAAUUGACGACUAUAAUAUGUUUAACAAUGCGACUAUAAUAUUAUUAUCAAUUAAAAUGUAGAUAUUGAUAUUGUACACAGUGCAGCACCUAUUAAACUGUUGGGUUUUUAACGAUUUUACUAUUAGUACGUUUAUACGAUGGCGUUGAAUAGAAAUCGUUUUAAAAAGAAAGCGUAUUCUUGUCAUGUAAACACUUUAAAACGGUUUGAAGACAUUAAACCAUUUUCAAAAAAUGGAACCGUUUGGAUGUAAAAGCUAUUUUUCGGUUUUGGUUUUUAGUUGAAAUAAAAUUAUUAUAAUGAACUAUAGGUAGUAUGUUUAGUUAAACGUAAUCGUAGAGAGCUGAAAUUUUCGCUGAAUAUUUAUAUUACCCAACACUUUUUAGAUUUAAUACAAUUUUCAAAACAUAACAAUCUGACGUUUUACGAUUUUUUGAAAUUUUCUAGUUUCUUUUUUUUUCACUUUAUUCUCCAGAGCUAUUCGAUCUUUUUAAAAUAUAUAAUAACAUAAAAAACCGCACGCAUCAUGAUCUACGUCGUCAAAGUUUGAUUAUGCAAAUAUCAGUCAGUUUUAAUUAACCUUAGUUUUAUAAUAAACGCCAUAGCCGACUGUCAGCUAUCUCGUGUCACGCAAUUUUCUCUCUUGGUAUAUGGGAAAUUGAAUUAGGCUUGGCUAACCGGCGUUUCGUUUAAUGUACUGUAUAAACCGCUAACUCAUGUUAUUUAAUCAUUAGCUAACCGAUGACACACGGGCAAAUUAAAUUACUAAUUUGCUUAUCGUUAUAUAUGUUUUAAUUUUUUUUCUUAUCGUAAUGUGUGAGUCGUCAAUAUUAUUUAUUAUAAAUACUUCUAUUGAGUCGUCAAUAUUAUUUAUUAUAAAUACUUCUAUUGAGUUGUUAACAAAUUGGUACAUUUAUGUAUUAUUAAAUUAAGUCACGCGUAAUAAUACGACACAGUGUAUCUAUUUAUACCUAACAAGUUAAUGGAAAUCCUAUUGUAAAUAAAUGCUAUUGUAUUUGGUUAUGUAUAAUGAUACAUUACCUAUAUAGCACUUAUAUUAGAUUCUGAGUUUAUAUACUUAUAUAGUUUAUAUAGUUUUACUAAGAUGUGUUUUUUUCUCUCAGAAAACACUUUUUUUUGUUUGUAAAAAAGGCUUAGAUUUGUUUAUGCCGUACUUUACGCGACGUGAAUUUUCCGCUUGAUGGUACUUUUUUUGAAUUUUUUUUAUCGAAAAUAAAACAAUUGAUAACAAAUGAUGAUACACCAGUUUCAUUUUUGUUGAUUUAUGGGUUACUUAUUAGAUACAAGUGAAAGAAAAGCAUGACUAAUACUGUUUUCUUACCUACAGUUUGUCGAGCUGCGUUCAAAAUCGUCUUUUGAUUGAAAUGAUUUAUCGUUGCUUUCAAUGUAAUUUAUUCUAAACUAUCUAAGUACUCUUUAUCCUGUAUAUAGUUAAUACCCUUCCAAUUUUUCAUCUACAAUAGUGGCAAUCAUGAGCUAUAGUGCGAUGCAUGUCCGGUUUUUUUGUUUUAAUUUCAUUGUAAAAAGCUUUUAGACUUUGCAUAUCAUAACAUCUGUUGAAUUUGAUACAUGAUUUACUAUAAAGUGAUUAUUCUUGUGAAUCAAUAUUAUUUUAUUAUGAUGCAAGAAUUUUAUUGUAGUCACAUUGUAUUCGUUAUUAUAAUAAUAUAAUUUUAUCUCAAUAAGUUCACAAUCUAUGUAGAAAAAGAAAUUACCAAAUUAAUAUUGUCCUAUUAAAACUGUUUAAUAUUUUAAAUUAUGUCGUUGAGUAAACUACUGCAGUGAUUAUUACUCGGUUGCAGGUUGUACAAAUUUGUUGUCAAUACGUGUCUAAUUUUUCCACUUAUUAUUUUUAUUGUAUAGUAAUUCUUAGAUAUAAGUACCAAAUAUUAUGUUUCUAUUCAUAAUAUUAAUAAUUUAUAAACAAAAACCAUUUUAAAUCUUAGCGCUAAAUAUAUAUUGACUUUUUAUCAAUAAUAUUACUGUAUUUGUAUCUAUUGUUCGAUAAGAGUGUUUUCAAAACAGAUUUUUAAAUUAUUUUAUUUUAACCGCAUGAUUUGUUUUUUUUUUUUUAAUAUUUAAAUAUUUUAUUUAGUUAUUUUGUAAUAUCUAUUUCCAUUUGAUAUUGUCCAAUUGCAAUAAUAAAACAAAUUAGGUAGAUAUAUAUUUUUUUUUUCAAUUUUUAAAUGUAUCUAAAUGUCGAGCAACAACAUUAAGUUAUUAUUGACACAUUCAAAUCUUUUUUUUUUUUUUUUAAUGUAUUCAAAAUAUUCAUCACAAACUGUGUAUAUAGUCACCAAUGAACAUGUUUAAAUUUUUUAAAAAAAAAAAGCGUUAAUUGGGAAACCUAUGCAAGGGAUGUUGCACACUUGCAAGGGUUUAUCUGCGUUUUUUCAUAAUAACAUAUACGAAUAUUCACAUAAAUAAAUAAUUGUAUCGUGAUUAAUUGAAUAUUGCGAAUACGCUAAUCCCUAAAUAAUAGCCAUCCGCUAAGAACUUUCAAAUAAAUGAAAAAAAAAAUACCGCAUACACAUUAAACAUAUAUUUACAUAUUUUUUCCGCGUAACACUAUAAAAAAUAAAUGUAAAUACGAUUAAUAAAUUACCGAGAGUCCAUUGCUGUAUAUAAUAACCUUUAUUUUUUGUAUCAAUAAUAAUUUGUACACGAUCAAUAUUAUAAUUAUUUUGUGAUGCAUUUGUAACAAUAAUAACAUCGGAAAUAUGAGACGCGACAGAAAUAUUAAUUAACUAAUACAAUUAGUUAAUUAAUUAACCAAUUAAUACAAACAUAUGUGUAUACUACAGGCCCCCACUAGUUACUCUUAUGUAGCGGUUGUAGUAACUACUGGAAAGGGUGCCCAAAACCUGUGGAGUAAUUCCGGUGGUGAGGGGGGGGGGUUUCCAGAGGUUAUCCAAUAUUCUUUCUCUUCCAGAGGCACACAACUUCUAUAAUUUGUCUGUUACAGGAAAAUUAAUUAGUAUACAAUAAACGUAAAUCACGACUGAGUUGGAAAGACAGGUAAUACAGGAUGAUUUAAUUUAUAAAAUAUAAAAUAUCAUUGCAAACGAAAAAUCGAUUCCGUGCGAAAUAGUGUUAGUUGUGUUUUUGUCCCAUAGCUUAGAUAAGUUAGAAAGCAACAAAAAUAAAACCGGUGUAUCGAUAUUUUUUAUUAGUUUUUAAAUUUAAUGUACCUACAUAAAAAAAAAAAACCGUUGGAAAUCUAAACUUUUCAAAUAACUUACUACCGUGAAAAGUAUCCGCAUAUUUUAAGGUGUUUACGAUUCGAAAAAUUUAGAGUCUUUUUACUAACCGAAAAAGAAAAAAAAAAAGACCAAGGAAGCGAACUGUUAAAAAUUUCUAGAAAUAUUUCAAAUAAAAUACGUCAAGCUGAGUUCUCGGUUGUAAAAUAUAAGAAUUUUUAAUAUAUUUACCAUUUUACUUUUUCCCAGUUUAUUAGCUUUAAAUUGUUAAUAUUAAUAAAAUUAAUAUUAUUUUGUGAAUUGAAUACUAUUGUAUAGAUUAUUAAAUUAGUAGUGUAGUUGAGCGUAUACGCGAGUUUACAGCGUGUACUCACUUCUCGAAAUUUUCGUCAAUGUUUAUACUCACAAAAACACGUACUUAUACAUAGUUAUCUUUAUAGAACAUCACACAUUGGUGCACGUUGUUAUAAUGAUUGAAGGUUCUCUACUAAUAAAUAUAUUAUAGAAAAGAUAUAAAAUUGUAGAGUUUAUGUGUACUAAACAAACUAAACAAUUUAAAAUAUCUAUAAACAACCAAAGAAUUGCUAGAAAAUGUUUGAAAAUUUUAUCAUGUCUAGAAAAGGCUAAUAUAAGUGGGCAUUAUAUGAAAAUGUCAGAUCUCUAAGUUAAGUUGAAUUAAAAAAAAAAAAAAAAAACAAAAAAAUCAUAAAUAAUAAAUCUUUUAUUGCUUUAAAUUUAUUCAUUUUCCUCAAAUAUUAUGAAUUAUAAAAGGAAAAACAUAAAAUUAACUAAAUAUUAUGUAUAAAUAUAUAUAUUUACAAACUGGAUAACCUACCUCCUCCCCGUUAUUUAGUAAAAAUGUAUUACUUAAUGGGGGGUGAACCUCUUGUUACGUUUAAAGUUUUUUCAAACGGAUAAUCACUAAACAAUGUAGGUCUAAAAUAUGAAGGAUACAUUUUGAUACAAUAACGAUUCGAAUUAGUUUUUAAGUAAUUUUGCCUACGAUAUAGUAUAUUAUAUUUUAUUAACCAUCUUCUUCUGCAUUUUUCGCCACGAUGAUAUUGUUUUUAGUAAUUACUCUAUACACUUUCAAACGAUCAUGGAAUAAACGUAACAUUUUAAGGUUUUUUUUUUUUUAAAUAUUUUUUUUCCGUUUCGUUUUGAACCUCGGUUCGUAUACCUAGGUGUAUUAAAUUUUACACCGGAGGUAGAUAUACUUCGUGUAGCCAUUCGUUCGCGUGACCACGGUUCUCGGACAACCUCGUAAUUGAAUUUCGGACAAUCCGACUGCUGCUGCAAGGGUAGACAAUAACGUGACGGUGUCGGGACGUUUUUCUUUUAGUAACUUAAUCUCACCGCUGUUCGUUUUCUCUUGAAUUUGUGGUGUAAUUGUUUUUGCAGUGUAUAGAAUAUAAGCAGCGGUCGAGUCGAUAUACACAGAAACACAACGCUCCACUUUAGACAAAAAGAUGAACAUACUUCGCACGUGGGUAGGCUACUAUUGUAAGUGAGAAGUUAGGAAGGUAGUAGAGGGAAACUUUAAUUGCUAACGUUGUUAACAAAAACACGAUUUUGAGCGGAGUUCGGUUGAUAGUUUUGCUUUGUAACAGAAUAUAUGUAAUAUAAUGAUAAAAUAAUUACAUAUGCAUUAAACAUUUUCUUUAAUAAUAUUUGUUUAAUAUUGUAUCUAUUUCCCCGUUUUUUUCCCGACUGUUAUCAUGUUUUUCCGAUUUCUUGGGAAAAUUUCUGGGACAAUAAAAAAAUGACCUUCCUAAAAUACCACUCCAGGAAAACUCCCUUUUAGAAAAAGUCAUAUCAUUGCAAAUCAGAACAAGAUUUAUGGUAGAAAAGUUAUUCACAGAUAAAAAUAAAAAUAAACAUCAUUAUAAAACCGAUAUAUUCCUCGCUCCACUCAGAAUCUAAAAUUGUUGUAUGUGUUUCUAUGUGAAAUUCGUUAAUGAUAAGUUAGUUUAGGUAUCUAACCUAUUAUUUGCACCAAAAAUAUUACAAAUCUUUUCUAUAUUUAAAUUUAUCAUUACUCACCUACCUAUCUACCGACCGUUUGAUUGGCUCGUUUGUAUUCAUGUUCUGAAUAAUUAAUAUUUCGACUGUGCAUCCGGUUAGGGAAAUCCUUGGCUUUUUUUUCGAGGGGAGGGGGUCCCUUGUGUGUGGUUUCUUCCGGUGCCGGAAAAUUGAUCCAGUAGCAUUGCGCUGUGCUCAUCUUCGACUGUGUUUUUAUAUUGCCGGGGAAUAGUAUAUACGCUCUCUCCUGAAUUUAAAUUAGAAAUUAAUGUUGGAGAGAGCGAGUGAAAACUAUACAUUCCGGGAUUCUGCAGUGUAACCUUUUAUGUAGGUCAUAUUUAUUAAGGGACGUCGCAGCAGAGUGGGCGAAACACGCGAAUAAGGGACGUAACGAGCACUUUAUAUUAUUUUUUAUAGGUCCGUUAUGAAUCCAAACCAUUUAUCUAAUAGGUUCGGUCUUUAACAUUUAACAUGUUUUGUAUAUACAACAAAUAUAUAGGUUUGUAUCUAUCUAUGUAUAUAAAUAAUAAAUGAACAUAUUUUAUUGGGCUUCGUAUUUUAUCUAAAUAUAAGGUUUUAGGGUAUUUUUGUUUUUUUUUUUUUUUUUUAGUUUAGUUUAACAGAAUAUCUUUAAAAAAUAAACAUGUAUCGUUUUAUUACGUACGUUAAAAUUUACGAUGUCCUUUUUACACGUUUCGGUCCCAUACUGUCCGAUGAACCUAUCGUAGAUUAUAAUAUCGUCUCGAAUUUAUAAUAAUAUAGAUAUCAAUGUCAUAUUACUCGUAUUUUCAUUAAUUACUAUCAAGCAUGUUUUUUGUUGUUUUUACGCGGCUAUUAAUAAUAAAAAAACACCUCGUAGUAUUGGAAUACCAUUUAAAUUUUUAGAUUCUAAAAAUGUACCAUACACGUUUAUGAUGUGGUUUCAAAUCGGUAAUAAUCGAUCUGAAACCGUGUUGAAUUUCAUAUCGGCUGACCAAAUAAUUGGCGCACAUUAUACAAUAAACGUAUAUAAUAACUGCAGUAUUUCGCUCUUUGUAAAACAAACUUGGGGGUCUAGAAUUUCGAUCUAUGCGCUAUAAUGUUUGUGAAACUGCAUUUAUUGUAUUAUACGUGGUCAAAGAGGGGUUAGGCUCGGUUCGUAACGGGCCUUUAAAGUUAUAUAAUAAUAAUAAUAAUAAUAAUAAUAACAAUAAUUAUUAUUAUUAUUACAAUUAAUUAUGACCACUUUUGGCGUAGCGGAAGGGACGUAGAAAUGCAGUAGUAUAGUUGAUGUCGCUGCAAUGACCCUUAUAUACACGCCAGAUGGCGAAUAUUGUUUUGGGUGUAGUGCGAGCGAGAGUAGUGAGUGAGUGAAGGAGAGAAAUUCGCUGCCCUAUCCCCUAUAUAUAUAUAUAUACAUGUAUCCCUAUCCGUAAUAUCCCCUUUUUGAUUUUAACAAGGAUUUCACUGUCAAGCACGGUUAACGUAAGAUCGAAAUCCAGAUUUAUGCACCAAAGGGGAAACUUUUGUAUUAUAUAUAUUAUUAUUCUUUUUUGUUUUGGUGGUCGCGUUUACACACACACACACACACACACACACACACACACAAACCUCAAGACAUAACCUAAGGUACUUGUCGUCGAUAUAUACAAAAUACACUAUAUUUACGAAUGAAAUACCUAUAAUUAUUACAAUCGUUUUUAACUGUUUGAACUAAAAUCUUUUGUAAAUGCAAGUCAUUUAUACGGUUUUAUUUCCAAGGAUUAUUUCGGUUUAAAAUAAAAUAUCAAUUUUCAAAAUAAUUAAGAAUAAUUGAGAACGGUUUUUUUUUUCGUCUAAAAGUAUACAGAUACACCUAACUAAAGUGCUUCACUUAUUUUAUUCGGGUAAUGGAUACCGGAUUUUUAUUUUAUUCUUGUCGAACUGGCUAUUGAAAACUAUCGUAUGGAAUAUGAAUACAUUUUGUACAUAAUACGAGUAUGUAGCUAUGUAGCUAGGUACUUUACUGAAUACCGAAUUGUACCUUUUGUGCAGUUUGUGGCGGGGUAUAUGUAUAGAAUAGUAAUGUUAUUAUUUUCGGUUUCAACCCAUAACCUGCGUAACGACGAUGGUACAUAUUAAAUAAGUAUAUUAUAAUGUGUAUUUUUUGUGGAGACACUUUUUAAAAAUACGAUUCGUAAAUUUCCUCAUGUAAACACUGUAGACAUUUUGUACAUUUGUAAAAUUGGGAAUUAAGAAAUAAUAUUGCGGGCUUGUAAAAAAAAAAAAAAAAUAAAAUAAACCGUAACUAUACAAUUUCGUUAAAAAUAAUAUGCAACCGGAUGAUUGAAGGUUCCAUAUUUAUAGGUGCCCAUAGGUACCAAUAAUAAACCGCAUCGUUAGGAACCACGAACACACGUUUUCGGACUCCGAUCUUUGAUUUUAUACGCAAAAAUGUCGUGUGGGUAAAAUGUAAACGUAUCGAAAUUAUAUCGAAAAAAAAAAAAAAAAUCCAAUAUUCCAAUAUUUACCUUUAGUAACAACAACAACAAUAAUGAUAAUAGUAGUAACGCGAGAAAUUAAUAAUAACAAUAACAACGCAGACUGCUGUGCACGACCACUGUAUUACGUCUGGUGUGCAUUAUUUAUGGUUAUUAAACGUCUACCCAACUCCCAUACGAUAAUAUAAAAUAUCCGCGUUCUACAUAUUUUCUCGUUGCUGUCACGCGUAAUCUAGUUGUUUUUUUUUUUCAUCCGAAUUAUUUGUAUACGAUAAAGUCUCCAAUAAAACAGAACGUACCUACACGUAUACCAUACGUAAAACGCGUCGUCGUAUGUAACAUUAUAAACACAAGUAAUCGCGACGACGACUACGGCCGAACAAUAAUAUCGCGUCCCGGGGAACGGCGACACUGGCGGCCACGAGCCGACACCACCACACACGGCUCGGCGGCGGCCAGUCCGCUACUGAAUUUUCGAGUUUAGUGGUUCUCGUGACCCGCUGGUCAAUGGUUUCGUCCCGCGUCCGUUUUCAUAGCCGCGCGUGUUGAUCAUUUUUUUCAUAUUUUUCUUUCCACGGUAAUAAUGACGUACACCGUGCGUACGAGUACUCGCUUAUUAUUGUUAUCAUUAUAAAUCCGGACGUUUAAUAUUGUAUUGUAUUAACCGUGGUUUUGUGCGAAUAUUGACCGCGUGUAAUAAUAAUAAUAAUAAUAAUAUCCAAUUAUUAUCGUGCGCACCACGUAAACUUAUUAUUCAUCGGCAUCCAUGUAAAAUUAUUCCAGCGCGCGCGUCCGAUUAAAAUAUCAAAUAUUGUUAUUUCGGUGUGUCCGGUAAAAUUGCAGGUAUUAUAUUGUUGAAAUUUGUUUUGCAACUGCCUAGUAGUGGGUGUAUUAUAACGAGCGUCACGAGAUUGUUAUAAAUUUCGAUUCCGUACAACCGAAUAGAUACGCGUCAGAGUUGGAAAAAAAAAAAAAAAAAAAAAAUUCCCGAUACCUGUUAUACAAUUUUAUGUGUAACGUUCUACUCUUUGUUUAGACUGUUAUUAAUUAUAAUGAUAUAAUACCUAUAUAAUAUUAUCGAUGCAGUUAUUUUUUCAUUAUCAUUGUUGUUCCAGGAGUUACCAUGAGAGAAAAGAAGAGCGGCGCUUUGAGCAAAGUUCAAAAAAUUAAGAAACGUCUGAGUCACAGUUUCGGCCGACUAUGUAAGUACACGCGAAUUUUUUUUUUACAGUUUUAUUUUGUUCCAUUGUUUUUUUUUUUUUUUUUUUUUUUUUUUCCUUUUUUUUUUUUUUUUUUUUUUUUUUUUUUACUGUUAAACAAACGUUCCGGGUAAGCGAUCGACGUUCAUAAUAUUACUAUACUUAGUACACAUACAAUAUAUGUAUACGCAAUAAUAGGUUCUCUUAUAUUGCGAGACACAUAAUGCGAUAUGAUAUUGUUAUCGAUAUCUCGAUAGUAUUUUUAUCUACCGCGCGGCCGGUAUAAUAUAUUGAAAGGAGGUUUAUUGUUUUAAGUACUUGCUGAAAAAAAUAAAAAUUAUAAACCGUUCAACUGGUUAACCGUUUCGCGUUUUUAUAGUGUUGUAUUUCUGUGCUCUCGCUAUGUACUCGCUUAUAUAAAUUAUAUAAGCGUACAUACUUAGCGGAAUACCUACGCGCGAUCCGCCGGCCUACGGAUUCUGCGAACUCCCGACGACGACGUGUUUUCUUUCCGUUUGACUCGUGUUCAAAAUAAAUAAAUAAAUAAUAAAAAAAAAAAAAAUCGUACAAAAUGCAAUGAAACGAUAUAAAAUUCGAGCAGGCGUAACCGCAGGUACCUACGGUUUUGAAUGUUAUAAAUAUCCGUUAAUUAUCUUUUUGUUGAUUACGAUGUUGAAAAAGCAUUCGGAGUAUUUGACAUUUGACGUACGUUUUAUGCAUACUUCAUUGUGAUAAUGAGUUUAUCGUUUAUCCGAGAAUUUCUUACGCUUGUUCCAAGCGCAUUUUCCGCGUAAUCGAUGCAUUAUAACAAUAUUUAUAAUAUUGUGUUGAUGGUUUUAAAGUGAAUAAAAAAAAAAAAAAAACCGAUUUAACUGUUUAUACGUAUAAUGUUUCUAUUCCAAUAAAAUUAUUAUGUAUUAAUAUUAUCGUAAAUAUCUAUUAUCGUAUCAGGGGUUCUAUUUUGUUGUCAUUGUAUUGUAUUUUAAUGUUGAAAUAAUAUGAUUUUUUUUUUUCUUCAUUAUCGAUAGUCAAACAAAAUAAAAAUGUAUGAACUGCGUGACAAUCAUCAUUGUAUCUAAUCCGAUAACGAUACGUGCGGGGAAAAAUAGCUUUUACUGCUGAUGGGCUCGACGGUGCGUAUCACUGUUGUAGGUGGGAAGUUGGGAAGAUUUAGGUACAUAGAAUUAUUCAAUUUAUAUUUGUAAGCAGCGAUAAACUAUUGCUAACAAAAUUAUAAAAUAAUACGAUUCUGAGUGAAAUUCGUUAGAAUUUGUUAUGUAUGGAAUGCCGUACGUUUUACGAUUUUCGACAACAUUUGAGCUUAAAACUCUCAUAUAAAAAAAAUAAUGCCCCAUUGCGCCAAACUUUUUUGUGAUUACCAUUAAGCACGACUUAAAAUGAAUCUCGUGUUAGAUUUCCAAACAUUUCUGUUCGGCCAAAACAACGACUUUAAAAGUCCAUUAUUAGUAUUCUGUAAACAUUUCAAAUGUUAACGUUUCUUUUUAACAGAACUACUACAAAAAAAAAAAAACAAAAAUAAUGAAACCCUUAUUUUCCUAAACUUUCCCGUUUUCCCCGUUUUUUUCCAUUUGUUAAAAAAUUAGACAAAUUAAAUCGAAACAUCAUCUUCUAAUGCACCAGUAAGUUUCUUUCAGCAAAAAUACUACUAUUGAAAUUCGGAAUAAGAAUUUUGAUAGAAAAAUUGAGUUUAUACAGAAAAACAAAAACAUUUAUCGACGAUUUUGGCAGUUUAUUUAUUAGGUCUUUAUUAUUGUUUUGUCGGUUUUUGUCGAUUUCCGGGUUCCCUUGGUGACAAGAGAAAAACACCACUAUAAUACUUCUCCGCUCAGAAUCGUUUUUUAUUCACGAUGAACCGUACAAACUAAAUUACCCCGUACGUCCUACUUUCCCAUUCACAUCAUUGGCCUACCCUUUGCAUCAACUUUCUAUUAUUCAGUUUGUAUGUUAUACACAGUCUUAUAAUAUAAUAUUCUAAGUUUAUGUUGGCAUUUUACAAAGUUAAUUAUAUGUUUUACGAGCAUUCGUUUUUUUUUUUGGUAAAUAAUAUAAGCAAGUAAUUGGGCAAUUAAGGGUUAUUAUUGCGUACCAAUAUAUUCAUUAUUAUAACCCGGUGUUAUUUUACUAUACUUGCAGUACCUAUUGCAGUGUUUUGGUUUUGAAUUUCAUAAUACUUUCGCGUCAUCGUAAAUAAUAUGUAAUAAUAAUAAUAAUAAUAAUACAGAAUAUUCCACGCGGUUUUAUUCGUAUUUUCACGAAAUCAUGUCAACCUGUUUUAUUACGUUAAAAAACUUACCUAUAAAUAAGUCACGCGGAGAAUAUACUUAGUUUUUUCUACGUUUUUUUGUUUGCAUACAUACGGUAUCGGUUUUUUGUUAACGUCGACAUAUAGGGGUAUGUAAACGUAAUUGUACUAUUUUUUUUUAAUUCUCAGAUAAAAUACAGGAUUAAAAUGUUGAACGGAUUUUCGUUCAGAAUUUAUUACUACGGGUUGUUUUGUUUUGUUUUUUUUUCUUAAAUAAUAAAUUAUAAUACGCUUUUUCCAAUCCUGUUUUUAACAGAAUAAGUACGGAAUAAUUUAAAUUGCUAGUAAUCUAUCAGAACACUAAUUAUUAAUUAACGAUAGAGGUAUUGGAUUUAAUUUAUAAUUUAUAUGCAGUGAUAAAAAAGUACACUUUGGUUUGAGUUUGUCUUUAUAUUGUCUUAAGUUAGUUUAUUAACUUAUUAACAUUGUUUAAUGUAUUAUGUAUAAAACUCCCAAUUUGUAUUUUUGAAUUUUACAUAUACAAAUAGAAUAGUAUAAAGUAUAUAUUAAGUAUAAAGUAUAAUAGUAAGACAAAUUUUUUUUUUUUUUUAAUUAAUUGAGGUGUGUUCAAAAAGUUCCAGGACUGUUUGAAUUGCUCACCAACGAAGUGUCCAAGCAGGAGCAGUAGAGUUGAUAUCACUGGGUACUGUAACUUCUUCUGAGUGCAUCUGUUUUUGUAUAUUUUUGUUAUAUUGUCUAUAACCUUCUAUGUUUUGAUGUCAUCGAUGUUUUUGAAAUAUUUGUUUUUCGCAUUAUGAGAUUUUGUAAUAAAUUCAACAUAAGAGCUUUUUCGAGGGGGAAGAUUUUCUCUACCAUUUUGUUGGCCGAAUCUUGUUUAUUAUAGAAGAAUGCAUCGUUUCACAUGAAUUUUGCCAACAAAUUAUAACUGAAAAACUGUAGAUGUGCUAAUUGAAAGUUUUUCUCGUGGAGGAAUAAGGUCCAAAUUAAGGUUUAACAUGAACUUUUUAGUAUGGUAAAUGGUAAUAAAAACUUUUUGAAAAUUUAUUAUAAUAAUAAUCAUUACUUGUAUCAUUAUGUUAUUAUCAAAAUGAAAAAAAAACUUCUCCAACCAACUCCCUCCUCCCUUAUCAAAAAAAUUUCUUCUUUUGGAUUUAAAACGAAAUCGUCAAAUGCGAAAACAAUAUUUUAAAAAAAAUCGGUCACAUCAAAACAAAGAAAGUUAUAGAGUAUCUACAAAUACAAAUGUACUCCAAAGAAGUCACAGAACCCAGUGAUAUCAAUCUUACUGUUCUUGGACGCUCUGUUGGUGCGCAGUUCAAACAAUCCUGGAACUUUUGAACAUACUUCGUAUCUGUAUUUUGUAGUCGGUUUUAUUGCAAGCCGCCGUGGCUACAAUUCCCUUAUAAUUUUACUGACAUUUGGGUUCUAUCCCUCAACUAUAUAAGUGCAAAUAAUGUUACGUUAUUUUGCCAAAUAACCUCAACAAAAUAUUUAUAAAAUAUCAUAGUAGAUUUAUGGUAGAUAUUUAUGAAUUUAUUAUAUUUAGACAGAUAAGCCCAAAUAUAAUUUGACUACGUUUAGCCACCUCCUCUUCUCAUAGAUUAAUUUAUCGCUGCGGAUUGUAUACUAAUAUUAUGAUUAAACAAAUCGUAGUCAACGAUCGCUUAGCUGUAGGUAUAUCAUCGUUUUGCACCAGUGCUUAUCAUAGAUACCUAUUUAUAAUAUAGUGAAUAAGUUGUCUAAAUAUUAGUAGUAUUAUAACAAUAUUAAAAACAAUAUUGUAUGUAUUCGUUGAAUUCGAUUAUAAAAACUUACUUUGUGUGGUUGCCGUUCUCACACCCAUCUCAUCCCUGAAGGUUUUCACGAGGUUUGAUCAUAUACUGUAUUUAUUUUAAUUACGAACAGGCACUACGCAUAGACGUUUUAUUUUAUAUUAUCGGUAAAAACAUUCGUAAGACGUAAUUUUUUAAAUUUUUUAUAAUAUUAGGUUUAUUCGGUUUUUGAAUUAUUUGCCGUGCGUUUACGGCGAUAUGGCGAUUGUUGCAAUCUUUUUAUUUACUACGGUCACCUUUAUCAAAUUCAACAGAUCAAUUUGCCGCCUGCAGAAGAAAGGUAAUCAAGUUUAUAAUUAACUUACACGUGUGAAUCAAUUUUAUAUAAUUGGGCUAAACCCCCCCGAUAUUUUUGAACUACAACAAUAUACUAUACGAGAAAUGAUGCAUUUUUCGAUUAUAAAUUUAAGAUAAAAUAAAGUGCUACAAAGAUUAAUUAUUAUACACGCGGUGUAAUGUUUUUAAUUAAUUCGAGGGUUCCUAAUAAUGUACUACGCGCGACUCGUAUUUAUUAAUUCUCCGCGUGUAUACGUAUCUGUAUAUACAUAUUCUGCGCGGAAAAACGACAAACUCCAUAGGGGAUAUUUUCCAUUAGUAGGAUUAGGGUUACUUCGCGUUUUCCGCAGUAACGGUUUCCAUGUAUAAUAUACACGUUUUAGACGUAGUUUUACAAAUAUUGAUAAUUGAUAUCGUUAUUUGAAUGUAUAUAUUAAAACAUUUGUCUGUUGUCUUGUACUGAUGGUUUAUACUGUUUAUAGAGAAACAUAUGCAUAGAUUAUACAAACAUUAAUACAUCAACUACAUCAUUGUAGAAUAAUAUACAGAAUAAUUUAGUUUAUAUCUGUACAUAAUGCUAAACAAUGCCUAAAGAAAAACGAUUCUAUUAUUAGUCAUAUGAUUUCUCCUGUUGCCUGUUGGUAAUCCAGAAAUCAACAAAGAUUGCCAGUUUUUCCGAAUUAUUAAGGCACAACCACAAGGAAUAUCAAAACAUGACAUAUUCAAUAGACCAAUUAGACCAUAAAUGAUAAGAAAGUUUCUGUACAACUUUUGAUUGAAAUAAGAUUUUUGGUAGAAAAGUUAUGCACGCAUAUCGUAAUGAAACCAAUACUCGUAAAACUCAGAAUCUAAAAAAAAAAAGCAUUGUAGAUCGUAAAAAAACUGUGAAUUUUUAGUUGCAUAAGUGGUAUGAACAUUGAACAGCUAAUGAUAUAAUAGUGUAAUUUCAUGACGAAUCAAAAAAAAUAAAAACUGUGCGUAUACCUAUGAUUUUUCUACAAAAUGUUGAGAUUCACAGUUAACGAUGAAAUGUACCCAGCUAUGUAAAUGAAAUUUAUCGAAAAAUUCACAAUAAAUAUUCUUUCAUUAUGACUCAUUUCGAACUUCCGCGUAGAUUGUGUAUACGAUGUGUCAAUGUGUAUGCAUUUAAACACGCCCAUGCAGUGCAACGGCGAUGACAAAACUAUAAUAUUAUGGUGUUGGACAGUAAUUAUUCGAAUCUGAAUCCGACUGUAAUGUACGCAACAUAUUCGUGACAACCACCUUGAUAUUUCAGCGAUUUCAUCAUUAUAUUACUUUAUACUAUUAUCAGUCAUUGUAUACAAUAUUAUAAAUAGGUACAACUCGAAGCGAAUAAAUGUAAUGAAUGCAGUCCAUAUAUUAAAUAACAAUACGGGCAAAGUUGAUAUUUUUCAGAGAGUGUAGUUUUUUUUUCGUUUAUAUUACAUGUUAAGAUCUCGAAACCGCCUCGGAAAUCAUUAAAAUAUAUUAUAUUACAUUGUUAUUGUAUUGUUUUGAGGACCACUUGUCUCGCGAUUGCCUUGGCCGUUCAACGUCUGGCCGAUGAUUCAUUUUCGCAGGGGUGCUAAACAUGAUGCGCACUCGUACUUAUAUUUAACAACGAAAACAGUAAUACCACUUUUCAUUUUUAACAAUAUGGUUCGGAUUACUCGAUUACAAACUACUUUUGUCGGUAAGCGGCUGCUAUUACCCCUGCGAGUUUCUGUCCGAGUAAAAUAAUAAUAAUAACAAUAAUCGUUAAUUAUUAUUAUUGUUUGUAUAAUGUGUAAUAUUUAAGUAAUAAUCUUCAAUAGCCAUCGAAUAAUUUAAAUUUAUUUAAUAUUGUGUUUGUAAAACGUAUUACCUAUAUUAUAUAUUAUUUUCUUUCUUAAGAAAAUAUAAUUUUAUACAGUUGGAUCUGAAAAUAUCAUAUGUUUUUAUUUAAAAAAUAACUGCCAAUACUAUUUUAUUAUUGUAAUUUUAUGUAAAAAUAAAAAAAAUCUCUGUACCUAUGGGUAUAUAAUAUAGCAUAUGUUUAUACCGUUAAAAAUAUUCUAUAUAUAAUACAUAAUAUAUACGGCGAUGUUAAACGAGAAUAAUAAUAAUAAUAAAAAAAAAAAAAUAUUUUUCUUUUGGAUUUAUCACACUAUACGAUAUGUUUUGUCUUUGCGGUAACGACAAUGAAAAAGUCAGCCAGUCGAAGGCUAUACUCUUGUAUAUAAUAUUUUGUACAGGGUGACCCACGGAAAUCUAACAAAUGCAAUAACUUUUGUACCGUUUUCAAUAUUUUUAUGUUUUCAUUAUCAUUACUGUGACUACUGUAAUUCUUUUAUAAUAUUUUAUUUUUAAAACUAAAACAAAUCAUUUGUUGUACAAAAUCCAAAAACCAUUUCAUAUAUUUAUUUUGGAACAGAAUUUUAGUAUCGUUAUUUUAGUAAUCGUGAGUUGAUUGGUACUAUUUAGUGUAGUGACCUUGAAAACAAUUUUAACUAUCGUAAACUCCGAAAAAUUGUAGGAAAUCAGUGAAUCGUCUCAUUAGUGAAUAUUUGUACCACUGAAAUUUCGUUUCAAGAUAAUUUAUGAAAUAGUUAUUUUGGAUUUGGUUUUGAAAUAUAUUUUUUAAAUUAUUUAUUAAAAAAAAAAAAACAACAAAAAUUAUUGCAUUUGUCAGAUCUCCGUUGGACACCCUGUAUAUAUUUAUACAGGGAAGUGGAAUAGAAUGGCGGUGCAGGAGAUAUUAAGAGAAAAUAUAUAAAAAUCGGCAGCUAUAUACGUGCGCUGAGUUCCGGAAAACGGUUCGAACCCUAAUUGUCAUUCGACGUGCAUGCCUAUAUUGUAUACGUACACAUAUAUAGGCACCCAACACAUGUGUAGAUCAUAAAAACCAUACCAAUAAUGCAAUGCGCCACAAUAAGUCCCGAUAUGUGUUCUUCUCGCGCCGCAUAAAAUCACGUACUCGCCCGUUUAAAGAAAAAAAAAAAUGAGAAAAAAAUCAUCGGUCUUGUUUGCUGGUGAGCAGCGACGAUAUGGCACCGGUUGUUAGGUACUUCCUUUUCGAGUAUAAUAUUAAUGUUAUUAUUAUAAUAUCCGAGAACUAUUGUAAUAUGAUUUAUUUUGACUUCGAGUAGUUAGAUACUGUGAAAAAUUGGGGUUUACACGGUGCAGUAAUAAAGCUGAAAAAUUCCGAUUUCGGGUUUCUCAAUGUAGAUAAAACUACAAUAUAAAUAAUAAAAACGGAAAAUCAUUGCUCUUAAAUUCUUGGCACGCUCAAGGUCCCCGGAGGCUUUGAGUGACCCCAAGGUCAUACUUGGGGCCGACAAUCCUAAUUCAAAGUUUCGAAAUUCAGAUUUCAUAUUUUAAAAAUCAGGAUUCUCGAACUUCGGCAUAUUCGGAUUUUUCCCAUCACUUAAACACUACACUAAAAGAAAUAAUAAUAUUAUAACAUACAUUUGAAUAAUAAACAGAUACAUUACAAGUAACUAUAUAAAUAUAUUAUUGGAAAAAAAAAAAAACGAAACAAAACGUAUAAUAUUAUCAUUUGAGUUUCCACUUGGGGUUUUUUAUUUGUAUUUUAUAUAAACCGUUUUCACAACUGUCAAGCGCACGUUAACAUUAAAAGCUUCAGUAUAUUUUGUCUUUGAAUAAGUUAACCCGCGGUUUGCAACCCGGAGGGAGAUAAACUUGUCGUUUAAGAUCUUUUCGCGAAAUACGUCUUUAUCUUUUAUCCUUUAAAUGCAUUUUAUGUGUAUCCCAGAUGAAUACCUGCUUUUUUUUGGUUAUAAAUUAUAAUAAUAAGACAAAAAUAAAUACGGUGAGUUUCAUUUGAAACUGCGGUGAAUUUGUUUUUAUUCGUGUAUAUAACUGUUUAGCUACACGGUUAAUAAAAAACACAACUAAAACGGAUGUUCAGAAUUUCAGUUUUUUGACGAACUCGUUGUAAUAUAUUUUUUUUAAAUGUUUAUUUUUCUCUUAAUCGUGAUUAAAAACAAAAAAAAAACGAGUGCAAAGACUGCGACAGUCGAUACCUUACCUGAAAAUGUUUAAAUCAGAAUAUCAAAUUAUCCAAUAUUUCGAAUAUUAUUAUUAUUGUUGGCUCUUGAUUUUCCUAAACAUUUGUAUGAUUAUUAUGAUGUAUUUGUUGUAUAGAGAUGAGUUUGUAAUUUUUUAUUUCAUAAUAUUAUCGACGCGCGAAUGUAUUGCCUACAAGCGUAAAAUCUCAAUUUAAACAAAACGUCUAGAUUAUUGGCCAUAAGCCAUUUGUAGAGGUGAGAUUAUCGAGUGACAUAUUAUUUACAGAACGCAUCUAUCUAUCGGGCGCGGGCUUUUGUUGUAUAUUCAAUGAUUUAUGGUGAACUGCUGUGCUGCAGAAACGCAGGAAAUAACAAUAAUAGGGGUAUAAGCAAACACUAGGAUUAUCCUUUUUGCAUUGUACAUUGCAUAAUACGUUUUAUAAUAUAUGUAUAAGACGUCUAUAUAUCAAACUAGGAUAUUCUUAGCGGUUUCUCCUGUAUUUUGGAUCAAUAUAGUUUCUGUACAUUAUUUCGUUGCAGUACAAUAUAUCAUGUAUAAUAGAGUACAUAGAGAUCUGCAGUGGCCAUUCGUGGGUAGAUAUUGUGCGAAGAGGCUGUGCACAAUAUAUUGUUAAAAAUUAAAUAUUUUUAUUGAAAAUGAUAUUUAUAAAAUCCCGAAUAUAAUUCUUAUAGUUAUUAUAGUUAUCUUAUUGUAUCAUUUGGGUUUAUUCAGUUUCCAGGGCCGGACAGUCAUUACUAAAAACCGGAUUUAAUUGUAUUUAAAACACACAAAAAUUUCAUAUUAAAAUUAUUUAAUUGCACCAAAAAAUACGGAAAAAUUGCAUAAUAAAUAACACUAUAAAAAUGCAAAAGUUAGGUAAAAAAUUUAGAUUAAUGUUACUUUUUUUAAUUAAAAUUGAAAAUUAGGUACAUUACUAAACUUUUUUCAUUGAAAUUAAAUCUUUUAGUACUUAAAAUAUGUUUGUACCAAAAAAUACUACGUUCUACGUCUACAUUAGUUAUUGGUGCAUAUUGAAAACAAUUUAAUGAAGUAGGCGUUAUAUCUAAAUUAACAUUUCUUUGCCUGACAUUACUUCAUAGUAAGGCUUUAAAGUUUUAUACCCUUAAUUUUGUUAAAUUACAUACAUUAAUUUUUCUUUGAAUUUUUUCCCAUUUGGAUCAGGAAUAUUUCUUAAUAUCUUCAACUUUUCUAAAAAAAUUCAUGAUUUUCUGUAUUUCACUAUUAGAUUCUUCCAAAUUUUUAAGAUUUAUGGAUAACUUGGAUAAGUGUAACUUUAUGAAUGCUAAACCACAUUUGACUACAUUAUUUUGUACAAGCUGUUUCAGCUUUUUGAAGCAUCACCUGUUAAAUUUUCAAUUACGUUUUUAAACUCUUCAAAAUUUGCAUUGAAAAGUGCAGCAUUUAACCAUGUUCCCCGUCUUGUAAUAAUAGGUUCGGGUGGUAAAGGUUUACCUGGCAUUUCUUUUCUGUAUUUAUUUAUUCUCGAUGGUGCUUUUAGGAAAGCAUUUUUUCCUGAAAUAUACGAAAUAAGUUACAUUUGUAUUUAAAUUUUAAAUAGGUACUUAAUAUAUUACUAUUUUUAAUCAAUUUUUUAAUGUCUAGAUAGAAUUCUCGAAUAUUUCCAGAACUCUAUUAACUGCGGUGUGGCAUACAUGUAAUAUGAAUUAAUUUCGGGAAAAAUAAUUUUAAUGUUUUGAUCAUAUAACUUACCAACAUCGCUAAUUAAAAGUAAUACUUUUUGUUCAAUACCAGGAAAUAUUUUUAACGAGGAAUUAAUAAACUAACAAAUAGUUUCAUAAUUGAUGGAUUCUAGUUCUUUUCACGCAACUAAAUAUGAUUUACUAUGCGCCCCAUCUAAUUUACCAAUUGAUAAAUUUGCAAAAGCCAAACCUAAACGAAAAUAGUUUAUUUUAUUAUAUGAGAAUUUAAAAAAAUUAUUUAUACAAACCUCUUGGAUCGGUUGUUUCGUCAACAAUUAUUUAAACGUAAUUAUUUCCAAUAUCACUAAUUAUUUGAUCCAUAACGCUGUAUGUAAUUUUUUCUUAAAGUACUUUCGUCCGGAAUUGAUUUACCAGUAUGUUUUUUCAUAAAUGAUUUUAACACAUGAUUGAAUGAAAUAUUUGCAGCAAAAAAUGCAUUACAUAAAUCUUCAAAAAAUAUAUUUUUACUAUUUGAAUUUCGAGAAGUAAUCAAAAGCUGUUUUUAUUCUUUAUUUUUUUGUAAUGCGUUUAUGUGUUAAACUAAAAAAAAAUAUACAUGUAUUUUUGAACUAAUAUGUAGUAUAUAACGUGUGGUAUGAGUAUAAAAUACAAAACUUACUUGUUUUGGAAUGAUGACCUAAUUGAUAUUUGUUUUCAGUAGACACAGAUUUGUUACAUACGAGACAAUGAAUAACUUUUCCAUCUGAUGAAUAUACUUAAUUAUUUUCUAUGUAAGGAACAAUUCAAUUCGAAAUUUUACUUUUUAAAGUUGAUUUUAUUUUAGGCACUACGUCGAAUACAUUCACUGUGCGGUCAAACUGAUCAAAGAAAUAGGUAUUUAGGUACCAACAGAUAAACGCACACGAAUCGCUGUACUACCACGUUAAAUUUAAUUAUCACCAUAUAUACAGACGUUUAUCGCUCUCUGGGCUCUCCAAGCUUCUAGAAAAUUCCAGACGAAUGAUAAACGUUUAUGAUUUAAAAACGUGGAGAAAUUGCAAAAAAUUUCAAAACCGUCGAAAAUUGAAAAAAAUUGUAUUAUAAAAUUAAAUAGGCAGAAUAUUUUUAAUAUAUAUCGGCUAUAUAUUUAAUUAGAUCUGAUUUAUCUUUAUUGUAAAAAAAGUUGCAAUAUCAAUUAAAUCCGGUCUUUAGUCAUAGCCAAUCAUCCAGUUAUCUAUUUAUCUGUCGACAAAAUCUUAAAGCUUAGUCCAUCUCUUGAGGCUUCCAUGACAUUUUUUCCUACAUCAUCCAACCUCAUUUUUUUCAUUGGGUUACUGCCCGCUGCAUAUCUUUUGGACGUUUUUGCUUUUCCAUCGAAGUCUUCUUUUUUUUUGAUGGUUACUAAAAUAUUAUUUUCUUCGAACUAAUAUAUUGUUACAUCUUAUCAUUGAUACCUUUUUUUUUUUUUUGAUACCUUUUUUCUAAUAUACCAAAAAGCUAAAAUAAAAGCACUUCUCCUAGUCGCAAUGAAACAAUCCGGUCGAUAAUCAUUUCAUUAUAGCGAAUAAUCUGUAUUUCAUAUCGAACAUCGGAUAGCUAAAUAUUAUAUACAUUGUUUGCCUAGGCUUUGAAAAUAUUUUUAUUGUUGUUUUACAUUCAAGUGGGCUGCUAUAUGAGCUUUUGUUCAAACCGUGUCAUCGUCACUCAUAUUUUCCCCUUGAUUUACUCCUGUAACAAGUUCUAAAAUAUUCUAAACUAGUUCUACUAAACUAAAGUUCUAAACUAAAAUAUUGUACUUAUACUACUUGUGAUUACUCAUGGAAUACUUCACUUUAGCAUAGGUAUUUAUUUUAUUUUAAAUUUAAAAACGUAUAUUUAUAAUGAUAUUAUUUUGAAUAAUUAUUUUUUUUUUUUUUAUAUAUAUAAGCAGAUAAGCACGUUUAAUCGAACGUUUUAUAAUUCUACGGUCUACACUAUACUAUAUUAGGUUUUCGUGUUUUCAUUUCACGUUCAAUAUACAUUUCCGAUGACCGACCUCGGAGAAUUAUUAUUGUGGCAGUGUCAAGGUCCUAGAUAGUUUUUUUUUUUUUUUUAAAUAUAAAAUAUAUCCAUUAUCGAUAUUACUUGCGCCGUGGCCGUUAUUGAUUAUGAAUGGUAAGCUUUUUUUCCGUAUAGAAUUUGUUUUUACCCUAACGUAGUUCUUCUGUACAUGUAUGGUUAAAAACUCGUCAUUAGAACUCGAAAUUGUAAUUUACAUCGCAGAUUAAUUAUUUUUUUCGCGGGGGACGUAAAAACCAAAAUGUGUACUUGUAAAUUGUAUAUGUCCGGCAUUAAUAAACUAUUUUAUUCUAUAAUGCGUAUAUUUUCCCCUCAUAUAAUUUUUAAAGUAUUCCUUCCGUAUACUUACCGCGAUAUUUUAUUACUAUAUAUGUAGGUGUUCCUACCUAUUUUUUGUAAAUUUUUUAUUUAGUUUGUUCGUUUUUUUAUCGGUUCGGGUUUCUUGCGAUCUUACGACCUCCGUGGGCCAAGAUAUGAUCUAUAUAUAUAUACAUAUCUUGUAAGAGAUUUCGUCUAAAUUAAUUAGACAACGGAUAAUUGAUGCGCAUUUAUAUAUUUGAUUAAUGUGGGGGGGGGGCGCUUUGGGCACAGGUAAAGGUAAAUUUGAGCGGCAGUAAAUUCCGACGAUAUGACGUUAUCGGUAUAGAAAUUUAUAGAUAUUAUAUAGAAAUAUACCGAAUUGGUUUAUAUCUAUAAAUCAUCACGAGUGAAGCUUAUACAUAUUACUCGUUUAGAUACCUGUUGAAAAUAUCUCAUUAGUCACUAAGCGAGGGAAGUGUGUACGCAUACUCAAUUAUAUAGAUUUUUAAAAUCAUGUUGUGACUAGGUCGAUUUUUAUAAAUACAUCAUUAUGAACUUACUUAAACAUAAUUCAAGUAUAGCACAGUAUUAUAGUAUACGGUGCGAGUAAUAUAUCGAAUAUUUCGAAUAAUAUCGAAGACAAUAUAUUCCGUUUAUCCGUACUUGAAUUCAUAAAGCAGUUAGUUAAAAAAACGUUUGAAUUUCUAUUUUAUUUCAAAUAGAAAUAAGCGUCAUGUUCUCAAAUAUCUAUUGUGUAGCAUUUUAAUUACGUCAUGUUACUGUGAAAUUAGACAUUUCUUAAUUCAACAAAUCUAAUAGCAAACUUAAAUUAAAUGUUAAACUUUUCAUUAAAUUUUUUUACUAUUCAAUAUUGAGGACGUAUGUUUGUUCCAUCUAUAUUUAUAUUAAACAUACUUAUACAGAUGAUUAAUGAAUCGAUAGAACAUUAUUUUGUUUAUAAAAAGCGUAAAUAAUUUAAACUUUUUAUUUUUCCUUUUUAAUAUUAAUUUAAUAGUUGUGUGUACCUAUUACAAUUAUUUUUUUUUGUAUUUCAGGCUGUACGAAAAUUUCGUAUUAUUUUUCUAAUAUCAUAAUAUAUAUAUAUAUAUUUAGUAUUUUUUAAUAAAUUAUCAAUUAGUGUUUUUGGACAUUAUUUGUUCCUGUGUAUUAUAACUUUUUUUGUAGUGAUAAUUUCUUGUUAAUAAAUGUAUAAUAUAGUACAAUUCUUAAAGAUAUUACAAAUAACUAGAUAGGUAUAGUAAAAAUGUAAAAUCUGGUUAGAUAAUAGGAUAAUUAAAAAAAAAAAUCACAUCCUCUGCACAAUAUAGACAAUUAACACAUAAAUUGUAUAAUAUUUUAAAUAAUAUGAUUGUGUGGUAUAGUAUAAUACUCGUAUGCCUAGCAUACGGUUCCCAAAUAAUUAUUGUGUGCUUUGUGUUCUCGUCGUGCAUAUGUGUCACAGCUGUAAAGCCAGGUGGUUAUUUAAGGACACUUAACUGCAGCACCUAUCAUUCGUGUUUAUGAUGCGAUAUUUAAAUUAUUAUCGUGUAUCGAUUGAAUCAGUCAUGUUGUUCUUACACUAUCGUAAUUAUUACGGAUAACCAAUAUGAAUAGUAUUUUAAACAAUAAUACAGAGUGAUAUUUAAUGAUUUUAUCAUCGUGGUGUUCGAUCGAUUGUAUUUACGAACACUUUGAAUAGAACUCAUUUUGGUUUUUUUUUUUAGUUAUUAUUGUAGAAUCGUUUAAUGAUCUCGUAUUUACAUAAUAUUAUUCUAAAACAUUUAAGGAACGAUUAUUAUCAUUUAAAAAUGGAUUUGCCGUUUGUUACCUUUCCCUAUAUUCCCUAUCCAAAUAUUAAACUACUGUAACUCAUAUUAUAUUAAUGCGUCAUGCAUUUCGAAACUAUUAGAAAAACAUUAAUUUUUCGAAUCCUUGUUAAAAAGAGAUGAUUUUUAUUUUAAAAUCAAUUGAUAAUAUAGUAAUUCAAGGUUGGUAUCUUGGAUUAAAUAUUCCGAAUUAGUGUUAAAAUAGAACUUAAACAAUUUUAUGAUAGUCUGUACUAUAAGUAUAAUAUAGAUACAGUGUCGCAGAAUCCUCCUUUUACUUUAUUUAUAAUAGUUAAAAAAAUAAUCUAAUUUAUUUAUAAUCCUCGAAGAAAAUCAUCCGUCGUGGAAAACAAUAAUAAAUAUAUUGGAAAUUUGUUCGAGAAGUUUCAUAGUGUAAAGUUUAUUGUGAAAAUUAUUAUUUCUAUUCGAUAGAGAUUGUGUUACCAAAUUAUCGUGGGAUGUAAUAUUUAAAUAUUACCCACUUCGUCAGAAAUUAAUAAUAUAUCGAAUACGAAAUAUUUUGAUGGUUUCUAAAUUAUUUAAAACCAUAUUCCGAUCACAAAGUAAUAAUGUAAUGUAUAGGUAAAUAGUUAAUGAUUAUAAACUAACUUUACAUAAUUUAUAUAGGCACCUUCAACUAACUUACGAAUUAAGCGCAAAAAUUACUAUCCAAAGAUACUGUUAAAUAUUUUCUAAGCACAAUAAUUAUUAUCCAAAGAUACUGUUAUUAUUUCCAAGUAUCUACCUAAACGGCUAAACCUGCAAUUAAUAGAUAAGUUAUUAGUUUUCGUUUAUCAAUACAGUUUUAAAUUUAAAUUAAAUGUAUGUAAUUGAUGUAUUUUUGUUUUUUGACAAUCUAUUUUGUAUUCGGUUAUGAUAGUUAUUACGUUCUAAACAAAGAAAUAUCAUUUUAAUCUGUGAUUUUCAUUACUUCUGCCACAUUAUCGUUCCAGAGCCAUAUUUAUGCAAGGACAAAUGAGACAUUUGCAAUGUGCUCACUAGAAAUGGGAGUUCACUAACAACAGGCAAACAUAAUUAGUCGUCUCAUAUCUAUCGUAAUUCAGGAGAAAUAAAAUUAUGGCCAAUUAAUAAAAAUGGAUAAAAAAAUAGUUAUAGCGAACAUUAAAUUCGUAUUCUGUUAUAAGAACAAAAAAUAGAUUAUGAUCGACAUUGGUCAACAAAAUGUAUACGCUCUGGGAUUAUAGUAUCAUUAAAAUAAUAUUACAGAGGUUACAGGUUUUUUGUCUAAACCUGAGUUUUGACAAUAUUAUUGAUAAGUUUUCAGAACAAAUUGAUACAAUUUUUGCGAACAUUUUUUAAUCAAAUUUAAUUUUAAAUCAUUUUAGUUAGGCAUGUAUGGUUUAAAAUCUAACUCUUUGUAAAUGUUUCUUUUCCUUCGAAAAUUGAAUUUAAAAUACAUUCACUAAAAAUCUAAAAGUGAAAAUAAAAUCUAAAUUAAAAAUAUAUUCUAAAAUAAAUAACAUUAAUUAAUUUAAUUCAAUGUAUUUAACCACGACGUUGGUUAUCACUUAUCGUUUUAACAUAAUAAAAUAUUAAAAAUGUAACAAAAAAAUUACCGUGGUUUUGAUAUUAGAUACUGGUAUUAAGUACCGAAGUUAUCGUGGUAUCAAAUGGUUCAUUCAUACCACUAACUAUAUUCAUAACUUUGUAAUAACAUCAUAAAUGUGCAUGCUUUUUGUCUUUCUAAUGUUGAUUUUUUACUAUUAAAAGUAAUUAAAAAGUAUUACUUGAUCCGAUAUUGCGGUAUAUUUUAUUUAUUAGUUAUAAUUAUUUUAAUAUUUUAUGAAUAACCAAUAAAUUGCAUUUUAGUUUAAAAAAAAAAAAGUUAUUUAAUCAAUAUUUUUAUAAUGAACCGAAUUUGUUUAUUGACUUUUUAAAGUAGGCAAUAAAUAACAUUUAAACCGUCAUUUUUUUUUUUUUUUUAUUAAAGCCUAUGCUUUAUAGUUUUCACCACCUUUUUAAUAUUAUUAUUUUUUUUUUUUAAUUUUCACGUUUCUUUUAAACGUAUACGUAUUUCUUAUUUGAUUUAUUAUAGUUGGAAUAUUUAUUUAUUUAUAUAUUUAUCGUUUUUAAAUUGUAUAUACAUUGCAGCGUUUGCCAGUUUCUAUUUUAUGUAUUGCAAUAUACAAAAAUGCUUUGUGUAUUUUGUAAUUAUUAUAUCGUAAAAUGUAGGCAUGAUUUUGUGUCAAAAAUGUUUGGAUAAUUAACACGGUUUUAUUUUUUCAAAAGUUUUUUUUUUUUGUAUUUGUCUGUGUUCGAACUUGGACGUGGCGAUUUGUUUAGUGUCUUUCGUUUAUAAAUCUUAUUGAAACUCAUAAUUAUAUUUUAUAUUGAAAAGUUUAUCAAACCGAAUUGACGUAUAUACCUACCUAGUACCUAUAUAACUUAUUUCUUGAUAAUUUUAAAACUUGCGUUCUCUCGAUUAGAAGUUCAUAGAAGCUUCAAGUUUGUACUCUUGUAGUAUUGCUGUAAUUUGAUUAUCAUUCCAUCCUAUAGGGUUUGUAACAACGAGUAAAAAGAAUUAUAUUUUCUUGGCAUUUACUAUUGCGAUACUAACACAUUUCGUUUUGAUAUUCUAAUCAAUAAAUUAAUAUACAAGGCCGGCCGGUCAAUUAAUUCGUUACCAAAAUAAAACAAAAUAAAUUAAUUUUGAUUUAUAAUUAUACUUUUAUUUUUUGUUUUUAUAAUGAACGAAUAAUUAAAGAAGUAUUUUUUUAAAAAAAUUAUAAUAAAUAAUAAUUGCACGUGUUCUUUAAUCAAGACAAUGGUAUUAUUUUAGCAGAUACAUUGUGUCUGUACAAAAAAACUAAAUAAAUAUUUUUUUUUAACAAAUAUAUAAUCUUUUAUAAAAAUAAAACGACGUUUGAUGUAUUCAAAAAUAUUAUUGUUAUGAAUAUGAUUUGAAUAAUCAAAUUUUAAACCUUAGCUUUGCAAUACGUAAAGCAGCCGUAUUUUGUUUAUUAAUAAUAGCGCAUGAAAUCACUUUAAGUAUAUUCCUUCUAAAAUAUCAAAAAUGCAUUAAAUCGGAAAAAAUAAUAACCUUGCUGGGCAGAUGUCAGAAAAAUAACCCGUCACCCCGUUCUGCAGCUAGUAUUGCAAACGAUUUUAGUUUUUUGUGUGGUUGUAUAACAUAUUAAAGUACCCACAGGAAAUAAUUGUAUUAAAUAAAUAUAAACGGUAAAUAUUUUGUCAAAGGAUACAUAAAUUAAUUUACUAUUGUAUUAAAACCCUGCACGCAUUGUAAUAUUUCAUAGGGAAUAUUAGUUUAAAUAAACAAUCAUAUUAAAAUAUGGAGUCGCUAAUAGAGUAGGUAAUAAAUACUACAAAAAUAUGAAAAUCAUCAAAAAUAGUGGCUCUCUGUUUUGCCAAACACAAAUAAAUUAAACAAUAUAUACGCAUAAAUAUUGUGGGUGGUACCGAAUGCAGACUGGUACAAUAUAUCUUUUACUCUCUACCUAUAUGAACCUCAAAAGGUACGAAAAAUUCCGCACUUUCUAACAUAUUUUUAAAAAUAUAUCGAUAUUCAAUAAAUCGAUACAUUCAAAUUGAAACUGAUUUGUGCAAUGCCAUACCUACCCAAUACAUUUUAUUUUUAUCCAAAGGAAAAUAAAAAUUGAAAUAUUUAUCUGCAUUGUAAAAUACCAUCAAAUUGUAUACGUUUUGUAAAUUAUAUACUUUUUGUGCAUGUAUUAUCAUCUCUGAAAAUUAAUAAUGCGUUUCGGGGAACGGAAAAAAACUCGAGACAAACGGAUGUAUAUAUGUAUAUAUAUGUAUAACAAAUUUUAAUUACACUUGAUACCUAAUAUAUAACAAUAGGCAUUAUUAUUAAUUACUCGCAGGAAUGAAAAAACACGUAUAUAAAAGAGCAAUAAUUAUUUAAUUAAACAUUUGAAUAGACGAUAUGUACCUAAUUGUCGGCCUGCCGUCAUUUCGUUAACAACUUAAUGUUUCAAUCAUUAAGAGUUUGAAAAAAAAAAAAAAACAAUCAAUAUUGUAGUUUUGCAGAAUAUAAACUACAUCAUUGUUAUAAUAUGCACUAUUAUUCACAAAACACGAUUUUAAAUUAUGCUGACGAUACACGAGCAAGUUAUUUUCUUUCGCGUAUGACGGAUGUGGAUCACACAAAAGUGUUGUACUACUUACAUAAUUUGAAGACGUGUUGAUGAAAAUAUAGAAAAAUAUUCUAGUUUACACGUUAUCAGUGACUCGCAUACCGGCCGGUCAUUCCGAAUUCCAUCUCAUUGGCAUCUUAAAAUCAAACGACUUAAGUUUACGCGUUACCUAUAUAAUUAUAAUAUAAGACUAUUAGUAUAUUGGAACAAUUCGAGUAUUGUGUCGGGUCCUGGUGUACGUAUGUAUCGUACAGUGCUGGAAUAUAGUGCACUGCUCACUAUGUUCUACUAAGAACAUACAUAUUUUCACUGCCAGCUAUUAGCAUGCCACUUGACAGUGACUCACUGGCUUCUCCAGUGACUGGCGCCAAUCGUUUACACGGUACCCAUUGCUGUGGCAUGCAGUGACCGGCGACCUCGACUGGAAUAUUGACUGGUCAUGUGUAAACUAUGUAGGGUUAAAUCAAUAUUGUAUUCGCGGUAAACUAUAGUUAGGUAUGUAAUAAUAUUAACAAAAUACUACAUAAAUUAUUUAAAAACUCGAUUUUUGUAUAAAAACGAAUCAAAGAAAUACAUGUUAUUUUGUCAAUCGUUUAAUAUAUAAUUAUAUUGCUAUUAUUAUAAUGCAUGCGUUUUGAAAACAAUUUUAAUUUUAGAUUCUGAGUGGACAAAGAAUGUAAGGUUUUAUAAUAAUGAUGUUUAUUUUUCAAUACUUUUUACAAAAAUUCUAAUAGCAAUCUUGCUGCUCGACCAUCGUGCGAAGUAUGUCGGUUUUUUUUCUUUUUGAUCUGAAGUUUAGAUGUUCUAAAAUGUAAAACCGUUCAUUGACAGUAUAAAGUUUUGAAUACGCUCGAAUCUGUUUUUUUUUUUUUAUGUAAUAUCUAUGUCAAACUCUACUGUCUCAAAUCAAAGUCAGGAGUAAACUUUACAGAUUUUCAAGUAUAGCGUUAUUGUGAUUCUCUCAAAUGUCGAAAGCAAAAUAUAUCGUAUUGAAUUUGAAAUCGUCGUUAGCCUAUACAACGGCAUGUACAUAUAUAUGUACCGACAUUAUACUAUACUCGCCGCUAACCGAUGAAACCGCAGCAAGUUUGUUCAGAGGGAUUGAAAGCGAUCGAAGGGCGUGUCGUACGCGACAUGUUGCCGCCAUUAAUCUUUACGUUGGCUUGGCGAUAGAACGAAUGAAUUGAAAUUCCUGUGGAAUAACCCGGAACAAUGCGAUGUAAAAAUUCGUUUAUACUAUAACUAUAUAUGUAUAAUAAACAAAAAACACGCGUAAAAUUUUAAAAUGCAAAAUAUGAUAUGGAAAAUUAUAAUAUUUAAACUUUUUUUUUUUUUUUAUGUAUACAAUAGCAUAACCUAAUGCGAAUUUACUCGGGUAUUACAACGCUAUCCGUAUAUUCAUAUUAUGCAAUACUUAUUAUAUUUUAUCACGAAACAACGUUGAUUAUCUACAACGAUUUUGGUUUUUUUCUAACUAUUAUGGAAUCGUUUAACUAUUUUUAUUUACAAUAGGUUUUUUAAAAUGUUACCCUUAUUCGAUCAAAUAUCGAUGUGUAUCUGUGCACUGUCUCAGUCAUACUGGUGACAUAGAAAAAUUAAGUUACUUCAAACAUAAAUUGUGGCAUUUAGGCAGUCUAAAUACAGAAAACACAAUUUAAAGAGAAGAACAUUUGUAGUACAUGUUGCUUAACAUAAAAAUAUAUAUAAUAUGCUUAAAUUUAAUGAUUUGUUUAGCCUAAACAGCUGUUAUUUCUUUGUUUGACAGUAUUUUAUAAAAACAGAAAAACACUAUUAUGUUACCUGUGUUUAAACUCUAUAAUUUAAAAAAAUAUGUUCUAACUUUCUGAGUAACGUAAUAAUGUCCAUGUCAUUCAUCAGUUAUAUUGAGACGGUAAAUAAUUCCUUUGGAACAUUAAACUAUUGUUUAAAUUUGAUUGGGAAAAAAAAAUUAAAUUUAUUCGAAAAUUGAAUAGUUAAUCGUUAGUUGACGAUAAAAUUGCCACUCUGUAUAAUAUUAUAGUACUUGAAUUUCCUUUAAGCAUGCAUGCUAUAUUUUAGUGUUUUUCACAUUGCCACUGCUAUACUAUAGUAAUAAUAUUAUCUAAAGCUUUUAUGACAUUAGUUACGAUUACAUAAUUUUUGCUUUGCUGUUUAGUUGCAAUUAAUAUUAAUGUUAUAGAGUUGAUUAUUACUUCAACAUAAUAUUGUUCGUAUUAUAUGGUAGGUAUAUAGUGUUAUAACAAUAUUAUUAUGUAUGUUUGUGUGUUAUUGUUUAUCAUUUUUUUUAUCUUUCGUCUAGUAUAUAUGCCACACAUUGUAUUUGCUAACAGUUCUUAUACACCAUUCAGAAAUAAUAUUAUGAAUUCCUUCGAAUCGAUUGCAUACAUUAUAAUAUACUAUAUAAUAUAGAAUAAUAUAAUAUAAUAUAGAAUAACGUAUAGGUAUUGUACUAUUAAUUCGGGUGAAAGAAAUAUCAUAACCACGGCAUUGUUGUUUUGUUUUUUUUUGUUUACACUCAUUUGUUUGUACAAUUAUGAUUCAAACAAUAUAUUCAAAUAUUUAUUAGGUAGUUGUACACCUACAGUAAAAUAUAAAUAUACAUAUACAGGGUGAUUUGUUUGUGUCACAAUUGAUCCGAUGAUUUUUUCUGAAGAUUUUAAAAACUAUGCAGUUAGUUUUGGAAUUUUGGACAUUUAUUUAUAUUAUUGAUAAUUAGAUGUUGAAUUCAGAUUUUCAAUUUAUUUUUAAAAUUAUGUUUUGUUGACAUUAAUUUUGACUUUGUAUACUAAUAGCUACAGAAUUUCUGUUCAUUAUUUAUGAAAUUUGUUUAAAUUAUACUUCUUCUUAAGAAAAAAAAAAAUAAUAUUAUUAUUAUUAUUAUAAUAAAUAUUAUUUUUUGAAUUCGGUAUGAAAAAAAAACUAGAUAUGUGUUUACGGUAUAUGGAAAAUGGUAAAAUCUUGAAAAUAUUAUGAACUAUCAAACGAGUGAAAUAAAACUAAAAUCAAAUUUACUAUUCGUGGAUAAUCAUGAUGGUCAUGAUAAAACAGUCACCUUGUAUAUAUAUUUUAAUUCAAAUGUACAUAAAAAAUAUAACAAAAUAAUUAAUGUUCUAUUCAUUUUAUUUUUUAAUGACGACCUUAUAAUAUAUUUGAAUUUUAUUUUAUUUUUUCUAUUCAGUUAUUUGUCUUUGCCUUUUAGUUAUGUACAGAGAAUAACAAUAACAAAAUGACCCCGUAGUAGUCAAACCAAGGUGCGAAGCUUCUUUUUUUAAUGUUUUAUUUUAUUGCAGUGUUAAAUAUUUAGGUGGUUGAUUUGUUUCUCGAGAUCGGAUAAAAUUUGCCUAUGAUGAAAUAAACUAUGUACAUAUGAAAAUAAAAAUAUAAUAUUAUAACUAAUUUCGAUGAUGAUAUGUAUUACGGAUGUUUAUUUCUCGUGUAACGAGUUAAAAAUAAUAAAAACGAAUUUAUUAACAAUUAUAAUUCAUUAAUCAUUAUAUCAUUAUAUUAAUGCAUUAUAUGUCGUGUUUAUAUUGAUAAAAAUGUAUUAAAUUUCAUAUUUUUGUUUAUUUUUUUGCUCCUGUUUUUUUUUUUUUUUUUGAUUUUACAUAUAUAUUUCUUUAUAUUGUUAUUCCGGGGUACAUUACGAGGUCUGCUUUAUUUUCUAUAAUUUUGAUAGAAUAUAAUUUUAUCAUUGAAAAAAAUAUAUUGCAGUUUUUUCGAGGUACAUGAACACUUUUUAUUUUUUUGUCUACUGUGUUCAACUUUAUAUAUAUGUAUGCAAUAUCAAAAACAUUGUGUACGUUGCUUAUAUGACAUGUUCAAUCCUCGCUAUUUUAUAUUUACUAUGUACUACACUCGUGUUUUUUCUGUCUUUUAUUAGUUUUUUCUGUGUUUGUAAACAACUUCUCGACCAAAUAUCUUAUCAUUACAUCGGGGGCGGUUUUUGGUAGCAAAGUUUUUCUAGUUUGUGUGUCGAAGAGCAUAUGUCGUUAUUUUUUUGUUUCUCGUAAUGUUAUUAAUAAUGCGGAAAAUAUCAGAAUUAAAACGUUUAAAAUAAUUUACGUAUUUUGGUUUUAACGAUAUACGAUUGUACUACAUAAUUAUUCAAUUACACAAUUUCGUAUGUGCUUAUAAUUAUUAUAUAAUAAUGUCUAGACAUCACAUGAUAACGACUAUAGACAGUUUAAAUUUGGAUCAUCAAUGUACAUUCAGUUACAAGGUUAUAUCGAACAAAAUAUUGAAAGAAUAAUAAUAAUCUUUUUAGACGAAUCUAAAAAGACGAGCGUAAUGAAGGAUUUAUUAGUUUUAUUAUGAUGUGUGUGUGUUUUUUUCUGUCUGUAAACAACUUUUUGAAAAGAAACUUCGGUAUACAGAGUGCAGUAACUUUUCUGAAAGGUAAUUUUGUCUAGUCAGCGCAUUAAACAGGUUAUUUUUUUGAUUUUCCUAAGGGUUUUCGAAAUAAUUGGGAAAAACAUGAAAGAAAAUUAUAGAUAAAAUGGCAAAUAUGUAUGGCGCGCCACGGCAUUACUGUUUUUAUUGUUUAUAAUUUUCGUUUUACGAUGUUUUCUAUAAGAAAUAUUGCUCCGAAAAAUGGCAAAUUAUCUUUUUUGUCGAAUUUCUAAUCUAGAUGAAUAUGAAAGUCGUUUUUUGAAUUUUUGUUUUUUGUAGUUUUUUAAAUAAUUGACGAAAACCGAAAUUUUUGUAUUGCAAUUUGCUCUUAUUAAUAAUUCGAAUUAUCGGAUUUUUAAAUGUAAUUUCAAUGCUUAUAAUUGCUUAGAUAAUAAAUAAUAUUUUCUCAGUGAAUAAUACUUUCAUAGUGAUUUAAACACAAUUUUUUUUUUUUUGUAUUGUUCAAUUUUUCAGAAUUUAAGGAAAUUAUCGGAUUUGCAACGAUUUGCAACUUCUAUUUAUUCGAUAUAUUUUUUAAUCGUGUUCAAUGUUAUUUUAAAGUUAUUUUUAUAACAAUUAGGCAUCACCUACAAUGUAAUAUACCAAUAGCAGAAUAACGAAGUGUAUAUAAUAUAAUAUAUAAGGAUGAACCAGAAUUUCUUUUUUUCUUCUCAUAAUAUUAUGUUUGGUUUAGUGAAAAAAACGUUAAUUUUUAGAUUUUCAGAACUUUAAAAUGAUUUCUAUAUGUCUCGAGCAUCAAAUUUAUCAGAAAUUAUCUAUUUUAUUAGUUUUAAUUUCAUAUCAGUCUAAAUACUCAUUUCUCAACAAAAAUAAUUAGUACAAAACAACGCUGAUAUUUUUUUUGUAAUAGUAUCACGGGAAGAGCAAACAAAUAAAAUAAAUAUAACAUCUUGGUCCAUUUUAUUUUAUGUAUAUAUCUUUUUAUUAAUUUAAUUUUGAAGUAAACUGCAAUGAUAUUACGAUCAAUAUAACGUUCUGUACAUAUAUUUAUGUAGCUUAGGAAAUGGUUUUUGAUUUUAUUUAUUCUAUAUAAAGAAAACAGUGUAGGUACAAUAUGAUGGUUUAUUCCUCCACGGAAUUGCAUACAGCCGUUAUUAUUUAUGUUCGGACAAAUGUUGGCAUCGAUUUAGACGCAGUAGUCGCAGCUGGACGUAACGUUAUUUUGACAUUUUUAUUCGCUUGACUUUUACUACUUACUGAAAUCAAAAUUCUCGCAUCGGUUCCCUAUACAAAAUUCUCUUACGGGUUACCUUUGAAAUAUGAUAUGAACACGUCAUAAUACAUUAGCGUUUACCUAUCUCUCUCUGUCUAUUUUUCUUUAUUUUUUUUUAUUUCAUUUUAUUAUUUUAUAUAAAUAUUGAAUGUCAUCUGUUGUCUAUACUGUAGUAUAGGUAGUUUUUUCUCGGUCUAAACUUUUACGAUUUAUUAUAUUAUUUUCAAAUUUGUUGAUUUUUUACUCUUUUUUUUUUUUUUUUUUUUUUUUUUUUUUUGUGUGUCUUUGUUGCAGCGCGCGUUGGGUACAUGGAAUUAAUUUUUGGUUUUUAUUUCUUUUUUUUUUUUUUUGUUAUCUUCCGACAAAUUAUUCCCGGAUAUAACUAAACGGUCACGUCUGUAUAUACAUUUGAAUAUUAAAAAGGAUGAACUAUAGGAGGGAUACCAGAAAAAAAAGACCGUUUAAUCCCACGCGAAAUAUCUCUUUGCGGCAUAAUUUGCCAUAAAAUUAACCGGCGAUACAUACAUGUACACACCACAUGCACACACGACGUGGCUGUAAUGAUAAUGCGAAAAAAAUCGCUUUCGUGUGGUGAAUAAAUUGUACACUUUACCCAACCCCCAUAAAAAAAAAAAAAUAAUAAUAAUAAUAAUAAUUAUUUGAAAAUUAAUAUUAAUUAUUAAAACAUUUUUAACAGCUCUUUGUGCUGAUCUAUAGAAAUGUAUUUACCGUAAAACAUUAUUGUAUACUUUAAACAAUGAAGCAAUAUAAUAUGUGUUAUUUUUACAUUUAUUUAACUUUUGAAUUUCCAACGUUGGCAUUUGGCAUUUUACUUGACUGCAUUUAUUAUAUUACGACUGCUAUACAUUUAUACCUAAUUUUACACUGUACACUUUAUAUGAAAUACUGCGGUAAAACGUUUUGGUAGUUACACUGUCCAUUAAAAAAAAAAAAAAAAAAUUUAAAAAAUUUAAAAAUCAUGUUACAAUGCACAUGAUGCAAUUAUAAAAAUAAUAAUAAUAAACUAUUAAAUAUAAAUUCGUGUUCGUUUGAUUCGCUUUUGAAUUGGUUAGCUAGAAUUAUUAUACAUGCCGUUUACUAAAAUAUAUAACAAUGCAUUUCAUUUUUUUGAUUAAUUUGAUUUUUGAUUGUUUGUUUGUGUGUAUAUAUAUAUAUAUAAAACAUAAUGUAUAAUAUACAAUUAUUUUGUAUUGAUUCUUGCAGUUAUACCAAUUUAUAUUUUUUGUUAUUUGAAAACAGUCGUAAUACGUAUUGUAUAGAAUUAAUUUUAUCGUCGAUCGUAAAAUGUAUUGCUGCAGUAUAUUAGUUACGCGCAGCAGCCUUACAGGUGUUUCGCGUAUAUUGGUUUUUGACAUUUUCUCGAGAAUAUAUGUAAAUGAGUUUGCCACGAGUGUCCCGGAGUGUUAUGCUCGUAUAUUUAUUAUUUUUACUGAACGUUGAAUACACGAUAUUGAACAAUUGAAUUAAGUAUAGGUUAGACAUCAGCACGAGAACAAACAUUUUUAUUUGUUUUUUUCGGUAAACACUGCAGGCAAUGGGUAUCUAUAAAAUGAACGUGUUUUCUCUCCGUAAAUAUGAAACAUUAGAUAAAUUAUUUUUGAGGUUGUAUUAUUGUAGAUAAUAUAAUAUAUAUUAUAUUAGAUAAAAACAUUUUAGUAUUUUAUAAGAAACUAUUAUAUUGAAGCUUAUACAUUGACUUUUUUUUAGAUUCUGAGUAUAGAAACUAAUAAGAUGCAUAAUGUGUAUUGCAUAUUUUAAUUUUACAAUAAGAUGUGUGUUUUACCCCAAAUAAAACAGUUUUUCGGAAAACAAUGUUCCGAAUUAUUUAUACUAUAUCUUAACAGAUGAAGAUUUUCGCCCAGUGAUAUUUUAUUUGGAACAUUUUUUUUUUUAUAUUUCUGACAGUGACUAAGAAAAUUUAAAAAAACUGAACCCAAAUAUCAAUAAUUCGGUUUUAUUUUCGUUGAUUUCUUGAUUACCUUGACUACUAGAGGAAUACAAAUUGAUUGACCAAUACUGUAACUUAAACCGGUUUCUCUAAUUUUGUUCAGAAUCGUUUUUGAUCACAAAGAUUUACAAUUGAUUUUAGUAUAUUAUAUACUAACUUAACUUAUAUUGUAUAUCUUCUUAACGUCCCACUUACAACAGCUAUCAUUAGAAAUAUUCCUUUUUUAGCAUUAUUUAGACAUUUUAUAACUUUAUGCUGCAAACCACCGUGGUCACACCGAAGAAAUGUAAAACUAAAUACAAAAUUACAAAACUAAUUAUACGUUUUUUUUUUUUUUUUAAUUUUAUGAAUAUUCAAACAUUUUUAAAGCGGUAAAUAAUUAGCGAAUUACUUAGUGUAAGCGAAUUUAUCUCUGUAAAUAAUAUUAUACCAUCUCACACUGAUGAUGAGAUGAACCAUUCUCUUAUCUGCUCGGUCUCUUCGUAUUUUAUUCGCUUUUUUAAAAAAAUUACAGCAACAACGGUACUUAUAUUAUUAUAUAUAUUUAUUUUUUUUUUUUCAAAGGUUUGAAAUUAAUGGAAGUAGGCUGGAGAUACAUUAUUAUUAUAUAAUAUAUACAAUUAAUUGGACAUGAUUGUUAUAGACAUCGUUUUAUUCAAUAAUGCAUGCGACGACGAAACUUUAGAGUUCCGCCUCCUGAAUAAUAUUCUCUAAGGGACAGCUAAUCCAAUUUAUAAAAUACCGUCAUUUAUUAUCAGGUGCCUUUAUAGUUCUACUGUAGCAGUCUAUAAUAUUUCGUUGUUCUAUCAAUAUAAUAUACCGCUGCCCUUUUAUUUUAUUUCCGGCUGUCCCGUCCUGUUUCUUAUCUUUUUUUUCUACCAUUACCACGUUCGUUAAUUUCAAAGAAUAUCAUAAACUAUACACAAAUGAAAAAUUUGAAAAUAAUGUAAAACUAUAUACAUAUACAAUAUACACUAAGUAUAUAGUUAAUAAAAAUGAACAUUACUUUCAAAUUUUUCAUUUCGAUAUGGAUCUCGGCAGGUACUUAUACUUAUUAUACUUAUACCACUUUCUGGGAGUACUUUAUUAUAAUCCCUUAUUGUUCCCAUGUAGACGUAUUCAUUGUUUCAAUUUCUUAAAAAGUUUCUAGAAGUUAUGCGUACGGCUACCUGACGAUUUCACAAUUUUAAAAUAGUAUCGAAUAAUUUUUUAUUACUAACGAUUAUAAAUUCUGAGUAUACUAUACCGUACCUCAAAAGAUGCUGAUUUUUUGUCUGAUGGUACCAUUGAAAACUAUUUCGAUUGUUUAAAUUGCUUUUCGUUUUGUUUAAAAUACUUGUUUUUGUUAAUAAAAUUGAUCCAGUAUUUUCACUCAGUACUUUAAAGGUUGUGAAAUUUUCAACAGUUCCCUCUCAAGAUCUUUUUUUUUCGUUUAUUUCUCGAGUUACAUUCUGAGUAACAAGAGAAAAACCACGACAAACAAUACUCUAUUCAGAAUCGUUUUCAACGAUGAUUUAUUGUUGCAUACAAUUCUUAUCGAUAUAAAUUAAAAUAUCUUAUAUAAUAUUGUACUUCCUGAACUACCCAUACGGCCUAUUAUGGUCUCGUGGUGCGAAAUAAUUAUGUCUACAUGUUUGUGUUAAAUAUUUGUACAACUAUGUGAACUUUAAUUUUUAUAUUCGUCCUUUAUGAUUACUGUUACGCGUGUAUGAUUUGUUUAUUAUCUCUUCCGUGAUGUAAACUAUACUCGUUUAAAUGGACUGAAAAACAUUUUAUUCGUAACUUAUCCGGGUACGAUAAAUAACUGUUUUUCAUCUGGAAUAUAGUUUAUUUUUUUUUAUGUAUAUUUAUACAUGCGCGCGUUUCUGCUGGAAACUGAAAAAGAAAAAAAAGUUCCCAAUCGUAAGGCAAUAAAUUCGGCGCACAACUUUCGUAUACGUAUGUAUAUAUGCUUUUCUCCGGAGGGUAAAAACUGGGUUUGACUAAAAAAAAAAAUAAUAAUAAAACAAACAAUCAUUUCUCUAUACAAGCUUUGAUGAAACUUUUUCGUUUUCAUAACAAUUGUAUACGUAUAAAUAUUUACGAAUUAUAAUUUAUGAUUAAUGAUGGAUUUGUAUUUGUUUCGAGAAAAAAAAAUACUUCCUAAAACGAUUGGAACUCCUCCAUUUAUUUGAAUGAUGAUUUUUAAUUCAUUUUGAUAUAUUGAUUAUUAUUAUUUAUUUUCCAAUUUUUAAUUUUAUAUUAAAAUAAAUUAUUUUAAUUUAUUCCAGUGGUUUAGCUUAAAAUCGUUACGCUGUAAUACUUGCGCAUAGUCGACACCUAUAUAUUUGAUUAUUUCCUAAACCAGAUGUAUAUUGUAAAUGCAAUUUGUCACAAAUACACAUCUAUGGUGUAAUAUUUAUAACUGGUCGAAAUUGUGUUUUGUUUUUCAAUUAUCCGCACUGUAAUUUUGUGGUAAUACGAUAUGGCGUACAAACGGCUGCGACACGAGAAUAAUAGUAAUAAUAAUAAUACAUCGAUCAUAUUUUUAUUUUUUGCGACAGUCUUUGGUAUUAUAUUUCGAAAUCCGGAUUUUCUGUUUUUGUCGUGAGUUAAUAUACGACGAAAGCUGUGUAAUAGAACACACACACACACACACACACACACACACACACACACACACGCACGUAUAUAAAUCUCAUCACGUGUACGUUUUGUUUUCUUACGUGACGGUGUUUUUUAGAUUUCGAACGGGCCAGUUGUGCAGUGACAUACGCAUUUGUCGUUUUGUUUAGAUAAACAAUUUAAAAUAAUUACGAGGUGGGUACACGUCGAAUUUUUGUCGACUUUAUACGUAUAUAUUAUAUACCUACAUACAUAUAGAAAUAAAAACGGUUUUCUUCGGUGCACAUUUAUUCAGUUAAACUGUGUAAAGUUUACUAAGCAAGUCAUUAACUUACAACAUUUUUGUUUAUAUUUGUUUGGCUUGACGUAUAGAAAUCUACGAUCUAGCAGAAUUCUGUGGAAUUCAAUGUCAUGUUAUGAGUUUAAAUAUGAAAUUUGAAACACCUUUAAUUUUACCCAUUUUGAUAAUUUUUUUUUUCUAAUAGAGAAUUGUAUAAUGUAUAUCAAAAACUAUCUUCGUAAAAUAAUUUUUUUUUAAGUCUAACAAAUUUUGAGUACUUUUUGAAUUACAAAAACACAUAUUUGCUGUAUUGUUCGUUAGAUAGAUAAAGACGGACAAUUUUAAGCCCUCUUAAGACACUGACGAAAAUCCAAUUUUUCCCUGUGAUUUUUAAAUAAUUUCACCCUUGUUUUCAAUCAUCCAACUUGUAUAUAUUUGUUUUUCGUUUUUUUAAAUCUUUUAUUUUUAUCGAUUUGUCGUAUCGAUCGUGGAUGUUGGACGAUGGAUAAAAAUCUGCCAGUGAAUUUAAAAAAAAAAAAAAAAAAUUAAGAGUUCUAAUAUGAAAUUUGAAAGUCCCUUUUCGCCAUUUUGACAGUUAAAAAAAAAUGACUUUUUUCCUAGUUUUGUUGACGUGGAGUGUUAUUAUAAGUUCCAAAUCGUGACGAUGACCGGCAAACAACGACUUUGAAAUGUUGUAAUAUAGUUUAAAUGUUAUAAUAAUACGUAAUAUCUCGGUUGCUCGACAGACGCGUCAUCUGGUAGACGAGUAUUAAUUAAAUCUCUUCCAGUGCGGGGGUCUCACUCCGCGAUUGUAUAGGUUUUAGUGUGUAUAUAAUAAUUAUAAUUAUAAUAUAGCUGCGACUCAAAAGACCUCCCCCUGACCCACCUUAACUGCCUAGUUUAACAGGAUAAUGGUUUUGAUUUAUUAAUGGGUUUAGAUAUAUUGUUAUUUUGUGUAAAGUUUCUGACAUAGAGCGCGGUUACCCCGCUUUAUAUUGUUAUGUACUCGUAUUGUUAUACUCCGUGUAUAAUAUUAUAAGGCCCGAAACCACGACUUAAGAUUUUGCAGCGACGGCGAUAUUUCUAAAUGGUAAAUAAGUUAGGUAUUUUCAUGAAAUAUAUAGACAUAUAACAUACAGUUUUCUUCGGGUUCUGCGCCCGGAGCUUAUUUCGUUUGCCGCAUUAUGGAAAUUCAGCGAUUCAAUUUUUAAAACGACGAUAUUUUCCUCAAAGCAGUAUUAUAAUAAUAAGGGAUCGUAUUAUAGAAUCCGUAACGAGUAUCGAUGCCCAUUUGUUUUUUGAUUAUAUGUAUAUUGUAUUUCAAAAAAAUGCGAUUUUUAAUCAUAUAUACUUGUAUAUGUGUUAUAAAUUAUAUAUGCAUUUAUAAAACAACUUGGUGUAUAGUCAUACAGGUAAGAGGGUAUGUAAAUUCAGCGGUUAUUAUUUAUAAUAACAUACUGAAAGGACCGAAAAUUAUAUCAAUUUACGAAUAAUAUGUUUAUGCCACGAAAUUAUGUGAUAAUGCGACACAUAUUUGAAAUUAAUUAUCGCGGAUGUAAUUCCGUGGCAUAACCAAACAAAUAUUUUACGGGUUAAUCAAUACAAUAUACAAUUUCUCCUAUCGAUAUAACAAUUUACUCGCACAUAUUGUGUAGUAGGCUAUCAAUAACAGUCGUUUUAUAAGAUAUUUGCGAUUUAAACAAACUAAAUAAAAUGUUUUCCUGACAUUAUUUUAUCGGCAUUUAGUGCAAACAAUAUUAAUAAUGGAACUAAAGUUUCCGUUGAAAACAUCUGUUAAAACAUCAUCGUUUUACACAUUGCAAUAUUUCGUAAGGUUUUAAAAUACGUGGUUAUUUGUAAUUGUUUCAUAAAAAAAAAAUGCGAGUUUGUGGUUAAAAAUAAAAUCAUAGUUUUUAUUAUCAGUGUAACCAAGCCUACGGUAUUCCCUGUCUUCGCGUAUUAAAUAAAUUUGCGAUCUAAAUUUUCUGAAACACCAACUAAAAUACAUAGCUGACCAAUAAUUUUGACAUUAGUACGGACUUUUUAGUUUACUGAAUAGUAAACCAUCAUCCCGUGUAGAAUGACUCGCCAACGCGGCUGUAAACUUUUUCUUAACUCGGCUAAACAAACGUAUCACAUCAGAUUGGUACGUGUGCUCGUUUCUAUACACGUUUCUUGGAGGUUCAGAUCACGGUUAUAGAUAGGAUGGUUUUACAAAAAUUGUUAUUAAAAAUAUGGAAUAAAUCACGAACAGCUUACUGGCUUGUGUAGCGCGAUCUAGUUAAAAUCUAAUUAUUAUUAAUUCUCAAAUUUUCGAGGAUAGUAAUUAUCGGUUUAGUUAGUCCAAUGUUUCACCGAGAGUGCUAUCAGGCGAAAAGUAAAUGUUAAAUUUGAUACGAACCUUCUCGGCCGCUGACCACCGUACUAUACGUUAUGUGUGGCAUUAUUCUAUCAAUAAACCGUAGUUAAGACAUCGGAUCACAGGUAAACAAAAAUCCGAACAGCCGAUUGAGUGUCAUUACCGUAUUAUUCUACGAUAUAACGUCCUAAACGUAUAAUCAGCGUGAUUAAUUGUUGUUUUUUUUUUUUUUAUAAGUUUUCUUUAAUGUCGCCUGAUCUACACGAGGCCAUAGUUUGUUUUUCAUAUUAGUAGCAGCUACUAGUUCAAAGUGUAGAACCCCAUCGUAUUAAGUUACUUGCAGGCUUGAGUUGCCAGCUUAUAUUAUCCUAAAGCUUGAAAAACUAGAAUCAUGUAAACCGGGCAUAAACGAGUAAAACUGCGUGCGUUCACUACUAUUUGUGACCGGUAAAUACGCCGCCGGGGUCGGUGAUAAAUUGAAAUACGUACGCGCCGCCGACAAAGCUCUUUUUCAAUUACUCCGAUACGCGACUGAGUGCAAAUGCAUUUUAUUGUUACCCGUAAGUUUUGUUUCCGUCUACGAAACAUAAAUUAUCCUCGCUAAAUAAAUAACGGAACGUAAGUUAAAAUGCAUCCAACAUGAAUGCACCUAUAUCCUUUUUUUUUCUAAAUGUUCCAUCGUUACGCGUAUAUCGAGCGAAAUCGUAUUAAUUUUUUGGUUUGAAAAAUAAGUUUACAUUUCGUGUAUAUAAACAAAUUAAUGUUUUAUAUGGUUGGGCAUAUAUAAUAACAUUGUAUAUUAUUUAAUAUAUUAUAUUGUAUACUCGUGUAAUUUAUAAAGCCUUAGACCGCAUAUAUUUUAUCUAUACGAGAUUGCAAUAAAUUUAAAAUGCGGUCACAUUUCCGAAAUCGUGACGGCAGCCAAUCGUCAUUACAAUUAUAAUAUACAGGGUGAUUCUGUAUGUGGAGUUUAUUCGUUUAUUUUUAAUGUAUUUACAGAAAAUGGAAAAUAUUGUUCGGUAUUUCGUAAAUUUGAUUUUUAAAAAAACAUGUCAGCGGUCAAUACAUUCACUUAGAUAUUAUCCGCGAUUAGUUAUAUAUAAAAAAAAAAAAAAAAAUGUGAUUGAAUUGUGAAUUGAUUUUUUCCGAUGUAUUAUAUUUAUCACCGACGUGCUGUCGCAUAUAGGUACGUUUUAGGAUCUUGUCGCGUUUUACGGGGAUUUAUGGUCUGAAAGUUUAUUGGGACUCGCGCGGUGUGUAUGUAUAAACGAGUAUAUGGAACACGGCCAGAACUUUGUGUAUUAUCGCCGUAACCAGGCACGUAGCCAGAAAUUUCCUAGGAAUGAGAGGGGAGGGGGGUGGUGGUGUUAUAAAAAAUUAUAACUUUAAUGGACAAAAUAAAAUAAUAUACCAUAUUCGUCUGGAACAUAAUAAUGUUAAUUUUCAUUUCGAUUUACUAGGGACGGAUGUGACCACUGUUAUAAUUGAAAAAUUUGUUUCAAGACUUCUCGAAAUAAGGAUAAUCCAUCGUUCACGUGAUUUAACGGAUUAUUAUGUUUUUUUUUCUGUUUGUUAGAAUAGAUAUGAUACCAGUGCAGAUAGAAUAGGGACACUUGAUAGUCUCAAAUAACACAUAUACGAGAAGAGAUAACACAAAUCUCUCAGAAAACAUUGCGAAGUGUUAUACUUAGUUUUCAGAGAUGUCUUUAUCGAAAGUUUACUUUUCUAAAUGGACUUUUUAAUAUCGUUUAUAAAAAUUAGGAUGAAUAAAUUUGUCGAAAAAUGACUUGUCGGUGUUCUACGGUUAUUUAAAAAUCGCCCGUUUCACUGUGUCGUGCUCUGCCGUAUUAUUGAUUUCGACGUUUCCUGCAAUUACAAGUCGUCGCGUACUCGACGAUUCGGUGUACGAUAAUGUUAUUAAUUUUCCAUGCGCCCAAACGAGUAGGUGUAAUUAAAUAUUUCCCGGGAGUCGUGACAAAAAAAAAAAAGUACUAAUAUAAUAAUACGGAACACGACGGUUCGGGUAGCUUAGUGUGUCGUCGGUGUAAAUCAACCGACGAUAAUAACCGUACCCGAGUUCGGAGCUUCGCGUAUAUUUCGAUUAGUAUUAUACAUACGUAUAUAGUAGGUAAUGUAUCCUUUCGUCUCUCUCUCUCUCUCUCUCUCUGCGGAAAUCCGCGUUUUUCAAUCAAAAGACGGUACGCGCGAGUUUUCGAUUAAAACGUCGGUAUUAUUUUCGCAGCGGGGUGCGUCGCGCACCUAUCGAGAGAAAAAAAAAAUGCCCCGAGGACCACGGGACCGGGGCAGAACCGCGAGCGAAGAAACGCGCGUGUCGCCCGUAUAUCACAUUAGCGUAAUAUAUUAUUAUACACGCGCAUGCCGAGCAGACGAGAGAGAUAAUACACCGCCGGGUCCCUCGAUAACUCUCGCCAUCCCCCCCCCCCCCCCCCGGGAGCUCGCGUAUAAAAUAUACGUGUACGCUGUACCCGUAUACGGCUCGCGUAUUAUGAUUGUCGUUGUUGUGCGGCGUGCGGACCGCGCGCGUGCAAAUCCAGACAAAUCGGUAACGAUUGUCGCGGUGUCGCGUGUAAUACGAAAUCUCGCCGCGCAAUCGAUUUUCCCGUUUGUCGCGCGCACGCUCGAUUGCGACGGCCCCGCGGUUCUCCGGAUAUCCUCCUUGUAACAAUAACAAUAAUAAUAAUAAUAAUAACACAUACGCACACAUAUAUAUAUAUUUACUUGCGUAUUAUUACCACACGCGUGUUAUUAUAUUGUCGAUCCGCUCGCGAGUUUUCCCCCGCCCCGGAUAAAUAAUAACGCGCGCGCGGGAGCACGUUGCGGUUUUCGUCGUCGUCGCGUUUUGCCGCCGGCCGAAGUUGAGCUGCGGAUUUACCGCGGCGGCGGUGCAACCGAGAUAAUACCCGCGGUAACGUACUCGUAUAGUACUUAUGAAAUCGCCCGUAGUUCGGUGUAUGAUAUUAUCGCUCUGAUACGUCGUCGUCGCCGUCGUAUUGUCUUAUUCUCGAAUAUACGUUACGUUUGUUUUUUUUUUUUUUUUUUUUUUUCGAUAUACAUGACACUUUUCUGAAAACUUUUUACAAUCGUAUUGUAUUCUAAAAUGUUACAUUUUUCUUAUUUUUAUCGGGGUUUGAAUUGUCUACCUAAUUUUGAUUUUCAAAUAGUGUAAUCUAUAUUAAAUGCAAUCUAUGUUAAAUGCAAUCUUUAUUGAACAUUUCACAAAUAGACGGUGUAUUAGUUGAAAUAAGUUAGAUUUGUGUGAUGACAAACGAGUGGAAUAUCUCGUCGACGGAAAUCAAAAAUGCCAAUGUAUUUAAUCUAAUACUCCAAUUUAUUUUUGGAAUUUUUAAUAUAGGUUGCUAUUUUAAAAUCAAAAAAUAGGUAACCGUUUUACCCCCGAAAAUAACAAUGCAAAUAAUAAGGACAAUGUAACAUUUUAGAUUAUACAAUUCCAAAAAGUUGUUAUAAAAGUAAUUUUUUGAAAAAAUAAGGUAUUUCAUGGAUAAUUUGACUAACAAGAGACCCUGCAUAAUGUCGUUUAAUUAAUUUUGAAUUAAUCCGCGGGUAUUAUUUGUUCCGACCGAAUCUUCAAUAAUCGUUAAAAUAGUAUUACUUUUAUCGACGACGAAGUUAAUACUUUGAUUUCGAAAUUAAAAACAAACAUUUAAAUAUCGUUUCGUUCCGCGGGUAUUUGUUUUUUUUUUUUUUUUUUUUUUUCAUACGAAAUGCUCGCACUUCAAUUCGACCGUAAAGUAUUUACAAAUAAUUAUUUUUCAAUUAAAUGAACAUAAUAUAAGUAUAUCUGCAGCUGCGAAAGAAAAAAAUGUAUAAUAUUUUUGAUAGUUUUGCGCGUAUUAUAUAUUUAAUAAAAAUAAAAACGCAAACGGAAAUAAUUCUUUAAUCGUGAGUUUUGAUUUACGUCAAAUGUCAUUUUAGAUGUAUAAUAUGAUUAUUAAAUCUUCGGUAUUCAGCAUUUUUUUUUUCCUUUACCGACGAGAAAAUAUUGUAUAUACAGUUUUGAUGGGUUUCGUUAACAAUAUGAAUGGUGGAAAAAAAAUAAAUAAUAAUAAACGGGUUUUCGGAAGAAAAAUAAAACCAUUACUAUACUGCCAUGAAAACUGAAAGUCAAUUGUCUAAACUGAAAAGAUGAAUGUUAGUGUCUAAAAGGUAAAUCCGCGCGGGUAAAUCCUUAUUGACACACCGGAUCCAUUUGAAAAAUUACUUCUGAAAAAAUAAAAUCCUGGCCUUUUCUUAUAUGCCUGUUAUAUCUUUAUAAUUCAACGGGCGAACAUAUUUUAUAAUUUUAUAGUCGCGGUUAGGUUAAGGUGUUUUGACCUAAAUAACCUAGACUGUAUGCAGAUAAUGCAUUCCUCCCUUAUAAACCGGUUCUUAAACAUUUGUAUUAGUAUACUCGUCAAAUGUCUGUUAAUACCUAUUUUGUGUAAGGUUUGUUAACUAAGCAGACCGCGUCUUGGACGAUAAUAAUAAAAGUCACGAAAUACAUUGAAUUAUCAUCAUGCUUACCAUACCAUGGGUUAUAUAACUUAUACUUAAUUCUAUAUAUGGUAUUAGUUGUGAUAAAUCAACGUUUUAUUUUUUUUUUUUUUUUUUGGGGGGGGGGGGGGGGGUAAUAACAAGGCGCAUAUCUUUUUUUUUCUUUUCGAAUAAUACCGCAUUUUGUUUAUAAUUAUGUGUCUGAUUUUCCGAUGGACAAAGGUUAUAUAAAGUGUCCACUAUAAUUCAUUGUUUAUGCCAGCGGUACCCAAAUAUGUUUUCUUUAUUCGUGAUUCCUAUACAACAGAGCAGUUUUUUCACACCCUCACGAUUGAUGAAUAAUAUAAAACAAUAAAAUGGGUUAAACAUUAUUUUUUACCACGUGUAUUUUCCAUAUUAUCAAUGCGUCAAAAUCAGGAAACAAAAGUCGCAUCUGCUAUACAAACAUUUUUUUGUCUACGUUGAGUUAGGAUCGAUGUUCUAAAUACGACUACUGCUGAAAAUUCUGCUUCACACAAGUACGACAGAAUAUUAUACGGGAUUAAUUUUUUUUUUAUACUUUUUGUAUAAUCAUCAUUUUGUAUGUGGUUUUGAGUUUCAAAACCCUAGAAGUCUAAUGGUCUAAUGAUAAAUAGCAAUAAAAAAUUUAGUUCGCCCUUCAUAGUUCGGAAACCAAUGGUCUGUAGUAUAAAAUACAUUAUUUGAAGUCAUUUUGGGUGAUAUAUUUUUGCUGUUAUUUUAAAUAAACUCACAGUUAUUAAAAAAAAAGUCUGCGUAUGAUCGUGUUUUGUUUGAUUUUAUUUUUCGAUUUCAAAUUGAAUAUAUAUUAUUUGCCUACUUUAGUUUUCAGGCAUUAAUUGAAAAUAUUCAUAUUAUUAUUAUGUAAUCUGUUUGUAAAAUCACAAGUUGAUACUUAUGUUUAAUUAACAAAUGUCCGAAUGAAUAAUGUAUAUUAAAUUCACUCGACGUUGAUGGAAUUCGUAUAUUUUUUAAUUUUUAAUACGGUUUUCUUUUUGUCUCAAUUAAAUCAUUUUCAACUUUAAAAUGUCAUCAUACGUAUUGUUAUCAAAUUAAUAUUGGUUAAAAUUUAGUGAUAAAUAAUCACUAAAGAAUCGUCGUUUGUAUAUAGUUUAUUAAAUUUUAAACGCCAUUGGAUGGAAAACGCGCUAAAAUAAAUAAUUUCAGUUUGAAUUCUAAUUAAAUAUUUAAUACAUUUUUUUUUUUUCAUAGGUGAGGCAUAAUAUUUGAAUUUGAAAAUUAUUAUAGCCCGGCAUACGUUAUAGUUUAGUUAUAAAAAAUUAUAAUAAUACCUACAUGGAUUAAAUUAUAACAUUAAUUUAUUCAAAUUAAAUGAUUAAAAAAAAAAAAGAAUCAAAGAUAUCACAGAACGAAAAUAACAGCAGAUGAUUUCCUUUGUGUAUUCAAUUCGAUAUUGUGAUUCGGUUUUUGCAGACCGCAAAAACAGACUGUCUUAUUAAUUUCCAUAAGAUAUUAUUAAAUUUUCGUUAUGCUUUCAUCUUUUAGCGAGUCAUCUUGGCUUUGUGACCCAUCAACAACGAUAUAUUCUACACAAAGCAAGUGUGUAUUUCAUUUUUGAACAUGAUACAAUCGAACUGCGUUUGAUUCUUUUGAAACUUGAUACAUAAAUAAUCGUUAGGAUAAUUAUAUCGUUUAUCCCUAAAUUAAAAAUACAAAUUUGAUAAUUUAAACUCUAGUAAGGAUUUGUUCAAAUCACCAUUUAUUACCUUAUUAUUGAAAAUGUAUUGAAUGGCAAUUAUUAUGAUCGUGUAUUGUACAUUUUCUUUAACUAUCAAAUAAAAAUCUUAAUUACAUCCUAAUCUGACUUUACCAACCAGGAAGAGUAUACUUACUGAUAAAACAUGGCCAUUAACAUUAUAAGUUCCUAACCUAACCGAACGAAAAAUAAUGAGGUAUUAAUAAAAGUUUUUGAAAUGUGGUGUUACACAGAUGCAAAAAGUAGGCGGAUAGUUAAAUUAAUGUAAUUAUUACAAGUUAACGAACAAAAAAUAAUGAAGUUGGUUACUACAAAAACGAGAAAGUUGAAAUUAUUAGACACUACUCUCAGAUAAAAGCCUUAUACAACUGGCUUUUAAAAAGAUCAUACUUAAAAAAAAAAAAAAAUAGUACGACCAAGAACAAACUUCGUCGCAUAAACUCGAGGAAAUAAAAAAGAAACUUGAUGACAGAAAGGUACGAAAAAAGUACAUACAGUAAAGAUUCAAAAACAAUCGGAAGACUGGAGUACCGAAAGAAGAAGACUGUCACGCCAAUAGUGACAAAGUCAUUUUUUUUUUUGUAUUUUUGAGAAUGACGAUUUUGAAUGUUUAACUCUUUAUUCGUGAAUAUAAUAUAGUAUAUUUUGUAGAUACUAAAUAAGAUGUUUAAAUAUAUUUUCGCAUUUAGUUAUAAUAGAUUAAAAAUAUUAAGUUUUUUGUCCAAAAUUCUAUGACCUAUAUUAUUUAUUAUUUUUUUAAUGCUUUAUUCGCUAUAGUUAAUUGUUUACUAUUGGCCAUUUGAAAGUUCAUUACUUGGACGAAUUAUUUUCUUAUCGGAAUUCUAAAUUAUCGUAUCUGAGGCAAAAUAUUUUGCCUCAGAUAACGAUUUUCUCGUGAGUCACGAUUAAUUAUUAUAGAAAUACACAGCUUUGUAUCAUAAUAUUAUAUAUAGUGUAAUAUGCAUAUUUUAUUAUUUGACCGUCCAAUAUAAUAAUCGAAAAUAUCAAUUACCUACCGUUCUACAUAAUGUGCAUAACCCAUUAAUGUAUGCUUUCGGCGAUAAUGAUGAUGCAUGAUCUGCAAAAACCCGCCUACGAAAUAAUUGUCUCGUCACUUCAUUAUGGUUAUACUAUUAACAAAACUGUUGUUUUAAUUGUUCGGUUAAUUAUAGGUACCCAUACUGAGGAAUCAUAUUUUGUAUUAAACCGGUACAAAUUUUAUGUUCCGAGUUUAGUUUUACUAAUAUGUUGUUUUUUGUUUUUUUUUUUUAUAAAAAUCGUUUAUAUAUAACGUAUGAUAACCGUGGACUGUAAAUUGUUUAAAAUAUUAUAGGGUUAUCAUAAUAUGUAUAUAGUAUAUAGUAUUUUAACUACUGCUAACGAAAUCCGUAUAGUAUGUUUUAAUCGAUUUAAUUAAAAUAUACAAUAAUAUUAUUGUAGUCGACGAGUGGCGAGAUAAACGAAUAAUUGAGCUUUUAUCUCGUACAAUGACAGAACCCAAAACCCUUUUAGAAAAACGGCGUAUAAAUAUAUAGCGUUCUACAUCUUUGACUCUUUUUCUGUUUAUAUUUCGAUCAAUACGCUUUUAUAAAUGUUUCACGCCGAGAAUCUUAUAAUGUCUGAUGAAGAUUUUCCGCAAAUAUAUUUACACUUCGUCGUUACGAUCGUAGUACGAGUUUGUAUUUUAAUAAUAAAAAAAAAACACCAAAGAUUUUAAGCGAAAAACGUAAAUCUUCCUCAAACGGCAAUAUAGAAAAUGUAUUUUUUUUCAACUCGUAACCUGAAAAAUAUACAUUUUUACGAUUUUCGCAUGUGUACAAGUUUUAUUUCUCAUUUCAAAUAAAUAUAUAUCCAGUCCGGUACCUUUUUCAUCAUAGCGUCGUGUAUAUUAAUUUUGCAUGUUAUGUAUUUUACAGCUAUUUCAAAAGAAGAUCCCGAUCGCAAUAGAACAGCAUCUCGAGAUGCACUGCCGAGUAAAUUGCAAUUCAACGGUUAUUCCGAAGAGUUCCUCGACAGAAUCGAACCGAACGGGAACAUACCUUGUGCCAACGACGAACACUUGUCCAGAUUCGGUAAGUCGCUCGUUUUUAUUAAUAUAGGAAAUGACGAAUUUUGUCCCAUUGUUUUUUUGUUAACGCCAAAUAAAUUAUGAACGAUAAUGUUCAAAAGCUUUUAAAUUUUCCUUGCAACAAUCUGUGUUCUUCUUCUAAAGGUUUUUUUUUUAAGUAUUUAUAUAUAUAUAUAUAUAUACAUUUUAACUAAAUGCAGUCUAAUUUUGGAGCUAUAUAUAAUAAUUAGUAGGAUUAUAUACAUUAUAUUAUGAACUACUUUUUAGUUGGUUUUUUCUCUAAAGACACAUUUCGGGACGAUAAAAUGGUUAAAAAGUUUCGGUCGGUAACUUUUUAUAGUCUAGUUAUAUGUACCGGUAACGGCGUUACUUUUCGGGGGAGGUCAUUUUAGAAUUAUUUAUAGGUUGAUUUAAACGGAAAAUUCUAGAGAAAAAAAAAAUAGUUGGACAUUAUCCGAGCAAACGUUAAAAUCGCAGCGUACUCUGUACUGAAAAUCGUUUUAGGAUUUUUAAUUAAUACGUAGGUACGAAAAAUAAAUAUAAAAAAUAAAAAUAACUUGUGUUUUUGAAACUUCAUUAAAACACAGUAUCGCAUUCAACGUGUGUGUCGUGCAAAAUCAUUGGUUUUUAUUCCCUCAUAUAACAAGAUAUCUCUAACGCAUACCUAUAUGGGACACGGUCCAUUUUACACAUAUACUUUGUGCAGUGAAGUAAAAAAUUAAGUAUUUGAAUAUAUAGUGUAGUAUGCGGUUAUUUUUACUUGUAUAUAUUAUAAUACAACACUACGCUACUACACACUACACUACUAUACGGUAAUAAUAGUAUGUAUUGAAUGGGAUAAAAAGUGGUAUUUUUUUUUCACUGUAGGAAAAUAUUUCGAAGAAUAAAAAAAAAAAAAAAGAGAAUAAAAAGACUGUUAUUCUGUAUCCGCGCGUAAGAGCUCAUCAUUAAAUAACGAAAAAGGGGCGCGAACGCGUAGGGAAAUUCUUCUGUUGCGACUUUUCGCGUAUAUAGAAAUUGUAUUGUGUAGGUAUAUUAUUAUUUUUUCUUAUGAAUCCUAAAACUCCGUUUUUCUUUUACUAUAAAAUCGAUAUUUAUUUUACAGUGUAACUCCUAUCUUAAAUAUAUAAAUAUAAUAUUGUAAUUCCGUACCACUUUAUUUACCAUUUAUGGCGAAUAUUGUUUAUCCGUUAUUCCUGCAAGAACUGCGUAUCACGGUUUAGGUGUUGGUAUUUUUUUUCUUUCUUCAGUAUUUCAUCAUCGACUAUUCGACUAAAUCGGUUAUAUUUAAAGAGAUUAUCGCAGAAUAAUGGUUUUCUUGAUUUCCUUAAAGAAAAUCGUAUGUUCAUCUUUUAAAAAAAAAAAAAAAUCAAGAAAUAGUUGAUUAAAUGAAUAAAUAAUUCUACGUAUAAUUAUUUAAUGUUUAUCAAUUUUCCAUCUGAUAUUUGAUAUUAUUAUUUUUUUAAUGUUUUUUUUAAAAUUAGGUUUAAGUCACUAGUCAGUUAUUGGUACCUGAAGUAACUCUCAGUAGUUUAAGUUUACGGAUUUUUCUAAUGAUACGAAUUUUAAUCGAGUAAUUAAUUCUUAAGCUAAAUAAAAUUUGUUUUCGUGAGAACUGUUAUCGAAUGUUUCUAUUUUACUGGUUUUUUAACGUUUAUAGUUUUGCAAAUAUUAUCAUUACGACACACUGACAAAAUUAAAAAAAAAAAAGGAAUUUAAUAGGAAGUAAAUGUAAAAUUCACUGAAUAUAUAAUAUAUAUAUAUAGUAUCAAGACUAUUAACCAACAGUAUUAUUGCUAUUUUCGAGAGUCGUAGGCGUACAUUAAAUACGGUACUUUAAUUUUAUAUAGUCUGUAAUUAACCAAUAGGCAAUAAUUAUAUACUAUUACCGUGAGACAUUGUAUGUAUUAGUAUAAAAUAUUGUUUCAAUAACUGCCAUUGGGUUUGUUUAUUGUUAUUCGUUAUUGGUACAAUCGAAUUAAAUACACAAGUAUUUGGCAAAUAUAGAAUAUCUACUUAUAUACUCGUGUUUUAAUAAGCCAAGCGUAUUAAUUAUAUUUUCAUUAUUUACAAUUAAUUUACUAUGGCUUUAUAUAAAAUAAUAACGAGAGGUUAUCAAAAAUUAUCCAGACUGAUAAUUACUCAUAAACCGAGCAUUGAAUAUCAGUAGUAUUGAUAUCACUGACUUCUAUAACUUCGUUUGAGCAAAUCUGUUUUAUAGAUUCUCUAAAAACUUCUUCGUUUUAAUUUCACCGAUAUUUUUGUAAAAUAUGUUUUCGUGUAUUAGGAUGCUGUAAUGAAUCCCAAAGACAAGCAACUCGAAGACCUUUUUGGGGGGAUCUGAGAGGAUUUGUCCAUAUUUGUUUUUGUUCAUAUGGCUCAUGUCAAAAAAUUGUAACUGAAAAACUGUAGAUGCAUUGAGUGGCAACUAACCUUACCUUAAAUUUGGUUUUGACCUUCGAUCAACAGUCUUAAGUCAAACUUUGCUGUUAUUCAGUGCAUCUAUAGUUUUUCAGUCACAAUUUUUUGGCAUGAGCCUUGUUAAAUGAUGAAUACCUAAACUUAUACUUUUCCCAAAUUCUCACCUAUGACAAUGGCCUUUCCAUGGGCCAUGGUGUAAAAUAAAUUAUAACUUUGAUAUAAUUUGUACCUGAUUUGUAACUGUCCUACGUGUUUCAGCUCUCUGUAUCUUAAUGUGGUAAUUGUUUUUUAAGUCUAUUCAUUUUAAAUGUCUUAUUACCAAAAUUAUUUUAACCUGAAGGGGGUCUAAAAUUAUCCAAUUAUAAUCUUACUCCUCGAACAAUUUAAAGAGUAUAAUUUCCCUUGUUUAAUAUUAGCGGAGGGAUAUUUUCUAAAAUUUUAGGGGUAUAAGAAUACAUUUAGAUUGAUGCACACUCAUUCUGCAACUCACCUGCAGUUAGUCACUCGUCCCGAUUUUUAUUUUUCAUAACCCAGAGAGAAGUGAAUGCAUUAAAUCGACAAUAAAUAUCGCGAUCCAAACGUUGUUACAGUAUCCUGCACAAGUACUUUAGCGAUACUUCUAUGAUAAGAUAUACCAGAAACAGUGAUAGCAUGGCAUCUAUUAUAUAUUCGAAUAAAAUCGAUGGUCAAAUAAAAUACACUUAUCAUUAAAAUUACUACGUAUAUAUACAUAAAAACAGGGGGCCGAAGGAGGUAAUUAACCUAUCGCCUCCUCCUGGUAAGAUUAUUUGGUGGUAUGAUUAUCCUAGGACAUCAAAAUACUAGUAUGCUAAUAAUUAUGCUAUUUUUUCUGUUAAAUGAAAUGAGUCAUCAUCGUAUAUGUGAAUACGAGCUUGUAUAUUUUAAAUAAUCUUAACACAAUCGCACGCGUGCAUCCCACGCUUUGUGUGUGGGUUUAUAUUUAUACAAGUUUAUAAAUACAACAACCCACGUUUAAUUAAUUCAAAAAUAGCAUCCUUAAUAAUUGUUCGUAAAAUACGGGGUAGCUGCCGGGAGACACUACAAUAUUAUUACGAAAUAAUUAAUUAUCAAUGUGUUAUACAAUAAUUUACAAUUAUUUUAAAUAGGUUAUGUUGUUACAUACUAUCGUUGAUCAAAUUGAGGCGGGGACGGAGUAGUACUUCGAUUAUUUUUUUCGGAAAUUUAAGUUUACCUCUACUAUUUGCUUGAAAUAGACCUCAUGCGAUCGAGACGUGUGAUUUGCAAAUUACGUUUAUUCUUUAUUCAAAAUUUACAUACAUGUAUUAUUUAUUGAUACUGCUUGUGUUUGCUAUACUUCGAUGUACUUAUAAAUGUUAUUUAAAUAAUAUUCAUUAUAAUAUGUACACAUUAUGUAACAUCUUUAUUACUAUACGAUAACUUUAAAUUGGCAUUGAUUAUAAGUAUUUUUGUCAUUGGGUAUUUUCUAAUGAAAAUCGUGUUAAAUGUUCAAAAUAUCUGAUACUGUUAAUUAGUGUGCCACUUUUGUUGGUGGAAAGUUGGGAAGGAAGAACACAUAGUUACUUAAUUAAUAUCUGUACGCAACGAUAAAUCAUUCCUGACGAAACAAGACUAAGAAAAGUUCAGUUAAACGAGUUUUGAAAUGUUAUUAUUUUAACUAAUUUCUACAAAAUUUUUACUUAAAAAAUGUACACAUUACAUUCAAUUUUUAUUUUUCUUGGCCACUAAGUACAAAUCAAUUUAGUGAAAAUUUCAAAUCUCCAUUAAUAAUUAUGUUACAUCAAAAAAAAAACUAAAUAACGAAAUCGAAAAUAAUGAGCAGUUUUUCAGUUUUUUUUUCAGUAAGUAAGUUUUCUUUUUCUCCAAGUUAUAAUAAAAACAACCCUCCAAGUCCCAAUGAACCAACUAUAUUUAAGAUUUUCUUUCAGAAAAGUUGCUUUAUUAAAGUUUAUUUCAAGAUUUCUGGUAAGAAAAAUACAAUAUAAAAUAAUUAAACUUUUAUUGCCGUAAAUUUGUCCACACUUCUUCUAUAUUUUUUCCCCAGUUUUUUCUGACUAUUAUUAAAACUACUUGGAACAUCAAAAAAUCGCUUUUUCAAUAAACCAAUAAGAUCCGAAAUACUAUGAUGAAGCUUUCUUGUCAUUUUUUUUUUUUUUGGAGCAAUGUCGUUUUGCCCACAAAACUACACUCUAUGGAAAUAGAGGUACUGUUUAAUAGAAUCAAUUAAAAUAAAUUUUAUAAAGGGCCGCAAUCUUAAAAACGCAUUGAAUUCUGUUUUACAAUAUUUUAUGUACAACAUUAAUACCGAGUCUUAAAAAAGUAAAUCUUAAGAUUUUUUUUUUUCCAUUAUUUGAAAUCAGAAUUAAUUUAAUCGGAGUUUAAUGUGGCCUAUAGAAUGUUUAUCAAUCAAAAUAUUUAUAUAUUUAUUCAAAUAUUAAAUUAACAAUGAGUUAAUCACUAUUUACGUGAAGUCAUUUUCAUCAGUAAAAAUAGCCCCAUAAUUUUACCACCGAAAUGUUAAAAAUAAUGUUUCAAAAUUAGAGAUCAUACUAACAACUGUCAUCGGGCCUCUAAUAGACUGAAAUUUUUUUUUUUUUGAGAAUGCACACUAUAAUAAAACCAAUGUAUUACUACGCUCAAAAGAUACAAUGUUUAAAAAUGAAAACUUAUAUAUUCCGCGUUAUUUACAAGGGAGAUUUUUUCAAUAUUUUUUUUUAAAUCUUUUGUGCUUUUUCGUGUACGUUUUUAUAAUUCCGCCGGAAUAUUGAAAUAUCAAAAAAAAAUCCUAUAUAUAGAUUCUAUGAGUUCUCCUCUUUCAGUUUUGAUGAUUAGUAAUUUUACUCCAGCAACGUUAACCCCGGAAGCUCACUGAGUAUACCGCUACACGAAAGUACGGAGUACGGUUUUUUUUUUUUUUUUUUAAUCUUAAUAUCGUAAGUAUGGAAAAACGCAUAGAGUUUAAAUACGAAAAAAGUCAAUCCAGAUUUCGGAUGUACGUAGACAUUUUUUUAGAUAAGUAAAACAAUUAUUGUAAAUAUACAUUUUAAAGUUUCAAAACAAGGUACAAUAAUAAUUGUAUUAAUAAUAUUAGUAAAACUGCAAGGUUUUGUAAAAUUAAAUUUAAGUUAAAAAAAAAAAAAAAAAAACUGAUACUGCUGAUGGAUGUAGAUAGAAAGCUAGAAAGGCAGGGUCUAUAGAGUUAUUUAAUUUAAAUUCAUAUUUAUAUAAUUCGUUAUUUAUGUCUGAAUAAACGGCUACAAAGAAACAAAAUCGAAAAUACCAUACACUUUCCUGUUUCUGUUAAACUGUUCCCAAUUAUUAAGAAAAAUUCAUAAAAAAAAAAAAAAAACCGGUUUUUAGACCCAACUAGGGAAUAUUUUUUUCCAGUUAAGUUGCUAAUCUUGAAUUUGGAGCAAGAUUUCUGAUAGAAAGGUGAAAUUGAAAGAAUUUAAAACAAUGCAAUUUGUAAUGCCGUAAAUACGGUUUUUCGCCGGGUAAUUUAUAGAAUCUUGAUUAAAAAUAAUUUUGAACAUUUCUGAGUAAAUUAAUAAUUUACUUCUCUAAUGUAUCUAAUAGAUCCAAAUGUUCUAAAAAAAUAAAAAUGUGCUCUUGAUAUUUUUUUGAUUGGAGUAAGAUUUCUGGUAAAAAGUUAACAGACAGGAAAAAUAUACCUCACAUCAUAUUAAUAAACUUUAUUAUUGUAUUGAUUAUUUAUCAACCGGUUAAAUGGUUUUAAAUUAGAAUUACAUUUGUAUCAAUAACAAAUUAUAUAAUACUGAUAAUUUCGAAAAAAAAUAAAUAUAUAUGUAUCUAUGAAAGCCCAUAGAUAUUUAAAUAAUUUUAAUUUCAAGUCAUUCAAUUUUUCAAAGGUUUUCGUUGGUUUUUUUCUUAUUAUUUUUUCGUAAAACUAUGUAUAACCCAUUAUAAUCCCAAUUGACCUUGAUUUCAAAAAAAUAUUCAUAUAAUUCUGCUGUAGAGGAAAGAAAAAAACACAAUCUAUUAUGUAUAUAAUAUUAUUAUCAGGUUUUGAACAUCCUCUCCUUCAGUUAGUCAAACAAUAUUUUGACACUGCGCUAUAAUACAUAAUAUUAUUAUUAUUAUGAACAUUACAAUAUUAUAUACUUAUAUAGUAUACGUAAAAAAAGAAACAAAAGCAAAGCAAAAAAUAAAAAAUAAAUAAAUAAAAUUAAUGCAUUUUGUUGUACCGCCGCAACAAAAAUGUUGUAUAGUAAUAUUGUGCCGAGAAAAUGUUGAUUUAUCAAGGUCGAUUCGGGUUCACGCCCGUUUUCGGAUUGAAGUGUGACUUCUAUAGUAUACGCCGAGCAUUAAAUAUACAGGGACUAACUGUUUGUUUCUUUUUUAGACGUGCGGAAAGUCGCGAAAGUUUUCAUUCUUUCUUUCCGGCCGUCGAUAAAUAAUUAUAUUAUAAUCGACCGGAGUCGGCGGUGAAUAAACGCAAACCGUAAAAUAAAUAUUAAAACUUUCUUCGGAAACCGAAACGCCGCGGUUUAUAAUAAUUAAUUCUCCCCGUUCGUUCUAUAAAGUUUCUGUUUAUUAAAUUGUAUACAGCGCCUCGGUGGCAAAUUAGUUCGAUUUGUUUUUUUCCUCUCCGUUUUUAUCAUAUUAUUAUUACGCGAUUGUUGUGCAUAGGACCUCCGUCGGAGGAUGGGAUUUUUGUUCGGCUUGUGUUUGUUUGUUAUUGUUUUUUUUUUUCUGUUCACAUUAAAUAAGCGUUUGGAAUCUGUCCAAAAAUAGAAUAAUAAUAUUAUGAAAAAUGCCCACGGAAUACGAUGGCGUAACUGCCGAAUUAAAAUAGUCGUCUGUACGGAUUCAUGUGAAUAAUCAAUAUUCCUUUUUUUUUUUUUUAUCAUCCUUCGCAUCUCUUCUCUAUACCCCUCUGUAUACUGUUAUAAACAGUUUUAUCCGUCGGCUUGUAUUUGGAUAUUACUGGCUAUAAUAUAGAUAAAGGUAUUCUUAGUUGUUUUUUUUUUUUUUUUUUUUUUUUUAACGUAUGUAUAAAUACUCGUAAAUUGUAAUAUGAAAAUCUCGUAUUUACGUAGGUAUGUAAUAUGUUAUCGUUGGCAAUGACAUGUAUUAUACACAUACGUAGGUAGAUGCACUCUCAAAAUGAAACGAAAUUGCGUGUAAAACCUUAUGUUGCCUAUAUCAUGUCUUUAUAAUACAAUUGGAAACGAUAAUACUGCACUGACUUUUUGAUUUAUUAUUAUAUAAUUGUUUUAUGGGUAGUGUGUACAAAAACUUUUUAUAUAAAAAAACGACUUACAUUACGCUCAGCUGUUUUUUUCCCCAUCAAAUACAACUUAUACUGAACCUCUGUAAAAUCGUUAAAUAUGUCUGUAAAAAAUAAAUCCGUUUACUCAAUUUAGACUUUUGAUAGACCGCGCGACGCACAUUACACCUGUUUUGUAUAAUGACACGCUGAAGCCCGUAAUAUGAUGUGCGUGAGAGACACAAUUAUCUUUUUCAAUGAUAUUCCCAAUUGAAAAUUUUUUAUUACUCUUGAAAAGAAUCGAAUAUUUAUAAUGUUUUUUUGUAUUUUAAAUUUUCAUCCCGGACUAAUAUACAGAACGGGAUACUAUACUAGGUUGGAAGUUGUUGAGGAUUUCUUCAAAAAUUGUCACAGAACAGGCGUGGGGCGUGAAUAGUAUCUAUCCUUUUAUGAUUAUUAUCGCAGUCUUAGUAAAUACCUUUGGAGCUGGCUAGACGUGCCACCGAAAUAUAAAACACUAAAGAUAAGUAUUGAUUAAAUAGAACAAAUACUCCCCGCCCAGUCUAUAACAGAAAAUAUUAAUUCUUACCCCGUGAUUUCAAUAACGUUAACAGUAUUCAAUUAUUAAUUAGAAUUGUUAUUAAGUGUUUAUAGCAUUGUUCAUUGUAAUUUAAAGUGUUCAAGCCAACUAUGAUGAGUCUGUCUAGUUCAUAAUAUGUUUCGCAUUCAAUCUUCUUCUCCUUCGUGUUUAUCCCAACUCUAUGAUGAGGUCGACCCAAUUCCUUGUACUCUAAUUCAUUUUUAUUUAAUUUUUUUUUAUUUCUAUUAUAAGUUUGUGAUUUAUACUGUAUAAACUGGAACGCGAAUUAUUUUCAAGAAUAUGUUGUUAUAAAAAAAAAAAAUUAUGUCACGAAUUAAAUAAAAUAUAUUUUCCGGAAUAUUUCAACAAAUUAAAUCCUUAUUGGCCAAAAACAAAAUGUUACAGCAUUGUGCGUGUUUAAGACUAGGUUUUUUUUUUUUACUCUAAAAUACCUAUAUACUUGAAUAUAAAAAUCCGGGAACACGCACACGGUGUAUGCUAACACGUCAUAAUAUUACUCCUAAUAUAUAGGUACCUAUCUCAAUACCUGCAACAAUACAAUAUGACGUAUAAUUAAAUUAAUAUAAUUUAUCUGUAAAAAAAAUCUUAAAAUUAUGUACACGUGUAUUGUGUUCGUAUUCGAAAAUUUAAAAAGGAAAACAUAAAAUCGCUCGCAUGUUGUAUAAAAUACCGAUUUAUUCGAACAAAACGUGUUUUGACUUUUAAAAUUCAUUUUUAGAAGAAAAAAUAAUAACCGUAAGCAGGUAUACGAUGUGUAUAACUGUUUGAAUUUUAAAAAAAAAAUUUAAAAUAUCUAUGUAAUCAAAGUUCAUACGCAAAACGUGUUUAAAAAAAUUUACUUAAAAUUUUUGUAUUUCUUCUUUUGAUCUUUAAUCUUUCAAUCUUUUGGCUGAAGCUCUCCAUUAUUUUCUGUCAAAACUUAAAUCCUUCAACUCUCGACAAAUUUGUACUCCCAAGUUCUUUAAGAACUUCUGAUACACAACUUUACCUUUAUGUAUUCUAACCGGGUUCUUUCUCUUCCAAUAUUACUUUCUCUACAUAAUCAUCAAUAAUCAAUUUUAACGGACUACCCUGGAGUAUUAUGUGACUUAUCAUGUUAAUCCUUCGUUUCUGUUUAUAAUGUCCAAGUUGUAUUUAUCAAUUGUUCCUUUUUCACAUCACGAUAUCUCCGGUCUUUUUCCGGCUGUUUCUAUAGCAUUCUCUACUCGAUUGUACUCAUCACUGCCCAGGGUUUUACACCAGUAAUAAUUGCACACUCAAACACGCCAUACGUGUAAUAUUUCCAACAUUUUUUCCUAGUAUCGAGUCCAAUGUUACCCGAUGUGGUUAAUGUGUGUUUUAAAAUUCUGUAUAGGUAAUAUUCAAUAUUUGUAACACCCCACAUAAUAUAGUAACGCAUAUCGUAUGCGUAUAGAGAAAUAUUAUAAAAUUAUACCAUUCGCAUUAACGAAAUAAUAUUUGUAUUUCACGUCAUUACAGCGCACGUUCAUCAAUCAUUUCCAUCAUUCCGCGGAUGAAAUAUCGGUACGGUGAGGUCAUCAAAAUGGACUGUUUCAUCGACAUUGAGAGAUGAUGUUAUUUCUCUUUACUCUGCGCCCCCGUACCGGGUGUUUUGUUUUAUGCGUCGCUCGUUUGUUGUUCUCUCUCCGUGUAUAAUUUAUCUAAUAUAUUUCAGUAUUAAUUUUUUUUCCUGGUGAAAAUGCGUUUGUUUGGUACACAAUGCAUAAUAUAUGUCAACCGAUUUGAUUUUAAACUACUGCAGCAGCUAUAAAUAAUCAUCGAUUUCAUUAACACCUCUUUUUGUUUAUUUUGGUGUUUGUGUUGGUGUUUUUUUUUUUCUUCCGUUUUGUAUUUUAAUCAUUAUUUUUAAUGCAGAUCUCCGGUUAUCUAUGAUAAUAAUUAUUAAUAUUUCCGAACAAAAAUUAUAUCACUCGAUUAUUUUAAAGUUUAACGUAAUAAUACAAUUUUAAAAUUUUAAAAUUAAAACGUUUUAUUCUGCCGUCAACAGUUUAACCGUCGUUAAUAUUAAUAUCCAAGUUCGGAUUCGACGAGUAGGUAUAAUAGUGUAAUAUAAGUUACCAUAGCUGGUGAGUAACAUAUAUACCAGUAUGAGUAGGUGGUGUUUUUCAUUAUAUAUUUUUUUCGGUAUAAUUUAUCGCCAAAUUGCAUUUUGGUAGAUUAUGCGAAUAUAUCACAGUAAAAUGAAAUCGAACUGACCUUCUAUAUAUUAUAACACAGUUACAGCCUACGCGAUAUUUGUUCAGUUGUCGACUAAUUAAAAUAGGUACCUAUUCUGUUUACGGUGUGUGUAUGCGCUGCGGUAUACAUACAAAAGCAAAUAAUAAUAAAUACAAAAACAAAAAUACACAACAAAAACGCGAACGCAAAAUCCUAUUAAACUUUUAAUAUGUUAAUCAUUUAGUGUAUGGGAUUAAUUCAUUGAUUUGAAUUAUUUAUGUUGUUAUCGAUACGAUUACUAAUAAUUAUUAUAUUAAUUUGCACCCCCUUCAUCAGUUAUGUUUUUCUGAUAAAUAUUACACUGUAAUAAUUGGUUUCGCAUUUAAAAUAUAUUGUAAAAUCGAAAACUCAAACAUGUGUUACUAUAUAUUUGUAUUAUAUUUUUUUAAUUUUUUUUUUUUACAUCACUUUAGUAGCUGGUAACUGUUUGCAGUGAGAUUCGCACAAGGGAAUUGCGAUUUUCCGUAAAAGAGAAACAACUGUAUAUGUAUAUAUAUUUUUUUUAUUUCGGCCGUUUUGUCAUUGAUUUAUUUUUUUGUUACCUGCCCAGUACAGUUUACUCACUACUCGCGCAGUGUUUUUUAGUCCCAUUUAAUUUGUCAGGAGUGCAGUAGGGGGAUAAAAUACGAGUAUAGAACCCAUCAAAAUCCCAUUAAAUGUCGUUUGUCAAAUGUUACACCCUUGUGUAUACAUAUAUAUAUAUAUAUUCUCACCCCGUGUGCGCACGUCAACCUUGUUAAGCGGUUAUGUCAAGGCCUCAUAGUGCGUAUACUGUAACGUUUCACUUUCCGUUUUGGAGGGCAGGAAACAAAAAACAAAAUUUGACAUAUCUAACUACUUCCCUGCCCGUCGCGCCGUCGUCCCAAUAGUCACCGAUCGAUCGAGUCAUCUAACCGCGCUGUAAUGUAUUUUUUUUUUUUUUAAAACUGUCAUUUUCUCUCCUCGUUGGCGACACAGCUCAACCGACUCCACCGUGGCGGUGGCGUGAAGUGUCUCGCGCAUUCAAUCUGUUCUCGACGAUUGCUCGUUUUUUUUUUCUCUUCUAAAAUCCGUCCAUUGUAUUAUAUUAUGUCGUUUGUGUUUGCGUUCCAAUUCCAUUGUUCGUUACGCGCAAUGGUCAAUCAUAUAUUACGAAAUUUCGUUUAAAAAGAACACUAUGCACUCUGAAGGGAUCGUAUAGAAAAGUAUUUUGUUAUUGGUUGAGUUGUGGUCCAGCGGUUUUUUUUUCGGGGGGGGGGGAAGGGGUUAGUGUUCUUGAACACACGUCACGAGUAUAAAAGGUCGUAUUUGUUUGGACACUGAAAAUUUAAUUCAAUAAUAUAAUAUUUUACACAAAUAGUAUAUACGCAACUCGUCGAACAUUGUAUUAUAGGUAAACCCUGUUUAAUCAAUAUAUUUACUUUUUUAUGUUCGAACGGCACACACUGAGAAUAUUGAGUUAAAUUUGCUGUCAUUAAAUAUACCUAGUCGUAUUGAAAAAAAAAACAAAACAAAACAUAAACAAGAAAUAUUGAUAGGUAUAUAGUAACAAUAUGACGUAUUUUUUUAAAUAAUUUUACCAAAACGACGGAGAGCCAUUUGUAUAUUAGGUUUUAUUAUUUGGGUUUAUCCGGUCUCACAACCAAUCCUAAAGUUAUCCAUCGCCAAAAAUUACAUUUCCAAAUGCUCCCACGUCUUUUUUUUUUAGUACAUGUUACUGUCCUAACAUCGACUUUUCAAUAAGGUUUUCUUCCAUUUGGGUUCUGUUCCGUCACCAUCCAUAGUAGUGCCAAACUUCCAUACUUGAAAAAGUAUUCAAGAAACUUUAGAAUAGAUAGAUGCACAUAGUUUUAAUUUAAUAUUGUGGUCAUCUUCAUAUGUAUAAUAAUCAUAUAUUUUCUAAACAAGUAAAGGUAAAUUGUUCGUCGAAAUAUUUUGGCUUUUAACAAUUACUUUCAUUCUGCAAAGGAAUACACUCCCGGUAUACUUAUGUCUUCUCAAAUAACAGUUAUUAUGUUUUAGGGGCCCCGGGAAAAACUCAUUUCACGUUUGUUUGAUGGUUAUUUUUUUUUUUUUUUAUAAAUAUACCUAACAAUUUAAAGAACUCAAAAGAAAAUAAACAAUAAUGAUCUUACUGGCAGGAUUAUAAUAUAUUUUUAAUAACAGGAUAUAUUUUUUUCUUUUUUCAUCAAAGGAGAAAAGAAACAAAACGCUUACGAUAAUUAUUUUUCAUUAUUAUAUUUUUUUUGUUGUUAAAACAAGUUUCGGGAUUUAUAUUGGUAUUAUUAUUGUUUUUAUUGUUAUUAUUAUUAUUAUUAUUAUUUUUGUGUAAUUUUUAUCGUCAAACAUUGAAAUAUCUGUAGUAAAGAAUGUUAAAUUCUUAAAGCCAACGUUCAUUAAAUUUAUCACAAAUAUUUAUAGAACAUAAGUAUAUUAUUUGUUUUUCGUCCGUCGCUUUUUGAUUUCGAACAAAAAAAUAUACAUAUAUAUAUAUGUACACAAAUAAUAAUAACUUUACGUCUUAUCAUAUCGGUAUCAAUUGAAAAUAAUAAAAUAGUCGUAAAUCAAAAACAUAUUCAUUUGUAUUUGUAAUGAGUUAUAGAUUGUCCUCUACUCUGUUAAUAUUAUCAAUUAUUAUCGUACACAAUGGUGGUCCGACGAAUGUUUUUGAAAGUACAACAUUGUUUUCUUAACAAAUACUUAUUACUGGUGCAUUAACGACGCAAGCUCGAUUAUAAUAUUAUGAUGUGUACUUGAUUUUUUAAGUGGCGACCGUUAAUAGUACGUUAAUUUGAGUGAAGUAACCGGUUUACGAGCGCUAUUUCCUUCCAAAGUGCAAACUCAUUUUGUGUACAUCGAUCAACAUAUACACCUAAACGUUUUACGUAUUAUAAUUGUUACGUUUUAACGUCGCCGGGACUUAUUGUGACCGCGAAUAGUCAAAAUGACAAAAAGUUAAGCGAAUUUGGUGUAAAAAAACAAAAAAAAUCUUGCCAAUUCUAAAUAUAUAUUUAUAUACGUGGUAUACCUGCUAUACUUCACGAGUAUAUUUAUCAUUUUAAAUUAAGACUGUGUGUUCGUGUGUGUACAACGAUGACUUUAAAAUGGUAUAUGUGCGUCACGUAUACCCGCCGACGUUCAUUUACACACGUUUGCCGCCGCCUACUGCAAUUUUUUUCCUUCCAAAGCUCGUCGACAGUUGUUGUAAAACGCAGUCUCUCUAACGAGCUCUUAUUUAUGGCCUAGUGGAUUUUGCGUACAGUUUUUCUAUGCAAGUAAAACGGUUUAGAACAAAAAAAAAAAAAGAAUUGUUUUAAUAAAACGCAGUAGGUAUGUAUAAUAGAGUUCAUGUGGUACACAAACAUAAAAAAAAUGACUAACGAUCCUAUAUAGAGUUUCUUAAAAAUCCAUCGCGAUAAAGCCCAGCUCUUUUAUUGCGUAUAUUAAACAAUGAUAGGGAGGAGGACAAAAAAACUACUUACGAUUCGCGGAGAUAUAAACACGUUUUCGUAUACAAUUAUUAUAUUAAACAAGUGACAUAAUCAGAAAUCGUAACCGUAAAGGGGCUGGCGUGCGUCACUGCAAACAGAGUCCAUGGAUAUUAUGUACAUAUCUAUAAGUAGGCGCAAUUUAUUUCGCCAAAUCUGGCUCUCAUAUUUUUUUACAAACACGAGGGAAGAAAUCUCCCUCACUCACACUUUAUAUUACGCACCGCUGACGAGAAUUGCAUAUUUUAAUCGAUAAUGCGACUAUCAGAAUAUAUUUUAAAGAUGAUGUCCGAGAUGAAGGGACGGUCGAGCGGGAGGGGACACGGGGAUAUAUCCCCCAUUACCUUAUUUUUUUAAAUGUUUAUAAUAAUAUGCAGGCUGAUUUUCUAAGCACGCUUUCUCCAUUUUUAUGAUUGAAUAAUGCAUAAAUUAAAAUUCCGGUUUUUGAAAUUUUUAGGUGUACCCAAAAAAAAGCGAUAUAUUUGAAUACUUAGAUCUUUCAUAACACUUAAGGAGUACAUACCAACUUUUGUUUUUCAAGUAAUAACCUAUAUGUUUUGAUAUAAAUUGUCAAUCAGAUGACUUUCCUUAUAUUUUGGCGUAUUUUAAUCGAAAUUUAAACGAAAAGCUUCUGAAUUAUUCUACUUUGAAUGCUGAAAAAAAAAAAAUAACUACACAAUUCAAAACAAGAAAUUGCCUAAAUAUGACUCCUAUGAAACAAUCAACAUCCAAUCCCCAUAAAAGCUUUAAAAUGUAUAGCCUGAGCUAUUAUCUUUAGUAUUUCAAACAGAGUAACUCGGCAACUUUUAGUUCAAAUUAUAAUACGUUAACAUUUUUAGAAAAAUCAUCUGAUUCAUAAUUUGUUUCGAAACAUGGAAGUUCUCAUUUAAAAAACCAAAGUGUAUAUCGCCACACUCCUUAAAUGUUAUAAAAAAUCUAAGUAUGUAUGUAAAAAUAUCGUAAAUCACUGCACUAAUAAAAUCACUCUGUAUUACAAUAUUUAACAUAUUUCUAAUUGUAAACAAAAAAAAUGUGUGUAAAUAAUAAUAGUUCUUAACUAAUUAUUCACCUCCCAUGACAAAAUCAUUUGACCGCCACUACCGAAAAGGUAAUGUUCGAUCUUAUGUUAUUUGUCGAUUUCAUUCGAUUAGGUAAUAUAAAUUGUGUGUACAAUUUGUUGAUCGAUUGUUUAUAAUGUAAGCGGAGCGAAAAAUGUUUCGGUUUUGUCAUGUGCUUUUUUUUUUAUUUCUAUCCGUAAACGAUUUUAUUCUACCAAAAAUCUCGCUCUAAUCAUUAACUUUGGUUAUCAAUUCUGGAAAGAAAUUUUAUUUUUUCUCGUCGUUUUCAUGUAAGUCAAGAAACGCCGAUGAAAACCCGUGACAGUUUAACCGUCGGAAAAACAGAAACAAUGUACGCAAUAACCACGAUUUAUGUUAUUUUCGAUAUGGUUUUUUAUUUUUUUACUGUGUAACUUAUUUGAACAUAAUCGUAAAGACCGGAAAUUUUCUCCGAAUAUAUAAUAAUAUGUUACUUAGUCAAAUUUCAAAUAGUUCGGCGAUUUUUGAGCUAUUAUUAGUAAUUUGAAAUUUUAGCUCAACGGAAAUUCUCGAAAACGUGUUCGGCAUUUUUUCUUUUACCAACCAAAAUACUUUUACGAAGUAUAAAAUGUGCUAUUGAUAAUAUGUACAUAGAUAUUUUCUUCUACUGUGGUACUUUACAUAAUAUAAAAAUUGCGCUAAUUAACAUUUCGGAGCAUUCGAUGUGUAUUGUGUUAUGUCCGUAAAAUCUGCCAGUUUGAAAUGUAUAUUUAAUUUAGCGCGAACGAACCAUUUUCCACUUCGGUUAAUUUCAACGCAUCCGAAUUUAAAUUCAGAUCUUCCUUAAGUACUUUUCGUUGAGUUUAUAGUGCAGCAUACUCUGGCAAUUAUUAGUCUUUUAGCGCCAAAGUUCAUUAUUCGAUUAUUAUUAUAUUAUCUGUUGUUGUCGGUUUGUCUCGCCUGACGCGCGAAUAAGGGGCCCCUCGUAUUUUAUUUAACUUUAUUCAGAAAUGAAAUUAAAACGUCAGACUUUUUGAAAUAGUUAUGCCGUAGUGCCCGUAGUAUAUUGUGCUUAAUAAUGUAUCGCUAUAAUACGGUAGCAGUUAACAACCGUUUUUUUUCCUUUUUUUUUUUUUUUACUAUGUUUGCUGCACCGUCAUCUUGUCGCCCAAACAUUUACAUAUUUAAAUUGUCGGCAUGUUACAUAAUAUUACAAGUCCUAUUACCUCGAUAUUUAAAAUUAAAGUAAGUGUUCGUCUGGGCUAUAGUCUUGUGUACAAUAUAAAAUUCGAACGAAUUUAUAAAACGUAUUUUUAACAACGCCGAUGGUUUAUUUUUAUUUUUUUGUUCUACUCAAUGAAACGGUAAAGCCAAUUUAAUUUAUCGACUGUUAAUUAACAUACCUAAUACAUUAUGUUUAAUUUUUUUUGGACGAAACCGUAUAUACCAGAAUAGAUUUUUACCAUUGUGAAUCAUAUACUCGUAUAUUGUCAAUAUUGAUGCGACUAAAAGCAAUAAUACAGUCGAUAUUAAAUUGUAUAAUACUUUUAUUAUUAAUUAUCUACCAAGGCUUUACAUUGCAGACAGACGACAUUGUUGUCUAGUUACAUUUUCUGUUCAGUUAAAUAAAUGAAAACAUUUCUCAUUCGAGUAUAUUAAAAAAAAAAAUACCCGAAGCAGCUAUUUUGUGAAAUAGCUAUGUCCACACGACGGUAAUUACGAAAUGUACUAUCAUGAAUUAUCGCCGUGUGGCUAAACGGUAUCACUAUCGUGAAAACAACUAUCACACUAUCAUGUAUUAUAAUAUUAGUUGAUAGUUACCAUCGUAAAAUUGUGACAAUGAUAGUCGCUAUCACCGUGUGUGGACAUCGAACACAUAACAGUUUUGUUCUGUUGUAUACUGACGUGCAUUUUUGUUUGGUUUUGAGUGUGUAGCUCAUUUUUACAAGUAUACUAUCACUAUACCAAUGUAUCAAUAACAGCUCUAAAAUGAGCAAAUCAUUGAUAAAUUGUUAUUAAUUAUAAUAUUCUGUAUAUUCUAUGGUUCUAAAGUCUUGAACCUUCAAUUACCAAAGACUGACACACCAAUACUGCUGAGGCCAGGCUCAAAAAGUCACUGUCACUGCUACUGCUGUCGUGACGGUACAUUCACGGGAGUUUCUAUCGAAAACCAUUCUACUAUCACUUUACUACUUAUGUACGCCUAUGUAUGUCUUUGCGGUAGUUGUAACACCGACUAUCACGAUACUAAAUAUCAUCGCGUGUGCCUGGUUUUAAAUUCUCCAAAUAGUUACAAAUAACCGACCAGUUACGAAAAUUUCCGUUUUAGUAUUGUAAAUUGUACAAGUUACCUACGUUUUCAACGUUCAUACAAUUGCGUUUUUAUAAUAAUUUUAUAUUCGAGUAGACAAAAAAGAAAAACGCUCUUAUUUGGAGUAGGACAAUUUAUUUUGCCUAUAUACGCAUCAAUUUAUCAUAUAAUAUAUUUACAUCAAAACUGCAGUUAUCACUCGUCGCUUUGGUCAUAAUAUGAUUGAUGUACGUUUUAAUAUUAUAAUAAUAUUAUAUAUUAUAUUGUAUAAACGACAACCUUACUGCUCCCCUCGAGAUUUAUGUCGUAUUAAAAAAAAAAACGUUGUAUUUAUUAUUAUUGUUGAUGGAUAUUUAAUAAAUAAAAAAAAAAAUACUAACUUGAACCGCAACCGCGUGUUUUCAACGCGGCAAUUGCCAUACGAAGCUGUCAUAUUUAUUUAACCUGUCAAAAAAAUGUCAUAUACUAUUUAUAUAAUAAGUAUGCUGACAAAAAAAAAAAAAAAUGUUUUUAAAAAAAAAUAAAAAUAAGUCUUCCGCUCUUAUAAAACAUAUUAUUCCAUCAUAUAUUCGUAUAUUAUGCUUUUUUUUUUUUUUAAUGUAACCAACAAAGAUUUCCCUGAGGGUAUGAUCUUUUAUUUGCUCGCACCCUUCUUGAAGUUUCAGUAUGUAUGGAAAUAAAGAGAAGUUCAAAGUUUUAUUUUUAUUUUAUAUGAUAUUAUAUUCGUAUAUGUAUAAUCAAAUAGUUUUUUGUGAUAUUUUGUGCUCUUAAAUCAUUAAAAAUCGUGUCUUAAAUGGUUUUUUUUUUUUUUAAAUAAAAAGUUACCUAAAUUUAUUUUGUUCGUUAACGACUUAAAUUGUAAAUUCAUAAUUUUUAUUUCUUUAAAAAGAACGCGCGUGCCGGGCGUUUGUAUAAUGUAAAGUUUUUCUUUUUUUCCUUUUGUAAAAAUCGUGUAUAACUUCAUUAUAUAAUUUUCUUUCAAAUCAUUUUUUUUUUUUAAUUUAAAAUAUUUCUUAUUGUGAACUUUGUAUGCAAACUAUAUAAAAUAUUAUGUUUCAUAAAAAAUAAAGUUUUGUUUUUAUCCCCCCAAAUUGGUUUCUUGAAAAAAAUUAAAUUUUAGAUUGUUUUUUUUAUUAACGUAAUUUUUUUUUUUCCAAAAAAAUAAACCUCACCAAUAUUUAAUUUGUGUUAAUAAAAUGGAUCUUCGUUAAUUAUUCACAAAACCAAAGAAUAAACCCGAACGUUCAUAGUGACGUGCUGUGUCACGAGUUAUGUAAAAACUAUAUAAAUUAUGAGCUUUUAAUUUAAGUAAACAAUUUAAAAUAUAAAAAAAAAGUGUUCCCGUUGAAACAAUCCAUUUUAAAAACGUGUUUUUUCCGAAUAAUGCCGUUUUUGUGAUCAUUUGAAAUGGUAAUACGAAAUAAACGUUUACCGGUCCGUAUGUGAGUUUAAUGGCAACACAUAAAAUUAAACGUGUAUAUGUGUAAAAAGUUUCAUCAGAAUAAUAAUAAUCUGGACGAAAAAAAUAUAAAUAAAUAAAAGUUUAAGUUCGAAUUUAAUUAAAACCCUCACCGUUGUGUUUUUAAAUUUAAUUUUUCACCGUAUUAAUUAUUAUUAUUCGUUUAUGUAUUGUUUUAAUUUUUUUUUUUUUUUUUUUUUGUACGUCUAUUGUUUAUCGCGAUCUUUUUUUAAACGGUUUCUCAACUUUUAAUAUAUUUUACCCAUAUCUUCAGUGGUGAUUUUUUUUUUUUUACCAUGAAUCAACAGCGAUUGUGUCGACAGAGAUUACGAUAUUAUUUAUGUAUACGUUUUAUAGAAGGUUUUUUUUUUUUUUUCAAAAAUCGUGUAACGUUUAUUGAAAACGUUUUCAUAAAUUGUACCGUGUAAUUCCGAAUCCAUGUAUUAUUAUUUCUCUUCUCGGAUUCCUUUAAGACCGUGCCACUAAAAUGCAAAAUACGUGUCGCUAUUAUAUCUCUGCAGCUUCUUUCCGUUGGGUUUCCAGCUUUACUAGUUUAGUGGUAUCCUUCGUCUUUGCACGAUUUGACCAUCUUGACCAGUUCGGUCUCUUCUAAAGGCCUUUUCGGGGAUUUUCUCAAUCAAACGCUUUUCACUGUUUGACGUCAGUCACGACCCGCGGGCAUUGGUCUUCUUUUAGCGAUAUUACUAACUAUGUAUUAUAUAAUUAAUAUAAUAAUUGUAUAAAGUAUUGGGCCUUUGAACUGAGUUUAAAGUUAAAUUACGUCAUUAUUACUUUAAUUUUAUCCGUUCGUUAUGUGGUUUGGAUAUCAGACAGUAUAUUAUAUUUUAAAUUUAAACGGUGCCAAUACGAGUAUAAACCAUUUAGUGAUUUUUAAAAUAUAGUAAUUUAUGGUUUAAACUAGAAAAACUUCAAACAAAUAUAAUUCGAAUCAGAUUAUUAAACGAUUUUAUAGUGAUUGCAACUAAAUAAAUGCCCUUCAUGCAUAACGAGUGAUGACGGUCAUUGAAAUGUUUAAAAUUUUUAGUGUUAAAUUCGAAUACUACAAAUUUGUAUGGCGACAAAUUUAGAUUCCGAGCGUAGCGAGGGAGCUUUUGGUUUUACUAAGAUGUUCGUUUCUUGUUUUUUCUAGUCUGGACACGUUUUUUCCUAGUAAUUUUGAUCCGAUUCUUACGUGUAGAAACUUCUCAGAAAGCUUAAGUUGUUUAAAUGGUAUUUUAAAGUGGUCAUUUUUUGAUUUUCGGCGUUUUUUUUUAAAUAAAAACACCUGAGUGGGGAAAAAUGUAGGUAAACGUACGAUUUCACGAUUUCAUUAUUUUAUAAAAAAAAACACGGACGUUUCCUACAAGAAAAAAUUAUUUAAUCGAAAAAUCACAAGACACCUUUUUUGUUACCUUUUUGAUUUACUUUCUUACGGUAUUAUCGCUACAACUUUUGAACUUUAAAGGAAUUUAAAUUUUUUGGAGUUUUUGCGGUAAUUCGGUUGUAAAUACACGUAGAGAUUUGAAACUUGGUAAUUAUUUAUUUUAUUGGACUUACCGAAAAUUUCCAAAAUUAUCAGACUACUUUUUUUUUUUUUAAUAAGCGUUUUGAAAUCAAAUUUAAACGAAAAUCGCAAAAAAAAAUUAUGGCACUUUUAAGUAUAUAUUACCAAACUGCGCUCGGAAUCGUUUUUCGUCAAACAAUGGUUUAUCGUUGCUUACAGAUAUAAAUAAAAUAACCUUAUGUAACCUUCCAAAUUCUCAUCUACAACAGAGGCCGCUCCUAUCCCCAGUAUCGGCUCUUUUUUGUACAUACGAAUUUUAAUAACACCAUACUUUUUAGUCAAAGUUGUAUUUUAUUUUUAACAUUAAAAAAAGUUAAUAUUACGUACGAAAACUGCGCACUUGUGAAUAGAUUCUAAUAUAAACAAUAUUAAAUAAUUAAAGAUCAACAGACUGUAAUAAUUGAUUGUACGUCAAUCCCAUUAAUCUGAUAAAAAUUUAGGAUAAAUUAUGGAUAAAGAUAAAAAAAAAAACCUGUAAGAUAUAACUGAUUAUAUAAAGUAAAUAUUAAUAAAAGGUAACUAGACUGUUAAUUAGUGACAAGAAUUGAAGACGUCCAAGUAUUUUUGUGGGAAUUAUGGUGAUAAGUCUCCCUCUCUCUUUCUCUUUCUAUGUAUCUCUCUUUUUUUUUUAUCGCUCUAUCUUUUUUCUUUCUCUUAUUAUGAUACUUUCCUUCAUUAAUCUAAUUUAUUAUAAUAAUAUUAUAUAGUUACGUGUUACGGUUCUAAUCUUCAAAGAUUGCGGAAAAUGAAUGCGUAAAUAUUGUAUACUAGCAUAAGAUAGGCAAUCUAUAAUGUAUAAUAAUAUACUAUGUGUGUAUAUGAGGACAUAUAUUAUAUGUCUACGUAUUGUGUGUAUAUAUUUUUGUCUAAACCUAAGAUAAAAUUAUUAAUCUAUGCCCGAAGUUCCGUUAGUUCCGAGUAGUUAUAAAUAAUAAACCUCACAGCAUAGUUUCUUCUCCUUCCAUAAUAUUAUAUAUAAAGGACUUUUUCCCCUUAUUAAAGGCACUCGACCCUUCACAGCCGCUGUCAUGUUGUUCAAAUAAAAACGCUCUCUUGAAUAAUAGUGUAGUUCCGGCCUGUCAUCUCCAGAGCACUUGCCAGGCUAUUAUCACGUAGUUUUAAGUAUGUAUAUAUGUAUAUAUAUAUAUACACACACUAGCAAUAUACACCUCUAAGCUUUCCUCCGUUUCAUCUCCGGUGCUAUCGCGGCUCUUAAGUAAAAAACAAAACUAACCGCCGUGAGUGUUUUGUUUUUGUUUGUUUUUUUUUUUACCGCGUCGACGAAUUUCAAAUGCGCGAAAUUAUUGUCACUGUGGUGCACACGCUGUGGACGCGCUGGUUACAGUUUUUUUUUUUUUUCUAAUUAUUAUUUUAACCCGCGAAUAAAGCUAUAUUAUACAAAUGUCCGGCGAAUAAGUUAUUAUACCUACGGCGACGUGUAAAGUAGAAAAAAAAAAUUAAAAAUAUAAUAAAUAAUACAGGUGGAUAGCGAAAACGUCCAGACGACGACCGCCCCUCCCCCCGACGACGUUAUAAAUGUUGUUAUAAAUCGUGUUUGGGAUAUACACGCGGGGGAUUUUAAUUUCCUGGUCUUCGCCGUCGUCGUCGGCGGCGCAAUCUAUAUAAUAAUAAUGAUAAUAAUAAUAAAAAUAGGGUCAACGGCACGGAGAUUUCAUCGGGCGGAGUAGUAAUUUGUUCCUCGCCAUCUUGUCCCGUCCCGCCCGGCCAAGUGUUAUAGCCGAUUUGGACCCCUGAACCGCGGUGCGGGAUGAGCCGAGCUGCUGUGCGGCAGAUUGGUUUACUCCUAUCGCGCGUGGCUUUGGCGACGCGACAAAAACCGGAAGCCAUAUACAUGGAUACAUCGACGACAAACGUGCCCCCGCACACACCGGUGCCAUCGGGCUGCAUCAGUCGCCGGAUGUUUAUGUCCUCCGUGUAAAUCCCGCGACAAAUAAUAUGUGUGUACACGGGUGUCCCACGAAUAUAUGACAUUAUAUUAUACACAUGCGUUAUCUUGUAAAGUAUUAACGUUUUUGUUUAGCUCUAAAAUGUCAUGUGUUACAUCAUUUUUCGUCAUCUUAUUUUUGAGAGUGAGCCUAGCUACUUCUGAUUUUCAAACGACAAACUAUAUUAAAAGUUCCACAAAUAGACGGCGGAACAUUAGACCAAAUGCAUUUGUGUGUUGAAAUUUUCGACUUCCGUCGACCCGUUCACGAGAUAUUCCACUUUUAAAUUCGGUUAGCGAGAGUUGUGGAGUGAGCAUCAUUUCCAUGUGGCGUCACAGCGCGCGACGUUUGAAUAGCGUUCCGCAGGUGUAACUAUGUGAAAUUAUUGAUGUUCAUUAUGGUCUUGGUCACCGCGGUAAGAAGACAGACGCAACUGUUAUCACAUUAUUAAAGUUUAUGUUAAGACCAUGCGCCUCGAAUCAAAUGGCGGCCGUUCGGCUUCAACCAGAAACACUAGUGUGAUAUCGCAAUCUAGUAUAUUAUAUAUAUAUAAGUAUAUAAUAUAUCUGGGUUUAUGUUGAUAGUAAUACUAAUAGUAUACUUUCGACCUUUUCGAAGCAGUCAUUCGAAGUCGUCAACGAAACGAUAACUCGUACGCGUUAUAAAUUAUUUUUUUAUUUACUAACUUUGUAACACGCUUUGUAAUGCACGUUGCGUCGUACGACUGGGACGGAUGUCUGGUGCACGUGUAAUAAUUUAGUACCCUGUACACAGGAUGAUCGACAUAACGUAAGACACUAUUAUAUUGUCUGGAAAAUUAAACAUUUUUUUCAUAAUUUGUUUUUUUAGAAAAUGUAAGAAACAUAUAAGCAGCUCUAACAUUAGCAUUAAUUUUGCUCGCUCUUGUUUUUGACUAGUUUUCAAAUAGCAACGUGUAUUGAAAAUUUCAUAAAGAAAUGGAGUCAUACCUAGUUUAAAUAUACGAAAUAUUCCACUUUAACUUUGCCAUUUUAUGAGCAUCGUUUGUGUGGCGGUGCUGCACGUGACGUUUGAAUAGCGGUUCACCAAUAUCCCCCGAACCCACAAACCGAAAAACUGUGAAAUGUUUCGCCAGCGGCUUGCCGAAAAUUAAUCAUUUCAACACCAAAAUGUAUUUAAACUAAAACUUUGUUUAUUUAUGGAAUUUUUAAUAUAGAUUGCUAUUGAAAAUUCAAAAUAAGUUGGUUCAUUCCCUCUCAAAAAUAAAAAAUAAUAUAAUAAUGACGAUAAAAGUGAAAAGUCGUGUAACGUUUUAAAGUUGUUUGUUUCUUAAGUUUUCUAAAACCCGAAUUAUAAAAAAAGUAAAUACCCGUAAGAUAAUGAGUGCCUUACUUUAUAUGUUGCAGAUCAUUCUGUUUUAGUCGUUUUCCUUUUCCUCCUCCAGUGUCCUCCAUUCGCGUUCAUGUGCAAACUAAGAAACUAUAUAAUUUUCGUUUCAUAGUAUAUACACUUAAUACAUCUUGAACAUUUUCGACGGCUAGGAUAUAGUUUAUAGCUCUGGUCCUUAUACGAUAUAAUAAUAUAGCGUUUCCAUUGUUAUUAAAAUAUCUCUAUUAAAACGCUCUAUAAGGGUGGCAGGUGGCGAUUGCUUCAGGGAGGCCAAAAUCUUAUCAUUUUAGUUAUAAUAAUACUACAGUUAUUACAUUCCGUAAAAAUAAUGAAUAUACUGAUAGGUAUAUCAGUAUCCAUACAGUGAAGGUACAAUAAUGCGCACCUUCGGGUCGUCGUUAUCAGCAUUAGGAGUCGGGAAAUUAUCUAGAAAAACUUGAUGGACUAUAACCAAGGGACCAUUUCGACCAGUUUUAAACACGUACCCUCGAACUAAAAUUGGACCAUAAUGGCAUUGUUUACAGCCAGUGUGGUUUAAAGAAUUUAAUUUGCUGGAGUAUAGUAAAGAAUUACCGCAUUUUGUUUUUACUGUAGUGCAUUUAGUCUAAAUGUAACUUGUCAUAGUGAACACUCAAAUGAUAAUUUUACAAAAGUAGCUAGUGUGAAAUGCAGGAAUAUUGCAUUUUAACAAAUUUUUAAUAGCCGGUUAAUAACCGCUUUAAAUCUCUAUGAUUUGCAUCGCGGAAAGAAUUAGAGAUUGAGUGAAUGUAAAAUUUAAUUUGGUUUCACGUUGUUACAACUAUUUGCGCUAAACAAAAGUACUCAACAAUUUAAUACGAAGUUCGUAUCAUAACUCAUAAGAUUGUAUUGAGUAGUCAAUAAUAAAAAGUUGAUCACGAUGUGGUAGUUUAUUUCUAUAAGCGUGUGUUUGAAAUUCAAAUUUUCAUGAAAAUCGUAAAAAUCACGGCGUUUCAACCGAACUAAUUUUAAUUGCUUAUAAUUCUGUUUUCGCGUGUUACAUAAACACCGUCGGUAUUGUAAUAUUCUAACUAUACCAACAGUAUACCGUAUAGUAUCCUAUACGAAAAUAUCAAAUUAAGCAUUUUAUUAUUAUAGAUUAUUACAAAACACGUCGAUUUUUUACACGGACAUGGCGUAUAAUAGUGGUAGGUCGUUGCCCCUUCGGUAAUAGUUUCGGGUUUUUGUUUCGUAGGAUGUACCACAAACGCCGUCGGUUGCGCCGAAUAAUCACCCGAACAUGUCGAUAAUCCCAUAGUUAUAAUAUUUUCCAUACAGUUUCGUUUAAGAGGGAGCUUGCCGCCGAUCCCUCGACGUAAAAUUAUUAUUAUUAUUAUUAUAACUAAUAAUACGGGGGCGGCCUUUAAUAAUUUAUAGGCCUCUCGUCCGGUACGGCGAUGAUUUAAAUCUACGAUCGUCCGGCAUAAUAGUGCACAAAACGUAUCAAUGAUUGAAUGCAUAUAAUAUAUUAUGGUAUGGUUAGGUUAGAUAUAUAUAUAAUAAUAAUUGAUAAUAUUAUUUAUUCAUAGAAACUUGAAUACAUCUUCCAUACGAAUUGUGUUCAGAAUGUGAUAACGCGCGCAAGUGGGCGAAGUGUUUCUCGAGGACUAAACGGGAAAAUCACGGAGUGUUUUAAAUCAGAGUUUUACUCGCUCACACCUCAGUCUCACAUACUUACUUAUCAUCCUGUCUCUAGAUCCAUUUUUCUCGAUCAUACGUCUCUCACCCCCCUCCCAUAUCCCCCUAUCCUCGUCUGGAUUAUGACCCGUUCACAUGUAUAAGUCUAUGUGUUUAUAAUCCACAAAAAAUACCUGUAUACUAGAUUUCUAACUAAUAACAAGAAUAUUGAAUACGUAUUCUGAACUGACAUUGUGGUGAUUAUAACGAUAGGUCGCUCUCUGGCUAAUAAUUAUGCACUGAUUGAUACACUAUUCUUUAUUAUAAUAUCGGAUAUCGUAAUAAUAUAUACGUGUGAUAAGAAUCCCCACAAAAAUUAAGGAAAAUGGUACAGUAUCACAGAUAUAUACAUAAAACAACAAUAUGGUAUCCGACACUACGAGCAUUUUUUUUACAUUUUUUUUUUAGCAAUCAUCUAAUACAAAUUCUUAAAUUUAGAAAAUACAUAAUAGAUUAAAUAAAAAAAUAAAAAAAACGAUAAACUUAAAUUUUAAAAUUUUAAAAUUUAAAAUUGGAAUUUUCGAAAUCCGAAAUGUAGAUUUUUCGGAUAAUCCGGAUUUAUAUGGCAUGGAUAAUAAGUGUCUAUAUUUGCGUUAGUUACUUAAAUGAAGUUUCACCGACUAGAAACACAGGGACGAUUGCAUUUAAAACUUUUUCAUCGCUAUGGGAUUGCGUACCAAAAUCCGAGUUAUUUUUUAUUUUAUAUUAUCACAAACUUCUAUAAAGUAUUUAACAAAUCACAAUUUCUUUUUUGUUUUAAACCUAAUUGUAGUUCGAAACGCAUCUCGCGUGCGCGUAAUUAAAAAGAAAAACUCAGUGUCGCAUUUCCCUUUCACGUUUUCUAUUCUGAUGACAAUUUCACUUCGAAUAAUAAAUUGUCUUCCCGGACGAACAAAAACGACAAAUCAUCGUUAUAUAGAAUUAUAUUAUAAUUUCACAAAAGUUUCGUCGAAACUUUGUGUAAUUCGCACCGGAAUAAACGUAUUACAAACGCGAUUAAUUUUUCCGACUUCGAAACUUGCAUGUUUUUCAAGUCAACAAAUAAUUUAUCUCUACGUGAUAUCCUUUUAUUGUGUAUACAAAUAUAAAAUAUUUUACUGAAUAAUGCCAUUUGUCGUGCCUUUGGAAAUGCAGCGCUGGCAAAACGUCCUCUAAAAUUUGAAGUAUUUUCAAAUGAAAAUAUUAUAGCGUAUUGACAACACUGGCCAAUCCGAAAACCCGUUUGUCACACAAAGUUUACGCUUUUUGUCUAUAACAGUGAUAACUGAUAGGGGAACCAACGUCUUGUAGCAUGUUUUAACAAGGCAAUUAAAAAUUCGUAUUACUGAGUAACAAGCGAGAUUUAAAUUUUAAAUUAAAUACCUAAUAAUGUGAAUACCUAAAUAAAAUUGUAUUGAUAAAAAAAAGCUGUUCUAGAAUAAUGGGGAUGGGUGUGCAGCCACUGUUAUAGGUAACAUAAUGUAUUUAAUGUAAUGACAAACCAUUACUAACAAAAAAACGAUUCUGAGUGGAGUUCAGUUGAUAGUGAUGCUUUGUCAACAAUAUAUGUCAUAUUAUGGUAAAAUAAUUAAAUAAGCAUUAUAUAUUUUUCUUUAAUUAUAUUUGUUUAAUGUACCGUAUUUCCCAUGUUUUACUCGGUUUUUCAAAUUCGCUGGGAAAACUCUUAGAAAAAUCGAAAAGUUUUCCCCCGAAAGUAUCUUUCCAGUCAGAUUUCUUUUAAGACAAAGUGUUAUCAUUGUAAAUCAGAGCAAAAUUACUGGCAGAAAAGUUGUCCACAGAAAAAAAUAAUAAACUUUGUAAAACCAUACGCUUCUUUGUUCCACACUCAGAAUAUAAAAACCUAUCGACUAUCGGUACUAAUUAUAUGUAUAGAGAAAAAUCGCGUUAUAAUCGUUUACCUUUUAAAUAAAGAGUGCAGCGUUUGGAUUUUAUACACAGCAGCGCUACAUUUCUGAAGGCGCCACUUUAAAUCAUUUAAUAUUAUAAUACCUGCUUGUGUAGUUUGUAAUGUUAUUGUUUUAUCAGGAGGAAAAUAUUGAAAAAUCUUUACAGCUUAUUAUAAUAGUAUACUUUAAUAUUUCGACAGUCCCUAAAAUUGCUUUAGAUCGAUAUUAAAUUGUAUACUUCAAUAUUCGAUCGAAUAACCUAACAAUAUUGUUUCGUUUCAGAAUGGAGUUCUUCCGGUCAUCUCGGCGAUCAAGACCGCGUUAAACGUCAGUUAUCCGUGUCGUCCGAUUCGAAACUUUUGGACGAAGACAUAUGCGAGGAGGCGCGCGUCAUACUCAGACCAAAGAAACCGCCCAGGCCUAAAUCCGAAGUGUUCCUAAACCAACCUAACCACAGAAGGACCAAACGGUAUUCGGCAUUCGGGGUACGGCAUGCGUUCGUUUUAUAUUAUUAACGACAAUGGCGGGUUUGUGUGUACGACCCAUUGUGAAUUCAAUUGACCGUCUCGAGCGUAUAAAGUUUUUCAAUUCGCGUUCGUCAAUCUUUUACAAAAAAAAAAAAAAAUAAAAAAAAAAAAAUCCUUUUGUUUCUAAAACUAUAAUGACAUUUUAUAUGCAUAGAUCCAUUAAUUAUAUUAUAAUUUAUUCCCGCCCGAGAACUUUCGAUCCUGUUUUUUUUUUCACAUUCUUCGUCAUUUUUUUCACCCCUUUAAAAUCUCUGUAUAUUUCUUUUCCUUGCCUUUUUUUUAUAUAUAUAUAUAUUUUUUUAUAAUGACACGUGAUCGGGCGCGUAUAUAGUUUCCGACUUUGAAAAUAUUACAAUUUCCUCUCGCUCAAAUUUCCGCGUACAAGCACACCGAGCCUGUUGUAUUUCGUUAAUAUAAUAUUUUUUUUUUGUUUUUGUUUGAAAUCUACAGGGAGAUUCUCCGUUCGGGAAAUCUGAGGCCUACAUAAAAUUAGAUCCGCUUGGUGAAGGUUCCUACGCUACCGUGUUUAAGGGGUACAGUAAGUAAGUAUUACAAACAUUACGAGCAGUAUUUUGAACUCGAGUACGUAACAUAUUUAGUAUAGCGAUGAUAUAAUGCUUAUGUGCUGCGGAAUCGAUCUUCACUCGAUGAUAAUUUAAAAGGUUUCUUUCCCCUCCCCACGCCACCUCGUCCUCGUUCUCAUUCCGGCGGAUGUUUAAUGUUUAUUUUAUAAAUAAUUAUCGAACGGUUAGCGCGCUCUGAGUUUGAAUAUUUCAUUUAAACGGCAAUAGGCGUUGAGCGUAUAGUAUUCUCGUACCUUUUAUCGAUUCGAAUCGGUUUCAACUCAUUCUCUGUAUGUAUGUGUAUAUAUGUAUAUACCACGUCAUCCACGCUGUGUACCGUCGAAAUGUAAUAUGCGGUCCCGUGACUCGCCGUGGUGUGUCUACUCUUCGUUGUAAUAUUAUGUUGGCUGUUUUUCGCCGCGUUACCGGUAUAAUACGUAUAAAAGUCUAAUAAUUUGAACGUUUACUGUAAAUUCAGACGUACUUACUGCCAACGUAUUCCCUUACAUUUUUAACGGUGCCACGAAAUCUCGAUUCGGUAGAGAUAUUUUCAAUGGUCAAUUCAAUGGGGCUGGGUCGUUUAAGCCCUUUGCCCAGAGGUAAACAACGUUAUAUAUGUAUAGAUAUAUGUAUACAAUGAUUCGUGAUAAGAGAUUAUAUCACUCUGUAUUAUUGUUUUCUGAACCCCGAGAACGUUCUCGCUCACGUCCGAUGCGCUGCAGCAAUACGAUAAAGAGUUUAUAAAUAUUUUUAACGAUCCAUAUUGUAAUAACAGUAUUCGGCGAACGGUAUAUUUUUAUUUCCAGUGCGUAUAUUUCGGAACGGGACAAUGUUAUUAUCGGGUACGCAGCAGAUCCGUUUUCCGUUUCCGUUGCAAUUAUGACAUCACAGCGAACACCGUUAUAAAGGGGCGUCUGAGGGAUUUCUGUAUCGGAUCUCAUCGCGACGUUGUGUUCGUCACCGUAUUUGCGUCGUCGUCGUAAAGCAAAAAAAAAAAAAAAUAUAAUGAUAACAAUAAUUAUUCGCGAUCCGAUUAUGUUGAUGACUUGCGUUUCAUUUUCCCCUUAAAAUCCUACUAUUGAUCCGGACUUGAUGUAUAUACGACCCGUUCGUGUAAAUUUUAAAUCUCAUUUUUCAACAAUAAUAUUAUAAUUACUGUUUAGUAUACGUAUCGUAUUUCGUCGCCGCCGCCGUCAGUUGAAUGUAUUGUGCAUCUUUUAGAUUCCGAGCGUAACGAAGGAGUUAUUGGUUUUACAAUGCUGUUUAUUUUUUUAUUUUUUCCUUCUAGUCUGUGGACACGUUUUUUCCUAGCAAAUCUGAUCCGAUUUUUACGUGUAGCAACUUUUCUGAAAGCACAAGUUGUUUGGAUGGUAUUUUAAAAUAGUCAUUUUUUUCAUUUUCAGCGUCUUUUUUAAAAUAAAAGCACUUGAGUGGAAAAAAAAUGUAGGAAAAUGUACGAUUUCACGAUUUCAUUAUCUUAUAAAAACACGGACGUCGUUUUUAAAUCAAAUUUCAACGAAAAUCGCAAAAAAAAAUUUCGGCACUUUAAAUUAUAUAUUACCGAACUGCGUUCGGAAUCGUCUUCCGUCAAGCAAUGGUUUAUCGUUGCUUGCAGAUAUAAAUGAAAUAAUCUUAUGUAUCCUACUUGCCCAAAUUUUCACCUACAACAAUGGCUGCUCCCAUCCCCAGUUUUUUUUUUGUUUAUUUGAAAUAAUUUAUUUUUUUUUUUUAAACAUUAUUUUUCGAUAUCUUUUUUUUUAUUAUUAUUUGACGAUAGUUGAGAUUUCUAAUGACAAUAAUUAUUGUUCGCGUUUUCAGUUUAACCAAUCAAGUCGUCGCGUUAAAAGAGAUAAGACUACAGGAAGAAGAGGGCGCGCCUUUCACCGCAAUCCGUGAAGCUUCGUUGUUGAAAGAACUGAAGCACAACAACGUGGUCACUCUACACGACAUCGUACACACGCGCGAAACGCUCACGUUCGUAUUUGAAUACGUGGUAAGUUUGAAUGUUAUUAAUUAUUUUAUGUAAUUUGUGUACCGUAAAUCUAUACAGGGUGUCCCUCAAAGAAUUUGGUGUUAAAAUGUUCGAUUUCCGUCAACCCGUUGACGAGAUAUGUCACUUUUAAGUUUGGAUGAGAGGAGCAUAGUGGAGCAUUAUUCAAACGCCAUUGCCACACAAAUGGUGCUCUCUCCUACUCAAACUUAAAAGUAGAAUAUCCCGUCAACGUGUUGAUGGAAAUGAAAAAUGUCAACUGCAUUGUAUUUAAUGUAAUAGUUCGUGUAUUUAAAGCAUUUUUAAUAUAGGUUGCCAUUUGAUAAUCAAAAUUAUAGGUAAGUAGUCGUUUCGCCCUUGAAAAUAAGGGUGGCGAAAAAUAACUUUCAGAAACGAUUGUUUCUUAAACCAUCAAAAAAAAAAAAAGUUUAUACUUCCGAAAUAUCACAAUGGAUAUAACUUCGUGGGACACCCUAUAAUAUAGCAUCUAUAUACCGAGAAUUAAUGUAAACCGUUAAAAUAUAUUGACCCUACGGGUCAUUUUUUUUUCAUUCUCACACCUCGCGCGAUUAUUCCUCCUUGGCGCGUAAUAUUGUUAUCCUGCAGCAAACGGGAAGGGAUUCCAAAACUGCACCCUUUUACGUCGGCUAAAUCUAUAUGCAAAUUUCUCAAUUUAGCUACCAAUUUCGUGUGUAAUCCGGCCUGCAGGAUAAUAGAAGCAGGUAUCCACCCGACAGACACCCCACUUGAAAAUCGAAUUGUGAUGCUUAAUGCAAUUUAUAUAGUAAAAUAUUAUCAUCGCAUAAAAGGUACAUACUCAUUUGAAAAAUGAAAACGGAACCGUCUAUCCGUCAAUAAUAAUCGAUAUUAUAAUUAUCGAUUUACUUGCGAUAUUCCCGUCGAACAACGUAGAUGCGUUGGUUUAUUUUCAAUAAACUGGUUUAUAUAAAAAAAAAAAAAAAAACCGUUUUCUUCUUUUAAAAUUAUAGUAUUUUAAACAAAAAAAACCUGUAGUUUUUCUUUUAUCGUUUUUGACGUUACUAUAUUUAUUUUUAGCGACAAAAAGAUGUAUACCAUACUGUUUUAAUACGCGUACACGAAACGUUUUGCAUCCUAAUUCGGAUAGAUCGUGGGUGUCCGUUUCAAAGUAAUUCUGUACUAUUUAUAUAAUUCGUGUAACAAUAAUUAUUACCAUUGUGUAUUAUCAAGGAUGUUAUAGACAUAUUUAACUACAGGGAGUGCUAGUACAAAUAUAAAUGCGUAUUGCCAUUGACUACAGUGUACAAUUUGUUUACACUUGUAUUGAUACCUCGGGGUGCCUAUAACACUAGACAAAUUUGAUCGACAUCAAUGAUCAAUUCUCGACCCUCGACCUCAAAGCAAACAAAUUAUAGUUGAUUGUACUCAAAUAGCGGUAUAAUAUUAUAUUGUGAAGAGCGACAUCGAGUUUAUAUAAAUCGAGACAGAUAUUACGUCAUUUUGAAUUUGUUGUAUUAAUAUUACCACCCAUUAUUUUAACAGCUACCUAACCCUUUGUCCUUUUGAUUACGAAAAAAUAAUAAACUAAAGGGGUGAAUUUCUUCUUCUGUACCUUUUAUACAGUUUACAGUUUACAGUCAUACAGUUGUGUAGCCUUUGCUGUUUAUUAUUUUUUACACAAUAUCGUUUCCUAUUUUAUCUUCGUUCCUUACGCACAUUUGUCAACGUUAGUCUUCCGUAUAUCCGUCCACCCUUGUCUGGGGUGACCUCUCGACGUUUACUACCCUUGAUUUUUCCCGAUAAUUGCCUGUUUGCUACUGCUUUUCAAGCAAGAAAGUUGAUGACAGGGUAGACACCCCUUCAUUAUUAAUAAACUUCAUGCUAAUAAAGUGACUGAAUAAUUUGUUAUUAUUAUUAUUAAUAUUAUGACCUUUAUACAGUGUAGGAAACACUUUUUGAUUAACGAACACCAAAAAUAAAAAAUACUUUGAUUGUUAAUUUUAUUAUUUUUUUUAGCAUACUGAUCUGUCGCAAUACAUGGAGAGACAUUCGGGUGGCCUGGACUAUUCGAACGUUCGGUUAUUCUUGUUUCAAUUAUUCAGGGGACUCGCGUACAUACACAAACGACGUGUACUGCACAGAGACGUCAAACCGCAAAAUUUGCUCAUCAGCGAGAUAGGAGAACUUAAAUUAGCAGAUUUCGGUAAAAACAUUGUGACUGAAAAUAGUAUCAUUAAGAGCUAGGACGUGAUACCGCUCUCGUUUAAGAUAUUAAGGGAUUGAGUCAAAUAAUACGUAAAUUUAUAAACUCAAAAAUGUACAAGUAGUAUUUUUUCACAAGUAUUUGUGUAGUUAUGUUAUCAUGAAAUAUACUAAAAUGUUAACAGAGUAACAUAUUCGCUUUGCCCGGACAAAAGCCACUUAGUCUAUCUGUCUAUUAUAGUCUUGAUUAUGAAACCAAAUUUUCGCCACAAAAAAAGAGAAAUUACACUAUGUAAUAGUGCUACUGUUUUGUUGAUAUUAUUACUAGAACCAAAGUUAUACAAUUUUGAAACAGUCAAAAUAUUAUCAGAUUUUAAAAUAACAAUAAUUUGAUUUAUGCAAGUUUUAUUUUUGAUAAUAAUUUGCUUUAUUAAUUUAGUCUAUGGCUCAAUUUGUUUUUUUCCCAUGUACAGUAGUUUUACACUUGAAUUACAGAUGGUAUCAUGUCCUCUUAAUAAUACUGUAUACUUAAUAAUAUUUUAUUCAAAAUUUGAAAAAAAAAAAAACAAAUUGUAAACUAUUGUUCAAGUGUAAUCAAUGAUAAAAAAAAUUAUAUAAUUAUAUAAAACAAAAUAAAUCAAUAUGAACAAAAGUCUUUUCUCGUAUUGGUUAUAUUUUAUUUAGAAUCCGUUUCAAUUUAUAAUCAUCAUCGGCUAGUGGAAUAAUAAAUAAAACAUAAUUUGUUUUAAAAUUAUAGGAUUAGCUCGUGCUAAAUCAGUACCAAGUCAUACGUAUUCACAUGAAGUUGUUACUCUAUGGUACAGACCGCCCGAUGUUCUACUUGGAUCAACAGAUUAUUCGACAUCCCUGGACAUGUGGGGUGUUGGAUGUAUAUUCAUAGAGAUGAUCACUGGUGUACCUACAUUUCCUGGUGUUCGAGAUACAUAUGAUCAAUUGGAUAAAAUAUUCAAAGUCAGUAUAGGAUUAACUUAAGUGAUAUUUGUUUUAACUUUUAAUGGGUGUUUUACAAUUGUUCAUAGGUUUUGGGUACACCCUCAGAAGAUGAUUGGGAAGGUUGUACACAUCUAAAAGGCUACAAGGAAGGCAGAGGUAAAAUAUUUAUGUAUCCACAUCAAAAGCUCGGUCAUGUGUUCCCUAGACUGUAUGACAUAGCCGAAGGCGAGAACAUGGCUACGUCCCUACUUCAGGUAAUCGUUUUUACUUUAUUUCACUUGUAAAAUUUAAACUAACUUUUUAUUGUAUAUGCAAUUAGUAAAUAGAUAUUAGUUUCUUAUAAUGUAUAUAAAAUGUAUAUGUUUCUGAUAUUAUUGUUUAAAAAAUAAUAAUAACAACAAAAACACGAAUAUUGUUUUUUUUUUUUUUUAACUCUAGUAAUUAUGUUAAAACUAGAGUUACUAGAGUUUAUAAAAUACUAAACAAUUUUUAUUAACACAUUAUGUUACUAGUGAAGGGAAAUUAAAUGGCCAUCCCUGUUCCAUAUAAACCCUAAAUUUAGUUAGGUUGACAGCAUCAUCCGUUGUAAUCCCAACCAAUCCAUCACAAAUAAUCUACCUUUUGGAUUGAUAUUUAUGGGGAGAAAGAAAUUUUACAUGAAUAUUGAAUAUAUUAAUCAUACUUUUAAACAACAAAAUUCAAUUUGUAUUCAUUUUUAAAAAGCAUUUAUACAUAUAAUAUUAACACUUUAUAGAUUAUAUAAUAUUAUAAUGUAAUAUUAUAGAUUAGAUAAUUUUUAUUUACAUAAUAUUAUUAUAACAAUUUUAAAUUAAUAAUACGAGUAUGACAUAUUUAUGUGCUAAAACAAUUUGCUUAUUUUUAUAAUAUUUACAUACAAAAUUCACAUGUAUAAAUACAUUCUAAUAUUUUAUGUACAAAACUCAUAAAUAUAGAAAAAAGCUAUCUAAUAUUAAAACUACUUAAGUUACAUUUAAAAUGUUUUGUUUAUACUAUAGAUAAAUUAAUAUUAUAAUUUAAACACUUAAUUCAAAAAAUAACUAAUGUUUUUAUUUUUUUUAUUUAUUUGUAUUCCAGUUAAAUCCAGAUUUACGUAUUGACGCUCCAUCAGGUCUUAAACACAAAUACUUUCAAUCACUUCCCAAAGCCUUGUACGAUCUUCCAGACGGUGAGAAAAUUAUAAGAAUUAAAAAUUUUUAAAAACCGUGUUUUUAAACUACAAUAUUUAAUUUAAUAUUUUACAGAGGUGUCAAUAUUCAGUUUAAAAGGCGUUCAUCUGAGUCAUGAAUCAAGAACCACGUUCAAGUGUUGAAUGUUUUAUUUCUUUUUUUUUUAGUAAUUAUAAAGUUAUUACUAAUUAUAUUAGCUCAAUAAAAUUAAAAAUAAUAAUAAUAUUAUUAUUAAGUGUAAUAGUUGUUUACCAGAAACAUUGAGUUGUGUUGCCCGACGGGGUUAGACGCGUCUCGGCUGUUGAGCCAUUUUGCUGUGAUGAUGAUUAUUUUAUAUAUUAUUUCCUAUAUUCAUACUUAUACAUUUUAUGUUAGUACAUAAAUAAAGUGUUUUCAAGGGCUUUUAGAGUGAAAAUACUUAAAUAAUAAUAAUAAUUUAAAAAAAAAAAACCACAAUCAUAGUUAUAUUAUGUAUUAAAAUAAAAAGUAUAAACUUAAAAAAAAAAAAUUAACUGAACAAAGGAGAUAAGAUAUUAUAUUUUUAGGGCGUUAACAAUUAUUAUUUAUUCUUCUGUGUUUACUACUUAUGUGCAGUUUUACACGAAUAAAAGUAUUUAGUAUUUAAGGCAAAUGGAAUUGCUCAACAAAGUGGGGGUCAACUAUAAUAACAAUCUAGUUGCAUAUAAUACUAUUAUGUAUGCAUAUUAAUUAUACACAUGAUAUUAUAUGUACUGAUAAUAUUAUUAAAUUUUAAAUUAAAAUAUUGAACAAAAUUACUUAAAAUGUAUUGUCCCCACAUUUCGCUUUGCCGUCCCUGGAACGUCCAGUAAAAAAUGAGAAAAUAUUGUUGUUUGAAUAACAUUCCUUAAAUAAUGCAUUCAAAUAGUAUGAAAUUCACCCCUCUAUGAAUGUAAUUUGUUAUUAUAAUUGUUGUUUCAAAAUAGUUAAUUUUAUUUUGUCGCUUGCCGUCCAAUUCGGGUCUAUCAAAGCAAAAUAAUAAUAAUAUUCCCCCUCUGUACACGUCAUUAAAACUGCAACAUCUUAAAUUAUAAUUUUAUGAACUCGCCAUCAAUUAAUUUUUGUCAUACUGUUGUUUAAUAAUAGCUACCAGAAUGUACCUAUAUAUUGUUUUAAUGGUUGUGUUAACAUUCACUUAUCGUAAUGAAUUUGUGCAUUUUACAUAAUAAUAAUAUUUUAAAUUGUGUACCUAUAUUAAUUUAUUAUGUAUGUUUAGAAAAUUCAUAAAUUUAAAAAAUAUAUGUUUAUUUUGUAUCUGAGUAUAAUUAUACCUAAGGUUGAGUUGUAUUUUAUAACACAUAGAAAAUCAAAAUAUCCAUUUAAUCAAAUGAAUAAUACAUAAAUAUGAAAUAUUAUAUAAGAUAAGUAUAAUAAAAUGUUUAUUUUAGUUUUAUGAUUUGUAAUAGUUAUUGAAAAUUAUAUUUAUUUGAUUUCUUUCUUACGGUGUGUUAUAUUACCAAACAAUAAUGUUAAAAAUGUCUCAAUUAAAAGAAAAUUGUUAUGACUCAACCUUCUUGCAUAGAACAUUAUAUUCUACAAACGUAACAUUGUAUAAUAUACAAUAGAUAUAUUUUUUUUUAAAAAUUGUAAUUUCAUUAUUAUAAAUAAUUUUUUUUUUUUUUUCAAUAGAUGGCAAAUAUAUUAGCGACAAAAUGUUUAAAAAUUUUAACGAAUUAAUAGAUUAUUAAAAAAUUUGAAAUGACGUCCUAAUAUAGAUCGUUCACCGUGUCCCGUAUUUUGCACACGCUAGUGAAAUAACCAAUAUUUUUGUCACAAAUGAAUAAGUCAAUUAAAACUCAUUGCGAAUAAUAGAAUUCGCCUACUAAUUUAGAAUUCUAUUUUUUUUUUUUUUUUUUUUUUUUGAUAAAACUUUUUGUACACAUUUUGAUGUUUGUUUAUUAUUAUUUGUAUUAUUUUUUUUUUUUUGUUGAUGUUAAUACAUUUAAGUUACAAAAUCAGUGGCACUCAGUCUCUGUACUUAUAUUGCAAUUUAUUCUUUUUAGUUUUGCAUGGCAAACAUAGCUAAGGGUAUGGUUGUCUUGAUCUAAUAUUUCUGUAAUAAAUCUAAAACAACAACAAUAAAAUAAAGAGACUGGUUUCACUGAUGCAAACAGUACAUUUGUUGUACAAUAAAGUCAAAAGUUUGUGGAUUUCAACUGUGAUUUGUAAAUCUUAUUUUAUUUUAUAAAGCGUUAUCUGUUAAAAUGCAAUUAUAAUAAGUAUUAUAACAGCGAUUAGGAAAAUUUGUGUAUUUGUGAAGAAAAGAGAAAAAAAAUAUUUUUAUUCUCCUUUCUGUAUUUUUCUCCCGCCCCUUUGAAUUCUACUCUGUUUUGUCUUUAUAUAUAUUUUAAGUUUUAACACCUUUUCACGAGACAAUAAUGAUAACAUUGUAACAAUCUUGUUCUUAUCAUUAUUGUAAACAAUGAAUUGACGUGACAAUUAUUUUUAUGACUAUUAUUAUUAUUAUUAUUAUCAUUAUUAUUAUUUUAUCUUAAUUUUGUCAUUUAUAUAGUUUGUUUAUAUAAUAUUAUAUUUGUUUAAAGACUUUAUAUAUAUUAAUAUAUAAUAUAUAAUAUAUUUGUAGUACCUAUGAAACAUUAAAUGUAAAAAAAUAAAAAUUUAAAAAAAAAUUAUAAAACAGAACUAAAAUACAACAAAUUUCUUAAAACAAACAUCGACAUUUUUAUUUAUUUACCAUGUAACUAAACAUUUUUUUUUUUUGUUUUUGAAUUUUUAUUUGUUUUCCUUUUUGCCUAUAACACACACACACACACAUGCACACACAUAAACAGUAAAACUAAUUUUGGCGUCAUAUAAUAAUAAUAUUAUAAUAGUAUAUACAAAUAAUUUAUGUUCAUUACACCCCGAAUGGAAAGUAGAUCGAGUGCCGACGUCGAUGGAUAAUUGCGCCGAGUCAUAUGUGUGGCCAAGACGUCAGUGUGUAUGCGGACAACAGUAGGAACAAAUGUUCUCCAUAUAGAUCUGUAACA